CGGCGAGCAGCUUGGAGUGAGCGGCGGCGCUGAAAGCCACAGUGAGCAGGGAAUAAGGACGGCGGCGGCGGGCUGAACAGGAGCGCUGUGCAGGUAAAUUGCUUUUUCUCUUGGCGGUACACUCCCUCCACCUUCACGUCCUCUCGGCGUCUCCGGGGGGGAGAGCGCGCGGGUCAAACGGGGGCUCUUUGACACCGGAUGUUGUGGAUUAAAUUGGUCGUCGCGUGCGUGUUGAUUCUGUACUCUCCUCCGAUCCACGGACAGGACAAACAGCAGCAUCGCCUGGCUGCUCUGCACCGUCUGCUCCUCCCCUCCCAACUCCCUCUCUCUCUCUCCCUCCUCUCCCCCCCACCUCGCCUCUCGCGUGCACAUGAGGCUAUUGAUAGUUGACAGAGGCCUUGUAAUCCCUGACUGAUCCGGCUGACCGGCCACAGCCAUUUGCGAAACAAGAAUGUUGAUGGAACUUUAUUUUGCUUCCGAGAUUUUGUUUAAUGGGUACCGGCCGCAAAGGUUGACGCCGCGAGCAGCAGGGAGUGAGAGAGUGCGGAGUGAGAGGCUUCUUCUUCUUCUUAUAGUGCUGCUGCUGCUGCAUGCAACCAGGCAGGCAGAGGCAAGCUUUUAUUGCUGAAUUAUUUAUAAGGCUGUCUGGGAGAGAGUGGUGCUUCUCCUGGAUGGAGCAAGAUUCACUGUCAAGAUACAGAUCUACAACUGGACCCACAUUUAUCCCGAUUAAUCCAGAAUUUUACCGAGAAAGAGCCAGAUUGAUGUUUUUAGUCAAGUUCCCUUUUUAUUCACUAUAAAGAUGUCAUGUGCUUAUUUAUAUAGUGGUGGGAGUAAAAGUGAAAAUAGUGGUCAAAAUUGAGGUGCAAGGCUGUGGUAUUAUGGUCGUUUUGCUGACCAGUGAUCAAUCACACAACUGAGUAUUUAAUCAGAAUCAGAAAUACUUUGAUAAUACUCCAGUGCAAAUACAGUAAAGAGAGGAGAUAGAUAAUAGAUAAAAUAUGUAAAAUUACGUAAAAUAAAGAAGAAAUUGCUUUUGUCACAGUACUCCAGUGCAAAUACAGUAAAAAAUGAGAUAAAUAAUAGAUAAAAUAAGUAAAAAUAAGUAAAAUAAAGGAGAAAUAGCUUUUGUCACAGUACUCCAGUGCAAAUACGGUAAAAAGAAGAGAAAAAUAAUAGAUAAAAUAAGUAAAAAUAAGUAGAAUAAAGAGAUAAAUAGAUAAAAUAAGUACAAUAAGUACAAAUAAAGAUAUAUAAAGUUACUAUAUAUUGUAUUGUAUAUGAUAUAUGUUAUUAACUUAGAAAUAAAAGCGACAGCUGAGGGAAACUCUGCUUCUUGAGGAUGAGAAUUCCUCUGCUUCUCCAAAUUGUAUUAAAAAGUAAAUGACUUUCAGAUGCAGAAUGUUGGUGGUGCAAAUCUUCUAUCAAUCUUCUACUUUUUGACUGAUCGUAUAAAAAGUCCUUGCUGAAGACGAUAUGAAAAGUACGCAGUGUAACAAUCAGACACAAUUCGUGAUUUGUUGUCCUGGGUUUACAAGAGUAGAUUCGUUUUAUUGGAGUUAUUGGGCUGUCAUAAUUUUGCCACUUGUAUCCGCAGUACUAGUUUGCGUAGUUUUUGUUUCUGGUUCUCACUGUUUUCCUCGGGGGGGAAAGAAAGCCCACAUAAAUAAAUAAAUAUACAGAGACAUAUAUUGCGUUUGUCUUGCCAGGUUUUCUGCCUUUUUGCAGCCCUACUCCACCGGAAUGAAUCGGCCACGGUCCGCGCAUGCGCACUCCCUCCACCAUUCACACACACACACACACACACACACACACACACACACACACACACACACACACCGCUCUCUCCUCUGUUCCUCCUGUCUCGUGCGAGAGCAGAGAAACCAGCAGGCGGCUCCGGGCUCGCUCGCGCUCGCUCUCGCUGCCUCGGCUGGUCGUUGGCUCUCUCUCACUCACUCAGUCACUCACUCGCAGUCGUUGACUUUACCUCGUUGCGGUCGGACGGUGACAGCCCAAAGCGGUUCUCUCUCUUUCGUUCGUUGGACUGAGCUCGGAUUUUUUUGUUUUUGUUGCCUGUUUGGAUUCCUAUGUUUCGGUGGCAGUAGGUGAACCCUCGGCGGCUGUUUCAAACACCGUAAGAUCUCUGUUUCUCUCUUUGGUUUUUCGCUGUAUUUUGACAAUGUUUCACGUGCAUGUCCAGUCAGCGCUGUCAUCCCCACAGAGAGAUACCAGGAGUUUUGUUAAUUUUCCUCACGUUUCUUAAUGUCUUUCCUGAAAAAGGGUGUUGAAGUCAAAUUUAUCUCACUUUCUUCGUUUAUUGCUCUCUUAUCUGCUCUGCCGUGUUUACUUUCGCUUAUUACAUUGAAAAGGACAAGAAGAGGAGCUUAAACGUUACGCGAGAUGAGACGUUUACGUUCCUCAUGCUGUCUUGUUACGUUACAAUAUUUUCAACCUGUGUUUGCGGAAGAUAUUUGAAACUGAAUAACCCAACAACAACAACAAAAAAAAAGAUGAGAAGAGGUGGCGGUUCAACCACUCAUCUUUUAUAGCAGGUGUCUGAUCGUCUACUUCCGCACUGUGCUGUGAGAUAUCCAUCGUUUCACAACACAAUGAGGUCCUUUUAAGCCUGGAAAUAUGUUCUCAAAUUCUUACUCAGGCAUUUGAAGUCUUCUAUUGCCGUUGUUACCAAAAGUUAAAACCACUUCUAGUGACUGUAACCUGUUUAUUUCGCUUCCUCUUUUUCGAAUCCUUAUCAGAAGGUGCUGUUUUAGGGAACCAAAGUGUGUAAUUGAGGUACUUCUUGCAUCGCUGGAGUCAUUUCCUCAAAAUAGGCUUCACCUUCUGUUUGUGGGGUUGUUUGUGUGUGCGUGUGUGUGCUAAGGUGGAUGACAGUGAAAGAAGGAAACGCUGAGGUGCUCUCUGUUCUCGCUGAACCAGCUUGUUGGCAUACCUCAACCUGUAAAGUAAUCGUGGAAUAACACCUUUAAUUUCUCGCUCUCAGAACAACUCAGCACGAUCACAACAGGCCAAUCAACUUGUCAGUGUACAAAGGUCUUCACUCCUUCACAUGACAAACAGUAACCCUGCAAUGUUUCAUGCUUGGCAGCUCUUUUUGCAAUUUUAAUGCCUUGUUAAUUAUUUUCUGUAUUGAUCUACCAUCCACUAAUUGAGCUGUAUAUGGCCUCCGCUGUGGUCUGCUGCUUCCCAGUGCAGGUUUCACUGAGCCAGUUUAUCAGGUCUUAACGCCUGGUGGUCUCCGAGCUUGACUAAUGGUCUGUUGCCUUUGGGUUAUUUUUGUUUGCUCCACCCUGCUCCACCCUGUUUCAUGUGCAAGAGGUGUCCCCGCUUCACACACAGCCACACCUGCCCUGCUUGGAAAGAAAUGUGGGGUGUCUUUGUUGUAAGACCAGGACUUACUCAAAUGGAGUUGAUGUAUAGAGUGAAAGAAAAUGCCUUCUUGUUGUUGCUUGUUACAGCUGUAGAAUGCUCCUCUUGUACUGCGCACAGUGGACCUUGAAUGCAUAGUAGGCAUGUGCCGAUAUGAAUAAUCUGAUAUCCUGAUUAACGAUAUUAUCACGAUAUUAGCACAUUGCUUUUAACGUUAUUAAAAAUGGCAAAAAAUAUGCGAAAUCACCUCUCUGUGCACAGCAUGAUAUGCACAAACAAUAUGAGCAAGAGGCUAACGCGACGUUGGGAGCAUUAGCUUUUUGGAGCUAAAGUUAGCAGAAACGUCACUAACAUUGUCAAUACUAAGCAGUAGAGUAGACCAAACCUGUUGCAGUCAUGUUGUUUUUACCUUGAUUUGGGCGAACGAUGCUGGAUGGUGUUCACGGAGGAGGGCACGUAGGUUUGAAGUGUUACACAACGACGCUGCAACUUCCUUACGGCAUAACCUGCAGAUUGGUGUCAGGUUUACCUGCUCUGUCUGUUUUGUGAAGCCGUAAAACGUCCAGGAUGGAUACAGCCGAGACGUUUCGUCAUUCUCAGUUUCCGACUGUUCUUGGUCCGGCUGCAUCGUUACGUUGGUUGGCAGUUGGAACGUGUGCGUCACCUUUUUUUCUUCUUCAAACUGUUUCCGGUUCACAGAGUGGACACAAUCCAACAGUGCUUUGGGUGGCCGCAAUGCAUUGUGGGUGGCCACGCAUUUUGUCGUAAAAUUUCUUCAUUUUCUCUAUUAAUGCUCCUGUUUUUGUUAGGCUGGCAUUAACGUACUUAAUUCGAGAGUUUGUUUUGGAUUUGGGACUACUUUUGUGGUGGAUUGUUUGUACAUUUUGCUACCGAGGCUUUGACACCGUGUGUAAGACUACAAGCGGGUUAGGUUGCUAAGUACUUGGCUUAAAUUGUGUAUUGGCACAUCACUAAUGCAUAGAGGAGAGAAGUAGAUGAUGUCUCUAAACUCUCAUUUUUAUUUGUGUGUUUUUGAGAUUUUUUUGUGUAUUAAGGUGUCUUUUCUGCAAUGGACAAACAUCCAGCAGCAGCCUUAUAAAGCAGGCAGAAGUCAGGUUAAGAGAGUGUGUUUGCAUGCACAAUUGCACAUGUACCUGUGCACUUUAAGUGUUUACGCUGUCUCGAGCGUCUUUGGACUCUGUCUCAGACUCUUUCUGUUGCGCAUCGACUCAGCAGUGAACUUUAUCAGCAUCAAACAGAUAAGAGGAUGAGAAGGAGGAAGAGUGAGCUGGUAUUACACCAACCCGAUAAACAAUCUGUCUCUGUCACCUUUAGUAUUUCAUGAUCUAAUGACAGUUCCUCUUGGUUUUUUGUGCUUCUUGUUUUUUUUUUCUGUUGCAGUUUUUUAAAUAGAUUUUUAUCUCCUACUUAUUUCUUCCUUUUUCACAGUUUUCUCUCAUUAUUUUGACAAAGUUUGCUAUCCACACUCUUUUGCUUCUUAUAUUUACAAAGUAGAACAAACUAAAACUUAAUUAUUAGAAGUGUUUAUUCGAAAUUUUGAGAAUACGGAAAAGUAAAGACAAAAGAAUGAAAGAAAAAAUAAAAUCCUGACAAUAUAUCCAAAGUUUACUGAAAUGACUCUGUUAAACUUUAACACUCUUUGGUCAAAACGUGGAACCAAAGCAUAAUAACAGAUCAAAACUGUAGUUGGUGUCGUAUAUAAAAUACACCUGUAGAUUUUUGUGUUUUACCUAACUCAGAUAUUUGAACACCCCUAUUUGGGUUUGGAUUACUUUACCGGCUUUGGAUAUUUGAAAUGAUUUGGACCCAUUCAAUCAGAUCGAGCACAGAAAACUGUCAAUAUGCAUACACACAAAGACAAACACACACAUGCAGACAGUUGAUUUAUGAUUGAAUAACAGCCAACGACUAGAAAAUCACGGUAUUGUUAUGUAAAUUUGUUCUAGUCCAUUCCGCACUACCAGUCAGGUAAGCAAACACUUCUCGGUUUGUUUGAAAUCAAGUUCAGUCAGUUACUCACCUCACAUAACCUAUGCAGCAAAGAAAAAUACACGUCCUCAUGAGUUACCCUGAUAAAAACUGCCUCCAGAAACAAACCCUUUCAUUCCUUAAGUUGCCUCUUUGCUCACCUCUGUCUGCGUCUGCAUCAUCUACUCUUUUUUUUUCUUCUGCAAACCCAUCCCUGUAUGCGUCUGUUUUAUGUACGACCCCAAAGCAGCAUCACGCUCGCUCAUCUGCUCUGUUCCUGGUUUGUUUUAUGUCCUGUGUUUGAUUUAAACAGUUUAGAACCGCAGUAACACACACUCAGAUACAGAGGAGACGCAGUCAUGUCAUGGAUUGACCCUGCACAGUGUGAGUGUGUAUGUGUGUGUGUUUGUGUGUGUGUGUGUGUGUAUUCUGGUGCCCGGUGCUGUCAGCGAAACAGGAGUCUGCCCACCACUUCUCAGAUUCUAGCAUACAGCAGCACAUUUAGGGGGUCUCAUCUGGCAAGGAUGUGAAGCACUAAUCCAAUUGGCUUAUGCUUUAGUAAAAGCUUUUCUAAUUGGCUGAUAUGGCAGCUGGCUGCCAAGGACCCAGUAAGCACAACAGGGAGUUGGGGAGAGUCCCAGUGGUGCUGUGGUGUGGUGCGGUGCAGGAGGAGGCAGAACAAAGGGCAGAUAGCAGAGCGGGUGCUGCUGUUUUGAAUAUUCCUCUGCAUGGCAAUAAUAAAGGACCCAUCUGCACCCAAGAUCCGACCAGCUGACCGUGUCUCAUUUUUAAACGUGUUGUUCGCCAGGCACAGAUAUGAAUACACACUCACAGGCGCAUGAAAACACACUCCUGUUACCAUUCAUCUGCAGGAAGAGGAAAUGUGACAUAUUUGAGGAAGUAUCCAAACUGUCAUUAGAUCAAAGUCAUUAACACAGGAGUAUUGUCAAUGUGUGUGUGUGUGUGCAUGCCUGUAUGUGCAACAAGAGGGAGAGUUUUUUUUUUUUUUUUUGUUAUGGGGAAAAAUGCUUCUCCCAGCAGCCACUGCAGCCAUUCCUGUUUCCUUUCACCUCAGUGUGGAAUCCAGGAAUAGCUCAGAGUGACAGGGACGAGCAAUGAGAGAGAGAGAGGGAGAGAGAGAGAGAAACAAAAAGACACCGAGGCAGAGAGUGUGAGAGAUGGCCAUGUAAGGUCUCCUGCACCACAGCUUGCACCACCCCACACAAACACUGAACCUGGAAUGAACUGUUAAGGGUUUGAUUCCUUUAAGUCACUGCCAACGUGAACUUUGACUGCGUGUGGCGGCUUUGCGAUCAAACAAAGGCAGCCUUCAUCAUGAGGGAUUUAUUUCAUUGAUCGCUUGUAUCGGGAUUGGCUUGUUUGGUUUGUGUUCUUGUUUUGUUCAUGCAACGGCAGUGUUGCAGUUUUCUGUACAUUUGUGAUUAGAUUAAAUAUUUUCCUCAUACCGCCUUUGAUAUGCAAAACACUUUCUGGUGAAAACUAAAUCCUUACUGUAGUCACAGAAGCUUGCUGAACUUUUGUCAUGUGAAUACACUUUUCAUAAUCUGUUUCAAUUGAUGCUAAUCAAUCAUAGACAAUAGCAGAAAGAAAAACUGCGUAUUUGAAAGACUUAGGGAAUGCUAUAUAUGGUACAUGAGAAAAUAGAGGCGGUCAUCUCAUAUAUCAUGAUAAAUUGAUACUGCAGACAUGGAGAUACACAGGGGAAACUCACUGCAGAAAAAACACUGCACAAUACAUAAAAGUGACAGUUUUUUUUAUAGCAAUCAUAAGAUUUCAAACUUGAUUUAUUUUACUGGGACUAUAACAUUUAACAUUGCAGCACUUCCUUUAGCUAUUUGACCAAAGAGAAAGGCCCCUGUAGAAAGAGAACUUGUUUUGGAAAUAAAAAAUGCUGGAAUUUUUAGAUUUAGUACAGUAUUACCAACACAAUACAGGGAUUAGUCUGUGUUUCAGUUUAGUUUCUUUCUUUGAAGUGCUGCUCAUCAUGUUACAAAGUCUGAGCUGUAGAUUCUCUUGUUUCUGUGUUUUGAUGGUAUCUGAAUCAAGCUUGAUAUCUUGAACUAUUUUAGCUGCUGUAAACACCACAUCACUUAUGUAGUGUAUUAGAAAGGUCAGUAGUGAAAUUAAUGCAUGUGCAUAGUUUAUAGAAAAGAUUUAAGAGUAGUUUUUUUAAAUUAGGAGACCAGUGAGGAAUAAAUGACAUGCUGCAGAUUUUUCCUUUUAUUAUUUUUCAUCAAACGUGUGUCAAACAUGAUAUAACCGACACGGGGAAGUGCUCCAGAUGGCAUCAUAAACCCAGUAAUGUGGGUUUAUGCAAAAUUAGUAUUCUCCGAGAUGACAAGAAGCUCAAAGAAAACACCAACCACAGAGAAAGAAAAAAAAGUAAUUUCUGAAACAGAUGUACGCGUGUUUUCUGAAUGAAAAGAAAUUAUGUGUAAUUUUCACUAGUUGAGAGUACUACAUUUUUAGCAUUAUUGAUUAGAUAAUACGAGUAGAAAUGUUGAUGAUCUAUGUCAAGAAGUGGGUGUGUGGUUGGAGUCUGCCUCGACACACUGAAAGAGGAAGUAAAUAACCGAAGAUACACAUUUUAGUAAUUUUGCAUCCAGAUGUUCAUUCAAUGCGUUUACAAAUUAUUUCUUAAAAGAAACUUAUAAAGUAAAUGAAUAAAAAGCAGAGGAGGCCAAAUCAUGAAAGUGGAACAUUUAUAAAUGAUAACAUCUAGUUGUUUUUUCAAUGCUUAUACCCAUAGAUGAUAACUUGAAUGAGGCAUUUACAUGGUUCAUGAAAAUGUGGCACACAGGAGUCAAUAGAUAAUUGAAGAAAUAAAGGAGAAAAAAAAAGGAAAUAAUGUUGGUGUUUGCUUUGUAAUACUAAAAUUCAUUAAAUGAGAACUAUGAAGGUCACAAUCAUAAUCGUUUGUAUUUACGGACUCUGAUAUGGGAUUGACAGUGUACAGUACAAUAUACAAUACAGUGUAUAUGAUGCCAUACAAUAUAACACUAGGAAAUAUACAGUUGGAUUCAAUUCAACACAACACAGUGAACUACAGUAUAGCAUUGUAUCAUACUCUCUAUUGUCUCCCUGGGGACAUUUAUCCCAGAUUUUAGGGCUGUCCAUAUUUAGCUGCUUCAUGUUGGUGCUCAUGAAUAAAUGACAAACUAUAAAUUAUGAAUUGAAAAAUCAUAACAACCCACAUAUAAACAGAUUAAAAUAUCAAUUUAAAUAAACAGACAGCGAACACCGUGUUUUAAACACAACCCUCACUGCACAUUUUGCAAAAAAAAUACAACAAAAAAAAAAAAUAAGAAAAGGAUCUUUUGCUCCUUUUUUGUACCCUUGCUGUGUAUUGUUCUUUGGUGAAAAUGCACAUUAGCAUCCUUUUCACUCCAAAACUCUUGUGUUCUUUUGCAAAAACAAACUCUUGACAAAAAAAAUCAGACUUAAACUCUCUACAGAAGAGUAAAUCAUUGCUUUACUACCGCUCGUGGCAGUCGCUUUACCUGGCUGAGCUAUUUUUUACAUGCCAUGAAUCAGAAUCUGGCAUCUCUCAGACUCUCAGACUGUGACAUGCAGGUUCACACAUGGACAUGCACUGAUGCUGUGAAUGGAUUGGGUGAAAUCUUCAGUGUGACAGUUUGACAGUUGGAUAUGGGAAGCCCAUCUGCUCUAUCACUCAAGUACUGAGGCUCACUGAGUGUCACCUCUCUGCACUGCCGUGUGUGUGGCUUACACGCUCACACAUGCACACACACACGCUGACGGCAACAUUUAACACAUAUAGGACAGACAUGUUGAUAACCAAUUUACCCAGAUCCCCGAUGAACUUUGAACUCUCUGUCUUCCCUUACUCUCUUACACACACAUACACUCUCGUCUUUCGAUGUCCCAGGUCUGCGCCCUGCGUCGAAAAGAGCUUAGAUCAGGGAAACCGUAGCUUGCCCUCGUUAAGGCUUCCUGGAAGAUCAGACUAUUUAUCCAAACCAAGCGGUCCAUGUUUGGACUUUGGCUGGAAGGUGUCCAGUCUGAAACCCAGUAUGGUUUAACAAAUCUGGUUGAAUCUAGUCGCUGACCUUGUGCCACAGGGCAAGGCAGGCGCCUUCUGUUGCCCCAAACAAGCUGUUGUACUUGGAAAUGUUCCACCGUUUAGUUACAUGUUGUAUUCACACACAGUCUCAGACCUAUAUUUGUGAUUUAUUACACUGAUUUAUACGAUAAAAGAUUGAAUCAUAUCUUGGUUUUAAAAUUGUUAUAGUUAGUAAAGACCACCAGUAUGUUGGUCAUUUAUUACAGUGUUAAAUGAUGUUUUAUGGGUUGCAACUGCCACCACUUUGUCUUCAUUCAUCUUUUUUAUUAAUAACUUCAACAGAGCAGAUGAGCGGCUUUUGGCUACGCUCUUUGCUUACAAAUAGAAAAUCUACUGCCAGCGCUUGCUCUAAGUUUUUAAGUGUCUGUUCUGAUCCGGCACAAUCUGCCAUCAACAACCAAACAUAGAGAAUCAUUGCGUGGAUCAACUUUCAAUGAUCAAUCCAAAGAGGCACUUGUUGUUUUCAUAGUUUGGAUGUGAAGUCUAGCUCUUGUCUGUCGCUUCCUUGCAUUAAGAAAAAAAACAAAAACAAGAUUAACAAACCAAAACUAUUAAAGGAAAUUCCAUGUACAAAGCUCUUUUCUGUGUGUCUACAGUCUGCGUGCCUGCAAGUGAUAGUGUCUUGCUGCUAUAAUGACCCACUGACCGGUGUUAGCAGAUUAAUUGCUGCUUUCAUGUUAAGCUGUGGCGUAUCACCAGUAAUUGGUAAUGGAGAUUAUCAGUGAGAUGCUGGUGGGGUCUUUGUACUUGUGUGUGCGCAUGCAUGUGGUGUGUGUGAGAGAUUUCUUAAUCUGAUUAGGAUGUUUAUCUAAUAAAGUAGGAUUUAUGAGAGUCUUGUGUCUCUCUUAAACACACACACACAUGCACACACACACUGACAUAGACACUGUCAGAGGAAGAGGAUCGCAGACAGAAGGCAUGAAAUUGGGAAUAUUUUACAUUUUUCAAAGAUAUGAUGGAAAAUUACAAGGGCUCUGAGGAUGACACAUGUAAACCUAUGCAGAAUUUUUUUUUCGUAACACAUGGAUGACAAUUAAAAGGGAUGAUAACUGCAUAGACUUGCACUGACUGUGAAACCAACACAAUGCAAUACCAAAGCUCCAAAUAACAAUUUUAGCUGAUAGCAGAUACCAAUAAGAAUGUUUUUGCAUUACUGAUACAACUCAGAGGUAUUAAAGGACGAAUUUCUAAGAGAUGGACCAAAUUUCCCCAACAGAGAACUUAUCCAGAUAACAGAUGCUGAUGUUGAACAGAUCCAUCAGCGCAUCCACUACUAAGUUAAUAUUCCCAAAGUACUCAGGUUAAAGCUUUUCAAAUGUGGGAAUUUUAAAUUAAAACACUUUUUUUGGGCUCAUUUUCUGCCCUUUUCUUUCAUAGGUUUUAGGGCUGGGACGGUAUCCUUUUCUCCCAAUUUUUUUUUGAUGCCGAUUCGAUUUAAUUUGCGAUUAUGCAAUAUUGUUGAUUUUCUUGAUUUUUAGUCUGCAUUUUUAACACCAGUGAAACAGUUGAAUGAAUAUGAUUGUCUGCCAUAUUUCUUCAAAAAUACACAUCACAUGUAAUUCAGCUUUUAAGAUUUAUUCUUAAAUUAAAAAAAAAAAGAUUGAAAGUAAAAAUCAAUUUAAAAAUUGUAAAACAAAAAGUUGUGAAACUUAUAUGAAUCAAUAUUUUUCUCCCAGCCCCAAUAGCUUUAUCAUAAUUUUUUCAUGCUCCAGACUUGUGUUACCUCUAAACGUCAACUAUGAUGUGAAACAACAUGCAAAACACUUCAGAUUCUAUUUUAAAAUCUACUUCAAAAAUGCAAAGUAUGUACAGUACCAAAGGUACUGCUGUGAAAAAAAAAGAAUGAUACCAGCAAGACUUGUGUGUUUUACCUCGUAGAUGCACACUUAGAUACAAACAUGUUGAUGCAGAGGGGAUGCGCAUAAAGUACUUGUGUCGUAUGCCUCAGAGUAACCGAGGUGUAUCCAGCUGUGUUUGUUGUGCUUGCUAAGAGGACAGAGAUAAAAAGCAGAGUAUGCAACAGAGCAGCAUGCACACCUACAAACACACACACACACACACAGGGUACGUGUCUGUGAGCAGGCACACUGCAGUUGCAGGGAAGUGCCGUCAUAUUUCUCUUGAGAUCUUUUGGAGCCACAUCAUCGUCUCACUCCAGCACACUCAUCCGACUGAGUUGCAUACGCACACUCAGUCACCACUUAGCCAGCUGCCAUGUGCAUGUGUGUUUGCACGUGUGUGGAGGAAGACAGGAGGACAAAAGAGCAAGAAAUGUAUAGAAAGGCCUUUUCCUCUUACCUGUUUUUAAGAAAUCAAAAUCUAGUCUUGAGUUUGAGUGGUGUAAACAUUUUGGUUGACUGCAUAUCAGCACUUGUAUCUUAGCCCAAAGAUGAGUUGAUUACCACAUUUUGAGAAUCAACUGUAGGUUUAUGUGUGGGAAGAAAAAGAGUCAAAUAAAUAAACCACUCAACACAAAUAAUGAAACAAUGUUUGAGGUUUUAUUCAGUAGAAAAGCUUUGUAAAUAAUAUAGCGGUGUAUGUACCCCAAAAACUUUUUUACUUACAUACCCAGGCUUCUGUGGGAAGUACCGCAUAUUGGUAUAAAACAUUGUAGUCCACCUCAGUGGCUUUUUAUUCUGAGCUCAUUAGAGCUGUAGUCCGACAGCUCCCACACAGCUCUCUCCAAACAGUCUGUCUCUCUUCAGCCCCAAAACUCUGGAAAACUGUUAAAACAAACACAUCACUCCAGUGGAAACAUGCAGGGCACACCUGUGAUUGGAAACUCACAUUAUCGGCAGAUGUGACUAAUUUGCAGCUUGGAUUGAGCACUUCCAGUGGGUCAUAUUUAAAGUGAAAGUGAAUUGCAAUGAUUUGUUAGCAGUGCAUGUAGAUGAGAAGAAAACAAACAUCAAGCUCAAUGGAACACAUCAGUGAUAUUGUGCAAAUACCAGUAACCUAAAAAGGUAAAUAUUGAAACUGAACAGGACUAACAUAAGUAGAUGAAAUCAUGUGUUUAGUACGUGACAUUCUCAUGAAAAGCAACUUAUGUAAACUUGUCAUCCUUCUUUAGAUUUGUGCCUCUAACAAAGCUGCAGCUUUUGACUACUUUGGUGUAUGAAUGGGCUGCUUUCUGUCACAAGCACACAUUCAGUGUGAUUUGCAAUCCUUGUUUCUAAGAUGAUUAUGUGUGGGCAUGACAUCGUGGUUUCCAUUUGUGCACCUGCCUUUGUGUAUGGCUUACUGAGUUGGAGAAGGGACACAUCCAGAAGGCUGAGCUGUGCCUACCAGUGUCCCUGCAUCACCUCCUUCUGUUCCCAGUCUCAGCAGACCCGGUCACAUUGCGCUGAUAUCAUGUCGGGAUCUUGGGAGCACGAGUUUCUGUUGCAGGAAGUUACAAAGCCAGAGAGUGCUGACAGCAAAGACUCAGUAACCCCGGCUCAGUCUGUGGAACAAGCUGCUGGGCUUUGCUUAGAGGAGCGAAAAGUUCCUCAGCUCAUUAGUGAUAAAAAGUGGUCUCAUAUGUCGCUGGGGGGCUUUUUAUAGUUUUCAAUAAAUUUAAAAUUACAUCUCAAAGAGAAGCGAGCGUAGAGCUGCUAAACGGAGCUGAUAUGAUUUGUUGCUGGAGCUUGAAUGAGCGGCAAAUGGGAAAGAUAACAGCACAAAGACCAGUGAUAGUGACCCACAGCCUUCUAUCAAAGAGAAAUAGUUCUCAUAUUGCUUUACAAUGUGUUGAUGCUGCAGUGUAUGGAAGAAAUGAGCCUUUUCUCCCCGAAGAGAAAGCUCCCCUCUCUACCAUAAUAAGACAUGUCAAAGCAUGUCACCUGAACCUGGAAACACUAUUUCGAAGCACAGAGAGCAAUCUUUCCCAUGGCUCUCAGUGAGAACUUGUGACCUGAGAGAGGAUACUUUAGGAAGUGUUUCGAAAUCAGCCUGCCCUCAAUGUGCUUUAAAACUCCCUGUUUUUAUAUUUUUAAUGACGCUUUUUUAUUAUUUUGAGAACUUUGAUGUGAUCUGUUGUAAUUUAAAGAACUUUGCAGCCUUAAACAUUCAAAUGAGGAUGUUUGCUCUCCAUGGUGCUGAAAUUCUUCACUUUAUUGAAAAGUGAGUAAGGAUUGUUUUGGUUUUGAGUGCUUUUUUUCAGUUGACAGAGUGCAGAUAAUUAUUUCCAUCUCAAACCCUUGUGAGUUAGGCAUCCUCACCAGUUUGUUCUCCUCCUACUGAGUUACAUAUCGGCACUCUGUCAUGGCUCUCUUUGUCUCAGACCUGCAAUUGAGCUUUUGCAUGAAAUGAGGACCCAAUAACUGAGAAAGCUGCUGUUUUUGACAAAGUACAAAAGAACACAAAGUUAUCCUAGGGUGACUGACAGGAAAAACCCACAGCUUUCACUCAGUAGCCUGGAGGUGGGGUCCCGUAUUGUGUUAUUUUUGAAUCUAGCUCAAAUUUUUUUUUUUUUUUUCUGACUUCAACCGUGUUUCCUUUAGUGCAACCAACCCAACCUGUGUGUCAGACGGGGUGAAAAUAAAGCUUUCUUGUGCAUCUGCGUUGCAAACCUUGGAUAAAAACCUGUUGCUGUUUGUGGACUAGUUGGCUCUGUGUUGUUAUUUUGACCCACAUUGUUUUAACUGUGGUUUAAACAGUUACUUGAUAUAAGAUAGAGACUUUUUGCUUGUAAUGUGCUGACAUGCAUGUGCUUAUCUCUGCCGUAUUGACAGGCCUGUUUUUGAAACUGCUUAUCUUAAUCUGUGUGUCUCUGACGUUCUCAGGGCAACAACUUUCAGAGAAUAAGCUGUAGUAUUGUUCAGCUGGACUCCGUGUCUCAGACUAUGACUCGAUACUUUCCGUUUGUUUUCACAAUACGACUGUUUUUAUUGGAGCUUCGAUUUGGGAAGGAUGAUGGAUUCAGGUGGGAGCGGGAAUCCCCUCAGGAGGAAACCUUCUGUGACAAACACAACAGGAAUUCAUAUUCAGGCAAUGUUUUGUUCUACAGGAAUAUGAGAGGAAGAACGAAAAUUAACUUAAAUUGUUUUAGUAAUGAGAAAAAUAUUGAGCCGUGCAGUUGAAGUGAAGGUGAAGUUUAAUUUCCUCUGCAAUGCUCCGUUCUAUCUGCAGUCAUGCCUUUCUGCAGAUGCAGGACAAACAUGGAGAAAGUUGAAGAGCCAAUUUUGUUUUGUUGGCUGCUCUGAGAACUUGAUGACUGCUUGUCCCUUCUGCCAAUGUGUACAUAGACUUAGACCAGAGAGGUCAAUCCCAGUAGGUCUAACUUCAUCCCUUUUCUGACAUUUCAAAUAACUUUCUGAGUCUGUCAGUGGCAAAUAAGAAAACCUUGUUUUUUUAUUUAAAGGAUAUUUGGUUGGUGCUCAGUUGGUGUUGCCAGUUGGAGAGCAGGCUUCAGUUGAACCCUGUUUUAUAUUUUACCAAAGGUUACCAAAUGGUGAAAUUAUAAAUAGGCUGUAAAGAGAAAGGCAGGAAAUGAAUUUCAGGCAAAAUACAGGAGAAAAAAAAUCAGAUACAGUGUUGAAAUGUGCUGGGCUGUCUUGACAGCUUCCCUUCACCAUUAGAGCUUUGCACCCAUCAGACAAAAUUAGACCUCCCCUGUGAGACCUGUAUACCACAAUGCCAAAAUGCAGAGUGUAUUGCUAUUGACUUUAGAUGGGCUAGUCCAAACAAGAAGCCAACUUGAGAGGCGGGUUGCUUCCUAAAUGAAAUUAAAGGUGCAUGAAAUAGAGAUGGGCUCAGACACAUUGAAUUAGCCGAUGUGGGCCUUAUUCAUCCUGUCUCAGCUAAGUUACUCAAUAUUUUUCCUGCAGUUCCUCUUCAGGAUGAUAAUCUAGAAACCAAGCCAACAAUGGUAAUCAAUAAUAGUGAGUUAAGGUUUGGCCCUUUUUUCUUUCUGGAUUCAUUUGUAGUGCAGCACAAUGUAGUCGUUUUAGAGGGUGGAAAAUUGUGAAGAGCUCUCUUCAUUUUUACGGGCUGGCAGGAGGUCUUUUUCGCUGUAGUAGAAAACAGAGAGUUUUUAUCUUUCCAUAGCAGGACCCACCUGUAUAAUUGUGUUUAGUGUCAGAGCUCAAAAAAGAUACUCUUCAGGACAUGAUGCAUUUUUUUUUUUUUUACAAUUUUAUUUCAGCAUCUUAUCUAUAAGGUUUCUACUGAUAUUCUGCUCUGUGUACUGAAGGUAAAAUACUUGAUGUUAGCUUGAGUUCAGUGACCGAUCACAGAAAAAAUUGUGCAGCAGUUGAGGAAAUUGUUUCAUGUUGGUUGAUAUUAAAAAACAUGCUGUUUUAAGAUACAAAUUCUCCUCUACUGCGUAUCUAAAUGCCAAAGAUACCCUGAGUGCACGCUAAAUGGGCAGUUCCUCUUUCAUUUCCUCAAAGGUUAACCAUGCAGCCCCUUGUGUUAUGCAAGGCUCAUUUAAACCAUAUGGUCAUUUCAGCACUGCUGACUGAAUAGGACUGUUAUCAGAAGGCAGACUUACAUUGUUUUUACUCUGUGCGGCUCUAGCCGGGUUUUAAACUCAACCUUUCUUUCCUGUUAAAUGUAAACCCACAGAUCUGUAAGGAUGAGUAGGUAGAUGCAGUUAAGUGUUAAACUUGAAUGUUUCCACAGGAGUGGAGUCUCACGAGAAAGCAGAUUUUAGCUUUACUAGCCUCUUGGUCAGUAAUUUAAUGGCUUUAUUGUUUUAUGAUCUCGGACUUUAAACUUGGGAAUCAUUGGAUUUAAAGCCGCAGACAGAAUUAAGCAUUCAGUAGCAGUUUGCCAGACUGAUUUUCUAGAGAUCAUUUACUUCUUUUGCAAGUGUGGCAAUAAAAGUAAAUAAAUACAUACCGCCAAACACAUGACCUGUGUCAGUUAAAGUGCAGAUGCUCUUUGGUUGUAGAAUCUGUAGAAAGAGUUGUCACCUUGGGAGUUGAGAAUGAAGUUCUGCAAAUUUGCAAGUUCUGCUCAAGGAAGAACAUAUAUGAUCAUGACUUUAUCAUUUCCUUGAAGUAAUAAUCAUCAUAUUAAUCAUUUUGCACUGCACACGUGGUAGUUCUUCUGCCUUAGUGUCUAGAUCUGAUUGCAUUUCUAUAAGGAAACGAUCAUAAAUGUUCUUCCUUGAGCUGCGACAACCCGCUGUAGUCGAUGGCCUUGCCCAGAGGUCCCCGUACAAACAAGCGGCUGCUGGAAGUGAGUGGGUGAGUUGUGUUUAGUCUCUAUGUUCAAGAAAUCAGGCAAAGUUAAGAAGAUGUUUGGUGGCUAGUACUAUGGCUAGGACCCUAUAUGUACUGUUAAUGAAGUUAGGUGCUGUUCUGAGCAUUAGUUGUGGCUAUAGAGUGGCGUUUUGGUUGAGGUUUGUUUAUGGCUCCUCAGACCGAUGUGUAUUGCUAUCGUGUGGUCAGUUCUUAAGUUGGCAUAACUAAAGAAGCAAGCGGUUGGCAACAUACAUCUCCCGAAGGGGUGUCUAACUUGAUGUUACGGUGUGUUUGACCCUAAAUUAAUUUUACGCCGUAAUAUCCCUUUAAGUCCAAGCUCAUAACAACACAAAGUUGCUACUAACAUUUUUUCCUCUUUAAAUGACUGCACGAAGUCAAGCAAGUCAUUUUCUUAAAUGUUGUACUUUAAUUUGAGUUCAGUUUAAUACAAAGCUAACAUUUAAACAGCAAAUUUUCACUUUUCCACUUCAGCAUAAAAACAUGCACAACUUUGAAGGUAUCAACCUGCUGCAGAGCGCCCCUGAGUCUUUAUUCAUAGGACUGCAGCAACACUGUAGUGCACUGUUCUCUCCGCCACAGGCCUCUGCAGCACAAGUAUUACAUUACCUUUAUGUUCAUUAGGAUAGACUGCAUUUACCUUGAUGUAAACGUCUGCAGUGAACCCUGCACCAUAGGAGACAAACUCACACACAGCACCAACACCUUGCACCAUCCCUGUCGCCCUGACAAGUACAAUCCUUGACUUAUAUGGCACUUUUCUUGCGAAGCGACACACACAGAGGAGUUGGAUUAGAUGCUAAAACAUGGAACCCUGGAGAGCUGCUGCAGUACAUUAUAUAUGCUGUAGUCAGCUCAAGCUAUUUCUGCGGACCCAAGUCAGCCAAGAAUCAGCCCUGCCCAUGUUGAACCAAACCUGCAGGUUACUUCAUUCAGGCCUCUUUGAGUUCUUCAACUUUGGAAACAUUUUUACUUUCAUAUUCAGGAAGUUCAUUUCGUUAAGGUAAUCUCCAAAUAGUUAACCAGAAGGUUGUGAUGAAGCAGGAACAAGGAUAAAGCGAAUAAAGAAAUAAAGGUUAGUUUAAUUGCUCUGCGGCAGACUGACCUUCACUGAGGAGUUAUUUGCAUACUCUUUUUUUUCUAUUAUUGCUUACCUUUUCCAAAACAAUUAGACAGUCCCUGAGUGCAAAUGUGCAUGGCUCUGGCUAAUUUUCAUAAAACCAAAACAACAGUCUGUAAGAUAGUUAGUAUGCUCACAGCAUUCUUCAUCAAUAAAGAUUUUAAUUACUGCUCAGGACUGCUGACCGUUGCACAUUGUAUGGUUUAUGGGUUACACUUAUAGCUGUGGUGUUGGCUGGGGAAACUGGAAAAAACACCCAGAAACACAGCAGAGCAUGAAAUAUUUGGUGCAUGAGAUUACUCCCCAUAGACUAAAAACUGAAGGAAAGAAUUUCAGUGUUGAAGCUAUUAAGAGUGAAUGAAAAAAAAAAUACUUUAAAUAUUAAAUAGCCUUUUUUUUUUACUUGCUGUUAUUGUCCAGUUAUGCAAUCAUAUAUUCUUGAAUCAUUUAAGCUUGCACAAAACUGUCAUUUGUUAUCAUUACAAUCCUGAAACCAAGUUGAUUUUUAAGGGUUUCAGUAUACAUUUAUAGACAUUUGUAGCAUCAGCACAUUGGCUGGCAUACUUCAUAAUAACCAGUGCCACAUUUUGGGCACCAUAAGAGGCUGAUAACAGUAUUGGUUUAAUAUAGGGAAGGGUUAAAAUAUAAAAUCAAUAAUUAUUAUUGUCAUGAUGAUACAAUGAGUGUAUCACUGACACCAAAUAUAGAUUUUUAAUAGUUGCGGCACUAUAAAGAGAGUUUCCUCCCAGUUUGACUCACUGUGUCAAUACUUCAUGACUCCUUGAGGUGGCACCAAUGACAUCAAUCAUGAAUUUUUACUUUUAGAGGCGUUUUGUAGUCUUCACACACUCUCAUGUGAUAUCCCCUUUGUGUCAUAAUGUUCUGGUCUUGCAGUUGAUCAAUUAUCCCACAAUUGCAGUAUUUUGAUAUGAUCAGUAUUGUUGGAAAUGGAUCAGGUACAUAUUGUUUCAUAUCAUAUCGUAUGGUGUUGUGUUGUAUCAUAUCCUGCUUUACAUAAUGAUUCAUACUUUGAAUCAUGUCAUAUUGCGUCAUGUUCUUUUGUACGGUUUCCUGCUGUAUCGCUUAUAUCCUACUGUAUCAUGUCUAUGCAUCAUAUCAUAUUGAAAAUCAAGAGAAAGGACUGGUGCAAAAUUUUGAGUAAUUUCUUGACAUUGGUAUUUCAAUGUUCAAUUGGAGCACUUAGAUUUGUACGGACUGUAUCAUUAUAACCAUAUUCGUCGCAUUCUUCUCAAUCUGUGUCAGCUCCACCACCGUCACCAUCAGUUCAGGACACGUUUCUUAAGUGCAGGUAAAUUACAUGGUGUAAAAAUAAAAAGAGACCAGCUAUUACAGACUGUUUAACUCACCUUUUUGGCUGCAUGUUUUAUAAAUGUGCGUUUAGAGUGAGAGAAAAUAGAUAUGUAGAAAAGGGAAAGCAGGGUUAAUUGAAAGGGAAGAGCCCAGGAGCCAAACGUGACAAAGGUUAGCAAGUGUGUCUGAUAAACACGAGGAUGUGUUUAUUAGCAGAGGGAGAAAAAGAUCAGAGUGUAAACAAAGGGGGUGGAGACGCAGGAGAGGCAGAGACGAGAAGAUGUGGGAUGGGAAGACAGGCUAUUAGAGGGAAGGAUGGACGGAGAGAUUGGCGAACAAAUGCAUGGGAUGGGUCUGCACUGAGCGCUUUAACAGCCUAAGGUGAAGGAAGGGAGACUGACUUCUGCUUCACACUGAUACCACAGACUGAAUCAAUGUGUUACCUCUCCCUCCCCUCUCUCUCUCUCUCUCUCUCUUUCUCUCUCUGGGAAUUCUCUGACCCAGUUAGCUCCUCCAACAGGCAGCAGGCAGCAGAGUUAUUUUUACAUGUUAACAGGAGACAAUACUGUGUCCUUUGCUCGUCCUCCUCUCAUCUCGACGCUUUCUCGUACCCCUCUACCCCUCCAUCUUUGCUAUCCUUUCCUCUUUUCUCCCACUUGUUUGGCUUUGAUCCUGAGUCCUCUUUAGCAGAGUAAAGGUUCAUCAACUCUCUGAAUUAGACCGUUUAGUAUAAUCUCAUAAGUCGAGCGGACAAUUACACGCUCAAACAAAAGCAAAUAAUAAAAUCAAGAUAACAGGUUUUGAAGUUAGAGCAGGAUUUUAAUGAAACACUCGGGACUUCAUUUAUUUGCUGUUGUCACACUUGGUGCAGUUUGAUAACUGCUUUGUCAGAGCAGUUUGUCAGAAUGAGCAUUUCUUUUAAAUGAGUGGAUGAAAACCCCACUCAGAGGUUUGGCAAGUUUAAACCUGAACUUGUAUUUGGUUCCCCGUCUUACUAAACUUGAUCAAUGAGGUGUCGUACUGCAGUGAUCAUUUUUAUUUUGUUGUUCUGUUUUUUGCAGACAAAGUAAAGGACUCACUAGAAAUGGAUUAUGGUCACUAAUAGCCCUUUGGUGCCUGAAACCACAAUUUAUGGCCAGAAAAUUCAAAUUUUUUUGGAGCUGAAAUGUUUAUUUCACUUACUAAUGAAAACCAAAAAAAUCAAAAUGUCCUUAAAAUGGAACAAAUACACAUUUAUCUCAUUUGAUGCAUUAGAUGUUUUUGGAAACUGAAAAACUACAAGAGGACAUUUUUAUCAUCAAUCGGACUGUAUUCAGGUGUUUUUUUAGUAAUUUGUUGAUCAUAUUGAUUUGAUAGACAUCAUAAGAGUAUGUAUCAAAUAUGAUACAAAAGGCGUUAAAGGGAUAGCUUAAUAAAUAGCAUGUCAAGUGCGAAAAAAUGUCAACAAAGUUCGCUCAACUUUUGCAUUUGACUUUCGCUAUGAUGAGCCGUCCUCUCUGCUGCACAGAGCUGCGCUGUGCUCUGAUCCUGACAGUACUUAAUCCACAUUUAUGUAGAUGAUGAGCUGAAUAAAGAAGGGAAGUCCUUACCAGUUCAUUGUGGAGCAGGUGUGAUUCAUAUUUCACAGUUUUUCUCCAGCUCACUUCCCGGCGUAAGCUAGCAAAAAACAGCUAAAACCAUGAAGUAAAAACCAAAACAACAAUCACUGUGCUCAAUGGCAUAUUUUGCAAACAUGAGAUUGCAAACACAAACCGAUUCAACGCGGGGUUAUUAAAAAAUAAAGGACCAUCAAUAUUAACAAACUUGAUACUCAAAUGCAUCGUUUUUUGUUCAUCCAGAGUAAGAAUUGUUGUUUUUAUCACCUAAGGUUUUGAGCCUGACAACAUCUUCAAGAAGCUGUUUUUCGACUGACCUUACUGUGUAUGAGAAUUGGAAACACCCACAAUGUAGACGAGAUGUAGCUGUGAUUUAUCGUGCAGUUCUUGUAAAACUAGAGUGAUAUUAGAUGCAGAGAAAGUUUCCAUAAGUCAUGGAUGUAAUAUAAUUCCCUCUGACAAACGGAUCAAAUCUGUUCACUGAGAGCAAAGUGUGAAAUUGUUAGUAAGAAGAGCGAUUGUGGGAGGGCUUAUAAUAGACGUUGGAGUGGACAUAUUAUCAUAUUAACUUUGAUAUAUAUAUUCAUAACAAUAACAGACAGGACGUUGUUUUAUAUAUGUCUGUAUUACCAUUAUCUUUUCCAACUCAAUUAUCUGAAUCUUACCUUUUUUAUUAAAUUGCCCCAUUUCUUAGGGCCCCACAACCCACUCUGUCCCUUCACUCAUUCUGUCUUUCUUCUCUUUUGCUCCCUCUCUCUUUUUCUCUUGCUCUGCCUUUCCCUCCUCUCUCUCUCUCUCUCUCUCUCUCUCUCUCUCUCUCUCUCUCUCUCUCUCUCUCUCUCUUUCUCUCUCUCCCUCUCUCUUUCCCUCCCUCCCUCCAGAGAGUAAAGGGACUGAGAGUGGUUGCAGGUGUAGACAGGUCAUCUAUUCCCCUCCUAAUGAUGAUGGAUGGCAGGACUGCAGAGAGCGAGAACAGAGAGAAAAGUGGAGCGAUGCAGGGAGAUAAAGAAAUCGCAGAGUAAGAGAACACUGUGUUUAUAGUCGGCUGCCGGGGGGCAGAUGGUGGGAGUUUUACUGAUAUGUUGAUCCUCAAGUGUUUAUAUCAUUCUUGUCAUCUACCUGAUAGCAAACAAACACACACACAUGCACACAGUUCCAUCUCUAUUAAACCUGACUUUUCGCUGCAGUUUACAGUGGAGUUCUCUUAUAUUUCUCUCUCUUUUUAACUCUUUUUCUUACACUCACACACACAGAAAUACAGUCUUUUUCUCAUGAGCUACACUGAAGCGUGACAGUAUCAAAAAUAAUGCAAUACCUUGUUGUUGUAGUUUAGCAAUGAACUUUUCGAGAUCCUUGUACCAUUCAUCAAUUUGCAUUUAAUUGACAUUUUAAUUUGGUCAGCCGUUCAUUGACUGUAUUAUAUUGUCCCUUCAUUAAGGGAGUCAAUAAUGUAUAGCUGGCAUACUCAUCAACAGAUAUCCACAUAAUUUUGAAUUGUAUACUUUAUAUUACGGCUUCAAAUCUGAAGUAGUUAGUUUUGAUAACUAAUGCCUAUGCUGGUGCUAAUGGGGGUCCUGAUAGAGAAAGUUAAAAAGUAAGGUUUAUUAUUAUGAUCAUGAAAACUUGUAUAUAUCUUUUUAAUUUAACUAUUAUUUAACCAGGUAAAAUCCCAUUGAAAUCAUGAUCUCAUUUACAAGGGCGACCUGGCCAAGAGGUCAGCAGCACACGUCAUAAUUAAUGCAAUAAAUAUAAGGGAACUAACAACAAAUUCAUGGUUAAGUAUAUACUGUAUAGAAAAUAAAUGCAGAAUUCCUUACAUUCAAUACAGUUCCUCUCUUUGUAUGAGUAACUGGACUACUGGGUUGAAAUGUGAUCUAGUGAUUUUUAGGGAGCAUUUAGAAAGUUUGAGGUCUGAUCUUGUUUUCCUACUUUUUUUGUGAUUACUUUUCACCUACAUGAUGUGUGUGUAGCAACCCGUCUUAAACUAAGCUGCAGCAGUCAUACCUUCAAAACUAUCCUCCACCUGAAGAUGGUGUCAGGGGGCGUGUCCAAACUUCUAACUGGGAAGACAUCUAAACAUUUUGUACUUUUAAGUAACAAGAUUGAGUUGCAGAGUUGAGGACUUUGGGGUGGCAUCAGGGGUCAAGGGGGACCAUGAUGUCAAAUUUCAGGUUAUUCAUCCUCUUCACUGAUUCUUCAAUCACUAUUUUCAGAUGAUUUCAUUGAACUUCUAGUGUGGUUUCUUUAUCUUAAGUUAAUCAAUAUUUCUCAAAGUAAGUUGAGAUUCUUAGAUACAGUUUUUACUGAAGAGGAUGGGUAUUUUUAACUUAAUAUAUCCCUCAAAAAAAGAUCUUUUUUAAAUUUUAUGGUUUUGAUACAGUCUAUUGAUUGUGUCACUCUUGUUAAUAUUAGUUGUUAUUAUGGAACGUAUGGUAGACUGAGAAAAUAUGAAUCAUACUUGAGGCUCUAGGGCUGCAGGAGGAGAGGAGCACCAUCCAUAUUUCUGCUCCUCAUACAUGAGUUCAAGUGUUUAGAUUCAGGCUUUGAAUGGAGAGACGUGAACGGGAAAUUGAAUGCGCCACACUUCACUCAUUUUCUCUCCGGCUGCCUCCUCUCAGUGACGACGCUCACUUCUUGUCUACCUCGCACCUUCCUGUCUCAGAUGUCCAACUGGAGUGUUAAUGUAAGGUUGACGAAGAGGAAGUGUUAAGACUCCAUCUGCUGGGGUUACCACCGUGCACACACAUACACACACACGGACUGACACACAUGCACAGUGGUGAAGUCGCACCCAUCCCAAAGUACAGACAAGAAAGCAGGCUGUAGCUAUGGCAACCUGGAGUGAAGGAAAAUGAUUGGGCAAGGCUUGGAUUUGAGAGAGGUACUGUAUGAAGCCCAGGGCGAGACUUAGUCACUCUUCCUUGUUUCGUGCUUGUGUGUGUGUGUGUGUGUGUGUGCAUGUGUGUGUGUGUGUGUGUGUGUUCAUACGAGAGUGGGUGAGAAAAACGCGAGGAGUCAAGUCUUCUCUCCCUUAUUCCCCUUCCUGUCUGUCCGCCUUUUUCAUGUUCUGUUUGAGCUCUUUGUCAGUUGUCAAGCGGCUUUGAUAGAUCUGGGUUAGCAUAGCAAUUCCUUACUGCAGCACGGUCUUAAAACCUGGAAAAAAAAAACCCUCAGAAAUUCACUCACUGGUUGAAUACACACUUGCAUGCUUAAUUGAAUGGAAUGAUGCUCUUCAGAGUGGAGACACAAAGCUGCUGAAGGAGCUGUCAAAUACACCAUAUAAGCCUGAUGUUUCACAAAUGGACAAGUGUAUGUGCAUGUUUUGGUUUCACAGGUGCGUCAUGUGUCUGCUGUAUGUUGUAUCCGUGUUAAUGAAAGUGCUGCACUGCUUUAUGAAUACGUUUCAGUUUCAAUAUUGCACUGAUAAAAUGGGACUUACAAGACUGACCACAAGUCUCAGCAGGGAUUUUUGAAAGUUUUGUGUUAAAUCAGAAUAAAACGAACUUCUUACAUGACUUAAGAGGCUUUUAGAGAUCUUAAGAGACAUUUAUAAUCAUUUCCUCAUGGAAAUGCAAUCAGACCGAGACGCUAAGGCAGAAGAACUACCUCGUCUGCAGUGCAUAAUGAUUAAUUUUUUGACUAUUACUUCAAGGAAAUGAUAAAGUAAUGAUCAUAAAUGUUCUUCCUUGAGCUACGUAACCCCACUGCAGUCCGUAAUGGACUGGCCUGAGAUCUCGCUACAGAAACUGCUGGAGGAGAGUAGGUGAGUUGUGCUUAUUCUUUUUGCCAAAGAAAUUAGGCAAAGUUAAAAAGAUGUUUGGUGGCUAGUGCUAGUGCUGGGACCCUAUAUGUACUGUUGAUGAAGUUUGGUGCUGUUCUGAGCAUUAUUUGUGGCUAUGGAGUGGCGUUUUGUUUGAGGUUUGUUUAUUGCUCCUGAGACCGCUGUGUGCUAUUGUGCAGUAGUCACAAAAGUUGGUAUAACUAGAGAAGCAAGCGGUCGGCAACAGUUAUCUCUCAAAGGGUUAUUAACCCUAAAUUUAUUUUACGCUGGAAUAUCCCUUUAACAACAAAAUUCAGGUGAGCAUGAGAGAUUCAAGUAUCCAGCUCAAAAAAGUCCUCCAGAUUGCACAAACAUGGCAAUGGUAUUCUUCCCAGCCUAUUUGCAGGUUGAAUCAAAAGUUGAUUUAACAUUUUCAUUCACAAAACAACAUUUGUUUUGAUGCUUAAAAUGACCGCAGCAUCUGUUUUGAGUCUUUUGCCCUUUUACCUUUAAAGUCCAUUGACAUUAUCUUUUCCUUCAACACUACCAAAGCCCAUACUGUGUAACACCCACUGAGUGUUUCUGUACACUUUUCCUCUUAUCUCCACUGAUAAAACACAUUGGGCUUUAACCAAAAAUCUUACAUUUUGUUUUGAAAAAAUACCCGACCUUCUGCAACAGCAUAAACAGGCACAGAUGAAAUAAGCUGGACUCAUCUCCGUAGAUAUAAUGUGAUCAGGUUGUCACUAGCACGACUUUUGCUGCUGAAAAUAAACCACCUUUUUAAAGCGUUUCGACCAAUCAGAAUGGAGUAAAACACAGGCGGGUCAUAAUUCAUGGUAUUUUAUUCUUGGUUCACAGUAGCUUUGGAAAAGAACCAAUAAUUCUCUCUCUGGCUCCUUAUCCUUGGGCAAGACAGUAAGUCCCGAAAUGUUCCAGUUGUGUUUGAGAGUGUGUUAGACCUUGUAUGUGAAUAAUGUGAAUGCUGUGUAUCAAAAAGCACUUUGACUGGACGAAUGACUAGUCAGCGUCAUGUACUGUAAGUGCAGUCCAUUCACCACGUAUCACUCCUCCCUGCUUUAUGUGCUGCUGUCAGCAAAAAUGAGAUUUCAUGUGAAGCAUAUUUAUGAGGUAGAACACAUGAGAACACCUCUGAAAGGAGUUCUUUGCUCUUUCCUCUGAGUGUCACCUUUUAUUUGUGCUUCUGAACAGGAUGUCUAAGUCCUGCCACCUACACUGCACCAGUGUGGCUGUUUGCACUUUCUGAGUGCAUACAUAAAUGUAGGGUACUUAUGCUGUUCAAAAGGUUAGUGUUAAACAUUUCAGCCCCUGUCAAGAACUGAAUCUGAACUACUUUGUGUGACUUUAGGGAACCAAGCUCUCCAAUACAAGCUCUCCAUAAAGCAGCACCAAUAGCUGCAGCUGUAUGGAUCACAUAGAGGGGCUCUUUGGUGAUGUUUGAAACAGACGCAUCUUUGUAGACAUCCAAUCACAGUCAGUGACUCGGACUGUAUGAGUGUGUGUAUGUGUGUGUGUCCUCUACAGACUUUUUCUGUAUCACUGAAUCUUAGCCAGAAUUAAGUCGGAUGAUCAUAUUCUGACUUCCCAAAAAGAGGACACAACUGCACGUUAAUUUUGAGAGUUUUUCGGGCUGGAUCGAGUGUCUUUUACACGCUUCUAACUCAGUGAGUCCGCGUGACACAAACUUGAAACUUACGUAAAAAACCACGGACAUUUGAAGGAUUUUAUAAACUUCCCCAGACAAAGCCAGACAGUUCCUGAAAAGGAGGACAUGUCCAGGUAAAGGGGGCAUAUGGUCACCCUAGAAUUAAAACACUGUCAGUUUUCAUUAAUCAAUCAUUUUUGCAAAUCACAAAAGUUACUGCUUUAUAUUUUUUACUUAGUUCAGAUGCCAUUAUCUGCUUUUCUUUUACUUUUUUGUAAAUAAAGUAGAGUGGAGGAGACUUUAGAUAAAUGGUGGACAGAUACAAUGCUGAAAAGGCAUUAUAUUCCCCUUCCAAAUUGAAAUCCCUCUGUUUCUAAUUGCACUUUAAGUCUUCUGAGAGUUUGAAGGUUUUGUUCAUAUCCGUUAAAAACGCUGAGUGUUUCCUUUUGUUUGUAUCUGCUAAGAGCCGCAGUAUUUAUAGAAACUCUCUCAUGUUUCUUGCAUCAAACCUGUAGUUCAGGGUAAUCAUUUUAAGCCUACUCACUUUGCACGAGUAGUAGAAUAGAUAAGUGGCUUAUUCUCCAACUCCAGAAUUGUAAUUCAGCUGAACUGGUCAUUAAAUCAUUUCUCCUUACAAGAGAAGGCUAUUUGAUAUCCCCGAACACUUGCUCCUGGGACUAAAGAAAUGCUGUUGGCUGUAAAUUACUCUGCAAUGGCUCUAUCUGUAUAAGCCUAAAUUACUUUUAUUGUGGAGUGGAAGGAAGCAGAGCAAAGCUUCCUAGGUCAUACGAUGAGGAACAACAGGCUGAACCUGAAACUCCUGUAUGCCUCUAGCUUUGCCUCCUGUGAGGGAUGCUAGCCUCCUGUCUCUGUCUGUACCCCCCCAUCCAUGUAUUCAUAUUCUCUCCACCUGUCACCCACCAUCCACACUCCAUCCAACCAUGGCCUAUCCCACCUUCACCCUCUGGUUGUGUCCUGAUUGGAAUCUGAACCAGGGUUAAGUCAGGGAGAUCUUUGGACCACCUGCCUCAUAUCAUACUGAGACCAAACCGGAGAACCAAUUUCAAGUCCCCUACACUCUGUGGAUUUGUGUGUGUUUGUGUUUAUAUCCGAGUUGUCUUGAAGAAUUUGAUUUUCUGCAUCUUGGGCUACAAAAUGCUAAGACAAUGACUCCCUUUCAAAUUAAUUAAAAACAGUUAAUUGCCCUUUAUGUUACCCAGUGCUUAAAAACUGGAGGUGUGUGUGUGUGCAGGAGCGUCACUGUAAUGAAAAGGAUUCACAGUGGAGAUUAUCUGGAUUAGGAUUACAUGUAAUGUUUUUAAAUUGAGAAUGAGGUUAUACUCCUUCAUAUAAUUACUAUAAGCGUGUACGUCAUAACACAAAAAAAAGGGAUUACCAUUUUAAUUUUAUUUCUCUGGAUGAACGAUGAAACAAAUUGAACAUCAAGUUGAAUGAUCUUUAGCAUUUUCAUAAAAGCUAACUGGUGUUUUUUUACACAGAGAUCAGCUAAUGUGCCUUAUAAGACAUGUCAGUCUCCUGUCAAUGCAUAGAAAGUGUUGGUGAACACGUUUUUGCAGGAAUGCAGAAAUGUAAAAAUGAAAAGAUUGAGUUUUUCAUUGUGAAUAGACCAAUGACCUUUAUAAAGAGCACAGUGCCAGACAUUACGCAAUGAUAAAGACUUAACAGACUAAAACCAGCAGUGUCAUCUUAUCAUAUUAAAGGUAAAAUAGCAGCAGAUAACACAAAGAUCUAGAGAACAGCUUCUCCAGUUGAGUAAACAAUAGACAGUGACAGCUCAGUGGAAGUGAAGUAAAAAUAUGUGCUUCGUUUGUUAUUUCAGUGGGUGUAGGUGUUUGUUUAAACGAGUUGAACUACAAGGUAAAGUAACAAUCUUUUUUGUUUUCAUUUUCUACAGCAAAGAUUCAGAGUGAGAGAUUCAUUUGUCUGUUAAAGAAAGCAUGGGGGGAUUUUUAGUCAGAAAACUUUAUUUAUACAGUGUGUGUAGAACAACAUAAGCAAAGAGAAGGCAGGUACUGCAUUGUCCACAGGGGGCGCCAAAGUGGACACAAGCAGAACGUUCCUUAUGGGCGCUUUAAUUCAAUGGCCUGAAUCUGUGAGAUUAUCGUGAAAUACGUAUUUCUCAAAAUUUGUGCAUCUCAAAAAUUGGAGUAACUUGAAAUUGUUUUUUUUUUUUAAUAACUUGGAAUCUAAAUUAAAUCCUAUAAGCUGUUUUUUUUUAGCUGUGGGUGACAAGCUUCACAAACAAAAUAUUAUAAUUCAUGAGUUCAAAAUAUGUAAGGAUUACAUUUUUCACUUUCUGACAUAAGUAAUCAUAUAAUAUUGAAAUUUUCAUGAAUACAUGUAUUUUUAGAUGCUCCAAUUCAUUGUGUGUGAUCGAUGGUAUAUUUUAAAUUGCUGAUUGCUUUAAAAGCAGCUAGUCAUUAUGAUGUGACAGCAUAGGACAUUGUGUUUCCAGGGAGGUGUUUGUCAUACAAACUGAACAGUUUUUCUUUGGUAGUGAAGAUGUGAAAAUGUGAAAUCACUUAAAAGUUCCUGUUUUUAAAAGUGUGCACCUCAGUUUUUGUGUUUGUGUUUAAAGAAGUGGAAAUGAUUUGCAAACUGUCUGUGAAGAGUUUGAAGGUGACUGAGCUUUAAAGACGUCUGUUUCAUUGUAAGAAGGGGAUUUCAUGCAGUUUAUAAACCAGAAACAGAAACUAUUAUCUGGGUAGUUGCACAAAUGGAGGGAUGAGAAAGCAGAUGUACUGACUGGAUGGACAGAUCCUUCUUGCACGUUAUGUGGUGGUCUGUAAAUUUGGGCAUUCAUGUGUUUUAGGUUUGUUUGUAACUUAACACGCUUACAGAUGGGUACUUUUUAGUUACAUUUCCCAUCUCUUCCCUACUGAAAAUGUCUGUCAGAAAUUAGUAUCAUUCCUUCCAGGUUUUGUUCGACAAGCUGAUCCACUUCUGCUGCCAUCUACUGCAGCAUGAAAUGAUGUCUUUGUGCACACUCUGCUGCACUGGUGCUUCUCCGUUUGACACCGAGCUUCUCAUUAAAUUCAGAAAUACUUAUCCAGUGAGAUGUGGAAAUUUGACAUACUGAGGAACGCUGUUGACUGAAGGUUCAUUUUUCUUUCUUGUGAGCACUCUGUGGAGAAUAAAUAUCCAUCAUUGGAGACAAUAACUGACAGUAUGUCUUUGUUAACACCUGUGACACAUCAAGAAAACUGUAAUUAACUUACUCUGUCAGGCUUUAAUUUGACUCUCUGUGCCUGAUGGAAGUGUGAAAAAUGAUCUGAUCAAAAUUCACCUUCAUCUAAUGUAUCAGCCAGGUAUCACUUCCGUUUUCAUACCGUUUAUUUGCCUGUAAUGCUUUCCUUUUUUUUCACUCUCAACCCAUUUUUGCUUGUAGCCUGGCUUUUCAAAGAUCCAGAUUUUGUUUACUGCACCAGUUGGAGCUCUCUGUCACUGUCCACGACACAAAAUGCUGAAUAAUGUAUCCUUGUUUGACAUAUUAGCUUUCAUAUUCCUCCUGCUGUUUUCCAGAAAGAAUAAGACAAACGUCAACACUCUCACCAAGCUCCAUUUUUCACACUCCAUCACACCCAUCCUGUUGCAGCUUGUUUGGUAGCUGUCCAACUAGACAAGGUGUUUGGAGACAAAGCAGAGAAAUAAAGCCAGAUGUGAUUAAAUGAAAAGUGUCAGUGACGGUCUAGAUGUUACUCAAAUAUGCAGCACACGAGGAAUAGAAAGUCUAAGAUUAUGAGAAAGACUUCAGUGCGUGACUGAGUUUGUGAUCUUGUGUGUGUAUUUGUACAACCAUAAGCAGAGUGUUUUUGAGACAGACGUGUGUGUUUGUCAGAGACUUUUAAUCACAAUGCAACCUGGAACCAGUUUAUCCUGCAGGACUGUGGCAUUGCACCAUUACACCACCCACCUCUGUAAUGCUGUAUCAUUAAAGGUGUGACUGCUCCUCCAAACAACACAAAGCAAAUACUUCAGAUUUGUUCUGCUUUGAUUUUCUUGGCUGUGUGACAGUGGCUCAUACUUGCAGGAGAGUGAACCAGUGUCAGUUUGUUGUUUCCAGUUUGUCAGGAUCAUCGCUGCCAGACAAGACAGGGAGGGACGUUUAAUUACACAGUAUCUGAGAGGGUUGGUGUUAUGCCAUACAACCAGUAUUGUGUACAGGCAAGAAACUGAUAAGUUUUUGAUACUGGGAUAACAUUUUAGACAGAUUGUAAUACUGGUAGCACAGCAGGAGGAUUUUGUACAAAAAAUGACUGGACUACCUUUGACAUAAAAUAUAUUUUAUGCUUUUAACUUCAACUUUUAACUUUAUUGUCCUUGAGGGCACAGGACAUGCUAAAUUUACCAGGUUUAUCAUUGGAGUUUAGCAGUUUUUGGUGGGGUCUAUAUUUACAUUUAUCACAGUCUCUGUUACACUUAAAAUCAUCACACUAUUUGAUCUGAGCAAAGAAAUAGAAAUUAUUGAAUAUUGAACUAUUUGAUUGAUUAAUUAAUAAUUGAAAAUAGUUUUGUGUUUCCCAAAAAAGCCUGACAGUCCAGCUAUCUGGGAUUUUUGUUGACAUUCAGUAAGAAAAACAAACUUGAUUAAAGUAACUUUUAAAGAAUAAGAAAAACUUUAUUUUAUUCCUGAGGGGAAAUUCAAUAUGUAUAUUAAAUCAUAAUAAUAAUAAUAAGAAGAAGAAUAAGAAUAAGAAAAAUAUAUAAUAUAAUAUAGUAUAGUAUAAUAUAAUAUAAUCAAUAUUUUUAUGUCAUUUACCUGUAAAUUCUGUGAUUGGGUUAGUUUUGAAAACACACCUUUUUUAAACUUUAUUUAUUGUGUAAAUAUAUUCAGUAGGUGAAAUUCACACUUGAUCAGCUAAAGCUCCUGUUAAGACUGAAUUGGAUGCUAAUGUGUCUUUAAGUGUCACAUUGCAGCACUUUCUAUGAGCCUUGGCUUGCACAGCGUCCUAGUUGGGAAACUUUAGCAGACAAGCUACUGGGCAGCUCUCUUCAAGGUCAGACAUGUCUUAGAGGAAUUAACCAGAACGUCCUCUGAAAAUCUGUGAUACUCUUGUGUGUCUUUGGCUCUUUCCCUGUAAUCUGUGAGCACUGUAACAAAUGUAAAAAUGCAUGCGAGUUUAACUUUAUGCUAGAGAACAUAUGCAUGUCAAAAAGGAGGGCUUGUUUCUUCUACAAGGGGUGAGGUCUCACUUCAGUGGUCUUUGAUUGUUGGCUUUAUUCCGCUCUUUAUCUUGUCUUGUCUUUCCACUAGUUUUUGUCCAGUGUCUCCUGUGUCCUCACCAUCUCUGUGGCACUCUUUCAGGGGAUUUUUAUAUGACAGAUAAGAGAAAGUAAUAUAACAAUGAGUGUCUACUGCGUGCAUAAGUGACUCAGUCCUACUCUGAUAAUUACUCUUAUUGCACAGAGAUUAAAGAUGCACUUGCCAGAGUGCCCUAAUGGACGUUUUAACCGCCAGCCUCUCAUUUUUCACUGUCCGUUAAGCUCUUCUCUUUCCUUUUUCUCUCUCUGCCUCUCCCUCUCUUUAACCAGCUCUCAUAUAAAAGCAGAGAUGCAUGCAUGUGCACUGCCUAGUUUAUGUGUUUACAAAAGGAAAAACAUGACACCUGGAUUUCUUUCGUAUACACAAUCAAACCUUUAUUUGUCGCUCACUUAACCGUCUAUCUGAUGUCAGCUGGUCAGCGUGUGACUUAAGUCAAGCUGAACAUGAUCCUUAAAAGCUGCUGUCCUGAUGUCAACUUACCUUUGAACUUUUGUCUCCUCAGGUGCUGAACCCUGCCUGCCUUGACGCCCUGACAUCACACAUACACACACACAGCAGCACCAGAGAGAAGCUGAAGGAGACGAGGGCAGAGAAAGAAAUAGGAGGGCAGAGGGAGGUGAGUGGAAGGAAUAACCGAAUCCAUUCUUAUUUCUCUGUCUCCAUAUCUCUGUACGCUCCAUGUUGAACUCAGUGUGGCUGCAAGAUCGGCAGCUCAUUGUUUACAGAGACGCUCAAUCAGCCAGAAAACAAGACAAGCCCUGUGGCGGUGAGGUUGGUUCACACCCCUGCUGAGCUGCAGACUGAGUGUGUAUUUGUGCGAGUGCCUUUGUCUGUUCAAGUUAUGUUUUCUGUUAUCUGCCUGAAUUCAUGAAGAGACUGUGAAGUUGGCAUGACCAUGAGAAAACACUGGUGGUAGGAGGUCUAUUGACCAUCAAACUGAGGUUCGUAUUUUUGGAGAGUUAAAGAUAGAAGAGAAGUCUUGAGUGAAAAUAUCUCCUGGGCAGCAUUAAAGGAUGGUAGGAUUGUCUUGAUACAAAUACUUACUUUUUCCAAGUCAAAUUUGUGCAAAAAUAGCAAAUAACCAUACUAACCAUAAACAUUUAAGCUCCAAAAAAAUGGAAUUUUCAUAAUUUGUGGUUUCAGGAAUUAAAGGGCUAGACUCAGGAGAAAUGUGGUUACAGUGAGAACUCACGUCAAGCGGUAAAAAUACCACAGGGGGGUUUAUUUACAAAAAAAGAGGUAAGCUGGAGAACAAUAUCACAGCCAUCUCCAACACUGUCAUGCUGGGCCAAUAGGGCCAAUAGGUACUAUAAUUAGUUAAUGUAUUCACCCAACAAUGACUAUCACAUAAUUACUGUUGGAUGUUAAGCUAUGAUUCAUAUUUGCUGGUUGAAGUUUGAAUGACAGGUCAGUCCUGCAGAUGGUGCAAACAGGUCUCUGUUUUCUGCGCCUUGUUCAAUAACAUCCCUGUCACAUUUUUCUUUAAAAUUUUUGUACAUUUUUAAUGCAGCUGACUCUUUCCAUAUUCACUCUUUUUUUUUCUAAAUCAUGUAUCUUUUUUUUAUGGUUUUUAACAUCCCCUUGUUGAACGCUGGAUCAAUACAGACCCUUUCUUUUGUGAGGGGACCUUGUGUGCGGACAUCAGAACAAAUAGGCUCUUAACCAACCUGUCUUUGUUAGCGGCUGACCAUUCGAGGUUCCUUUUAUCAUCUGUCAAAGCAGGCAGGCCCGGAACAACCUCAAACCAAGCUGGUGCGAGAGGGUGUCGAGAGCGGGUGGCUGUGGUGGAUGUAAAGUAGCAGCUUCCCUUUGUUGGCGCUCACAAUCUAUCCUGGACUUUUUGUGAAUUUUUCCUGCUACAAAAAAAAAAACAAGAAAAUGCCUCGUUGUUGUCGUUGUUUUACAUAUUGGUGCACAAGUUACACAACUGCCAGUAAAAUUCCCAAGGUUUCUACAUGUUGGGUCAAAUCUGUCGCACCCUUGUGUAACGCUGUGGCUAAAAUCAGCCACUAUGGGCAAAAUUUAGCCACUAAUUUCCAUGUAACUUUUUUUUUACUGCAGCAAAUGGGAUGAUUUUUUCUGCAGAUGCUUAUAUUGAUGGACACUUUGAGAAUAUGACUUCAAAAUUUUCACCAGGUCAAAAAUACACGCGGGGCAAAUUUUCAUCCGUUGUUAAUGCUCAGUGGCUAAAAAAAGCCACUAACUUUGACUGCUGUAAAAACAUAUUAGGUUAAUAUUUUUUUUCAUAUAUCUCUUAAUUAACUUCUGCUUUGAUCAAAACUAGUAAAUGUUUCAUCUAAAAACAUUUUUUUAACCCUUUGAGAGUCCAUUCAAAACAUAAUGUCACUGAUAUGGUAGAAAAUAAAUCUAAUAAAAAUCAGUCAUUUUCCUCCCAUUUUUUCCCAAUAUUAGUGACUUAAUGUUUUAAAUGGGUCUUUAAAGGGUUAAAGAUUGGAUUCUUAAUUAAACAUUUACUAUUUUUGAAUAGAGCAGAAGUUAAUUAAGAGAUAUAUGAAAAAAAAAUCUGGAAAAAUAUGAAUCCAAUAUGUUUUUACAGCAGUCAAUGUCAGUGGCUGUUUUUAGCCACUGAGCGUUAAGAAAGGAUGUAAAUCUAAGGGUUACACAAGUGGGUCUUGCCAAUUCAUCAAACAAUGAUUGUGGUCUGGACCUGCUCUUUUUCUUUGGAAAGCAUCUUGGGAUGACAACUGUUGUGAAUUGGCACUAUAUAAAUAAACUUUGAUUGAUUGAUUGAUUGAUUGAUUGAUUGAUUGAUUGAUUGAUUGAUUAAACUUCAAAGUAAAUACUUAAUGACAAAGUGAAGUCUACCUCACAGUCCCUCCCUCAGACAUCAUUACACCUACUGCCUUUAGUUUCUGUUUUCUCCUCUCUGUCUACAUCUUCUCACACCAUCUUAUUUGUAUUCCCUACCCAUCUGUGUAUCUGCAUUAACUAGAAAGCUACGUUUAUCUUGAGGUCUGGUCUCUUGUAUUAAUGCACACUGAGGAUCCUUUUAGGUUAAAACCAUGUUUUGAUCACAGUUGGUCAAAGUUUGUGGCCCAAGCGGCUGCCAAGUUCACUCACCACUUUGCUAAACUGCCUACUUAUGUAUGUAAAGUAGCUUUCAUAGAAUUCACCCUGCGGCCUUCCCCACCAUCAUCUCGGUGGGAAGGUUUUGGGGUCUGCGUGCGUGUGUUUAUGUAUGAAUAAUUGAUUGCUGUGGGGUUUUUAGUGGAUCACAGGCAUCCAUAGUGAGUGUAGUUGAUGCCGUGUCUGAUGCUGCUCUGUGGGCUCUUCAGGGUAGUCUGUUCGGUUGUAAUCGAAGCAAGUUUAUUUCUUGAAAAGUGAUUCAGGAGAGAUUUGUCAGUGAGUCAUGGACUAUCAGAAAAUCCAUAACAUAGAUUGACCGAGCUUGUGAUGCAAUAUUUAUCAUUAAUGGCAAACGGUGGUGGAAUCUGUUACUUUCCGACAUGCUGGAUCACGGUUUAAGAGUAUUUUUAUAGAUUUUUUUUAAACUGCAAAGGCCAUAUUGAACUUUUCUUUUUAUCAAUCAAUGUGAAAGAUUAGAUAGAAGGAAUGAACGAUGCAUAAACAAUCGUGGAUACUAGCUUUGGCAUUACUGUUGAUUGCAUAACAGCAAAAAUAAACUUUUCUGAUAACUUAACAUCCUGCGAACCUUGCGCCCUUCCAACAAGAAUUUUCCACACAGAUGCACAGCCUCCCAUUUUUUCAUCCCCUCCUCUUUUCUCACUUUACUCAUCACCUCCUGCCUCCACCACCCUCACUAUUCCUGCUGUCUCUGCUUUAACUUCUUUAUCCAACCUCACCUCUCUCCCCAUAAGUCUGUAUAUAUUUCCGCCUCAUUCAUUUCUUCCUCCGUGUAUCUUCUUCCCUCCUUCUUUCCUCUCUUUCUUGCCCCUUAGCCGCAGUGUCCUUGAGAAAGCAGUGACAUUGCCGGUGAGCGCAGCAGAGCGCAUCACUCUCUCUCUCUUUUUCACACACUGUCUCACUGACACUCAUUCGACCCCCCUCUGUACGCAGAUACACAAACACACACAUUUUAGAGGACCAUAGCAACCCUGUCAAGCAGAACCAGCCCUUACAUGUCUCGUUCCUUUAGUGUCCAUAAAUAAUUCAUCACCUGUAACAAUGGCUCCGCUUUAUGCAAAUAUUGACAAACCUAUCACAGAGGAAAAUUGAGACCAUAGUUUCCUUUGUUGAGCUCAAUUUAUACUUUCUCUCUGUUCUUGGAAACAUUUUUUAAAAAAUCAGCUGAUACAAGCAAAAUAUUUAAAGUCACGGCACAAUAAUCGGUCCUCACAAUAAGCCCUGAGUUAAUAAGUGUCAUGUACAAUCUGUGACCCGCUGCGCCACUCUCUGUUGACUUUUCUAUAAUAUGCAGCAGUAAAAAUAAUGUCUGGAUAUUGAAAUAAUAUGAGUUAAGUUACUUUAAGAGGUCGUAUAGCACAACACGUGAUUUUAAAGGUAAUACUGAAAAAAUAAAACAGAUGAAGAGGCGUGUAUUACUUCCAGUGCUAGAUGAACUUUUAUAUCACAUUGUCACCUAAUAACUUUUUUAUGUGCACUUCUCAGUGACCUUUCUCAUCAUGAGUAUUUCUGUGUGCACAUGUGCAAUACCACAUGAUUCUUCAUACUUUAGAAGACUUUCAUAUGCCGUGUGCUAAUGUCACCUUUUCUUCACCUUGUGUAAAAAAUCCCAUUUUUCAUAUCAUAUGUAGUUCUUUAUAUAUUUGUAGUCACCUGAGUGCAAAUUUCUCUGCAGGAAGACAGAGUUCGUCAUGUGACGUGCAGUACUAAAUGGUUUUUCAUAUCUUGUCAAGUCACUACAUUUCUUUGUAAUCAUAUGCAAAACUAAAUGAGCUGUUAUAUUAUCCCUGGUGUUUGAUACCAUUCAACUUCUGUGUACGACUUAAUGAGUUCUCAUGUCUUGUCCAGUUCUACUCUUCAGAGCAUGAAUAACAACAUUUCUGUCAUAGAUUGCCUUUCAAUAUCAGGCUGUAUUAUGCUCAUUAUCCUGGGCUUAUUGCUUUUUUGUAUGAUUUGCAAUAUUACAUUUCAUAUCUUGUUCAACGUGACUUAUUAAUCUUGGAUGUUUUUUAUUCAUUUUUAUGUGUCUUGAAAUGAGGAAAUACAAUUUGGCCGAUCCAUCGACACCAUAUGCAGUACAUCUUUCACUUUUUAUUUCCUGCUGCCUGUUUGAUACAAUGUUAAUAUCAUUAUAUACAGUUUUAUUUAACACCAAUUAAUCUAUUUUGAGGGCCUAAGGUGUCUUCGUGAAGAUGAGGCGUCAAAAUACAAACGAGGAUGAGACAGGUGAAAAAGAUGAGAGUCUGACUGGGAGGCAAAGUUACGAGGAGAGGUUGAAAUAAAGUUCAAUCUUAUCUUUUCCUUUGCUGUCUUUCUUUUUGCUUGUAACUUGUAACAUUAAAAAUGAUCCUGUUUACACCUUUAGGAUGUCUGUAUUUCAGAGUCCCUGUUGAACUUCACUUACUUAUUAAUAAGGCAUUCAGUAAACCAGCGUUUAAGUUAAAUUACUCUUACUUUAAGUUUUGUUACUGAUUUCAGACAAAUUGGCCUCAGGUGAUACUAUAGUUCGCCUGCCAGCGUGGAAACCUCACACCCUUUGUGUUUUCAUUAGAGGUGCCCUCCACUAAUCUUGCAUCAUGACGGCCCAUUGUUGCAGCUUUUCCGUGGCUUUUGAAAUAUAGAUGCAGUCUGAUUGUCUCUGGUUGUAAGGUGAGAUGUUUUAGUCUCUUGAUGCUGUUUGUUCUCGUUGGUCUCUGCUUUCCAUUGGGGUUUUUCGAGUGCGUAUUGGGUCACAGCUUUUUGCCUGCCCUGUUACGUGUUUUCUGCUUCAGAUCAGGUGUCGUGCUGUUACCUCAUAGCCGUGUUAUAUAUAGAAGAUGUCUUUUCACUAAUACAUCUUGAACUGUUAGCUUAGAUGGUAGCUCUCAUCAUCUUUGCUCAUCUACAAGUACUCCCUCAUCUUCAUCUCAAGCUCUUAGAUCUAAAUUUGCACGCUUUAACAUUUCAUGACAGUAUCACCAUUGCCGCCAUGUUAUCUCUAUCUAUCUCUAUCUCUCUCUGUCUGUAUCUGUCUCUUUCUUCCUCGUGUUUGUCCCACGUUCGGCUGAAAAUGCUUCUGUAGCCAUGGCGACCAAUCCCAAGGGGAAAAGUUGAGGCUGAAUCUCUUUCUCACUCUGUUCUCCUUCCUUUGUCUCAGGCCUUGUUGCAAUCUAAUGCUUUCCUUUUCCUCUCAAACACACACACAGACGCACACACACGCACACAAACUAGCAUGCCAGUAUCUGAAAGCAAAGGAGAUGCUGUUUGUGAGUCAUGAUGUUGUUUUGGUUUGAGUUCAAUUAAGAGCUGGUGUAGAACUACGUGACCUAAUUGCCGAGAAAUACUAAACCUGGGGAUGAAUUUCUUUCUUUUGACUCUCAUUAUCGCUUCUGCUUUCUUGCUGGUUAGUGACUAUGGCUGUUAGAGCUGAAACUGUUUGGACUAUAAUCACUCACACAAUAGAGGCAGAUGGUGAACCAAGGACAAAGCAGAACAAAGGACAAAUCCAGAGAGAAGGCAGAAUAAGUUUGAGCUUAAGGAGAGUCUUGGGCAGCCACAGUGCAGAGAAAGAGAGAUGACCUCUGCUUCAGAGCACAAGUGUGCUGUUUUCAUGUGUGUGGUCAUGUGGUGCAAGUGCGUUCUUGUGCAUUCAUAUGUGCACCCUCUUGCAUUGGUAAUACUUUUUCCAAUCCCUUUUGCUCAUUUUGAUAAGUAAACUGAAACAGAUGUGUAUCAGCUAUUAUAUUUAUCAACAUCUAACAACAAGAGGUUUGAUUCUGGGAACAGAUCCCAUCUUUGAGUGGCUCCGCUGCAGCCAGCAGAAACUUCUUUUUUUGUAGAGCAUUUACAUCUGCAACAUAAACGCCGUCAUUUCUUGGUCCAUUACAAUCCCCGACAUAGCACCCAGAGCAGCUGUAGGUGGUAGUUCAACUGUAAAAUCACAAACACUUCACACUGGCUUCAUUAUGAACCCAAAAAAGGAAACCCACUAUUUAAGGGUCUUAUGUUUGCUGAAAUGAUUACAACGUGAUGCAGAUUUAUAAAUAGUAAAAGUGCAAACUUUGUCAGGUCUGACUUUAAGUAAAGAAAAGAAGGUGAAAAAGAUCUUUUUAAUGCAGUGUCUGUAAACGUAACUGCUGCUGAUCUGCUCAUAGGGACAAAUCAGAUCAGAUUACAGCCAAUCAGGGGCAAGGAUUUCAAAGGAUGUAAGCAUUUAGUAGUGCACUAUGGGUUAUGUAUUUUUCAGUAUUAUCAUGAGUCAUAAAGAGAAACUGUCGGGGGGAAACAAGGGGUGCUUUGGGAGAUAGUAAAACUUAGUAUGUCAAAAUAAAAAAGACUCAAGGUGUUAAGUUUGGAAGUGGAGCAACUGGGUAAUACAACAGAAAGCUGGAAGUAUGAGUAAUGAACUUUUAAAAAAGUUUAUAGCAUAGCUAUGGUGAGUGAGAAAACUUAAGUAAUUUAAAUUCAUUGAUUUUCCAUCAAAAUUAAAUGUCCUGCAACUUCAUGUUUGUAUAAGAAAGGAUGUGAAAUGUUUAAACCCUCUUUCAAUCAAGAACCAAGAUGCUUCAUCAUCUAAAUAAGAAAAAGCCUGUCUCCUCUCCAGUGUGUAAAUAUACAUUGUUUUAAUAGACUUUGGCAAACUUUAGAGCCAGAAAAAUGUUGAUGUUACUUCUUAUUGAAUAUUUGCUGAGAAAAUACACAAAACUCUAAAGGUGGGGAUGAUCAGAUAAGAGAUUAACUGCAUUUACUGAAAACAUGUCCACAUUCAUGCUCCAUUUUUUCAACAUUUCGGUCACUUUUUUUGUUCAAACUUAUUGAAAAGUACUUCAGUUUACAACCAUUUGCUGACAUUUAAGUGUGGGCUGGACAGGGAUGUUUUACACGUCACUGAGUUCACAAUGAACUCUGAGUAAAACCGAAGGCAAGAAAGCAGAAAUUGGGACUCAUGGAAGGUGGGUAAUUUGGCAUUGUCAAGUCCGCAUUAGAGCAUAAAGCACCUCCACACUUACUGAGAUUGUGCCUCAAAGUAUGUGAGUCAGUGAGGGAGGAAAUUGGGAUUAGGCCCAGGCUCUUCUUCCUCUUACCUCCCUUCAUCCCUUCUUUCUAUUCAUUUUUUAACCUUCACACCCUCUCUUGUUCUUUAAUCCCCCCGUGUCCCAGCUUCCUUCCUUCCUGUCCCCACCUUUCUCUUUUCAUCCAUAUUUAUACUUCUCUUCCCUCUGCAGCUCUCUCUCUUCAGUAUUUCAUCACUUUUCCUUCCUCGUUCACUCUUUUUUAGCCUUCAACAUCUGACCUUAUAGCUCUAUUAUAUUUCUCUAAAUCAUUCAUACCUUGUCAUUCAACCUUUCGCACUUAUUUCUCACUUUUUUCUUUCGAGGCAUACUGUAAACCCUUCUACCUCUACCGUUCUAUUUAUUCUACCCACUCCUCCCUCAUUCCUUCUGUUUCUCACCGUCCGUACACUUUUUCUUCCCUCUCAUACUGUACACCCAAUAAUCAAUCCUACCUUUCCUCUCCUCUCUCCCCCUCCUGUUCCUUUCUCUCUUUCUCUCCCUGCAUCUUCUCCCCUGAGUCAGACAGAGAUACAGACAGACAGACGGUAAGGAAGGAAGUGUGUAAUAAGACCGCCAUAUCGAGCACACUGCCCAAAUAGAGCUGGAAUGAAUGGAGUCAGUGAUCGGCUCCUGCUACAGCAUUGCAGAUGAAGAUGUUAGAGGGGGGUUGGGGAGAAAUGAGUCUGCCUGAUGUAGCACAUAUUUCAUGAAUACUAAUAUCAGAACACAAACAUGUUUACUGUGUGUGUCUGUCUGUCUCUCUGUGAAUCAAAGUGAGGAAUUUAACGCCCUGGAUGUGUUUCAUACUGUAUUGUGGGCUGGAAAUUAACUUUUUUUUUCGUCUUUAUUUUGCCAAAAAUCAAUAUUUGGCGUAGUCAUAAAUACAUUUCAACCAAAGGCUGAAGCAAUCUGCAUUCAAGCCUUUUUCUCCACUGUUUGAACGAGGAUCAGAGAUGCAGACAUGCAAUGCAGUGGUUGAAGACUGAGAAAUAUUCAAAAAUACAUUCAUAAUAAAAUAGACGAUGAAACUCCCAAGUCAGUUUUGUUGUAUUCUUAAAUAAAUGCCUGAAACAAGAGGAAUUCAUUUGGAGUCUGUUCCAUCAAAUUCAUUUUCUUAGAAAUACUUGAUCUUUUGUUGUGAUUUAGCUUUCAUAACACAUUUUACUAAUCUGCUCAUCUGCUCUCCGUGCAUCACACUACUGCUUUUAUUAAUGAAAAUGGACACAGAGAUAAAAAGGGAAUGAGCUCACCACAGGCAUACUUAGCAGUACUUCAUAGUGUGUGUGUGUGUGUGUGUGUGUGUGUGUGUGUGUGUGUGUGUGUGUGUGUGUGUGUGUGUGUGUGUGUGUGUUGACUAGAAGCCCAUUAGGGAAUUAGUCCACAUCUGUAUGACCGCGGUUGUCCCCAUGCACUCAAAACCAGUAAUAUUUCAGUCAAACGUUGAUGUAAUGGAUUGCAGUUUUAUUAACAUUGCCAGCAUGAAUUUCAUUACAUAAUAUAACCUUGUUUAUAAAUGUAGAUAUUAUUUUUUUUCUCUUUUGGUGAUAUAUUAGACAGAAUUCAGUAUAAAUCCAUGAGUUUUUUUUGAAAACAUGACAGCUGUCUUCGACAUGAAUAAUAGAUUUUAUUCCUUUGAAUAUGCAAAAACCUGCCCAGGAAAACACACUUAAGGGUGGAGUAUGACAGCUUUGUGUUUUUGCAAACACAAGCUUAGUACCGGAGAGCCUUUCAGGCAGGAUUAAACCGCUAACUGUCAAUGGAACAAACAAGUAGGCCAAAGACCACUGAGAUGAUAUCAUUUACACUGCAACAAUCAGGGUCACUGUAUCUGUGUUCAUAUGUCGGCAGCAUGUAAAGCAGGUUCAGUACCAGGAAGUGUGGCGUAGAUUCAUACUGGGAAAAAUCAUCAGCACGAAUGCACAAACUCACACACACCGUACACACAUUCACACAAGUAUUCUCACAGACCAUGGACUGUGGAGUGGCGGUAGAGUCCUGGCAGGACCAUCUGUUCCCGCUGAAAUGGGCACAGCAGGAGACUUCAGUGUGCACGUAUAUAUACACAUCCACAAACACACACUUGAAGCUUGUUUCAGUUCUGGCCUUGGGAAAGUGUAUUUAUUCCCCACAUUGACACAUAUUAGUACCUAGUUGUUGGUGUUUACAAAAUUUAAAGUAAUUGUAAGUUUGUACAAGGCCAAAAAUAUUUUCCUAUAUGCCUCUCACAAUCUGUCACAGAGUUCUAUAAGGUUCUGUGCUCAGGCUAAUACCUUUUACUUUAUAGUUUCUCCUUUAACUAUCAUUGUAUGACUGUAUGCAGAUGAUACUCCUGUAAAUAUGUCAAUAUGGCCAAAUGAUGACUGUUGACAGUUGCUAAUUGUGAGAGUUUUAAAGGUUCUAUGAGUAUUUAAAGACUAUGUAAAUGGAAUAUAAUAUUCACAAGUAUGAAUUACAAUCACUUGAUUAUUUUGUUUUUAUUUACUGAGACUGGACCUACCUUUAUUGGAAUAUGUCCACUUCCACAGAGCGCUGCCAUCUUGCACCGCCAUGGUUCCUCUGGGGUGCAGGUAGUAACAUAUGCAUGUUGGCAUUCAUUGAGACGCUGUGUGAAACACACCGGCUGGAAGACAAAGAUGUAAAGAUUGGUUAUCGUGUGGAAAAGAUGUUGUAUUGGUGGAUGUUUUUGACAGUAAAAACUUGAAAAGAAGAUGAUUAUGUACAUCUCAGGAGAUUUCUGUCCUCAAAUCCAAAUUUUAAGAACUGAGUAGUCGAGUGUUUUUAUCUAAAAUCUGAAUUCUAAAUACUUUCAUUUCUACAAACUGUCACUUCUAAAGAUUUCAAGAUUCUUCUCAGUAGACUCUAGACAUUCCUGCCCUAAGAUAACUUCUGUUAUGAUAUGGUGCUCCUAUAAGCUCCUGUAAGCACAAAUGCACUUAGAAGAAGCGACAAAAUAUUGCUAAGGGAAUACAGAACACAAUUAUCAUACCACUGGUGCUAAAUAUUGACAUUUUAACUUAAAAUAAUAGCUUCCCAGCUAUAUUUCCUCUCUGUGUGACUCAGUUUGUCACUACCUAAUGACUCCCCAUGGAAGCACUCAUGACAUUUAUGUUUCUUUUUCUGUAAAGGAAUGUUUUGUGUUCUUCUGACAAAGAAAUAUUGUUUAGUAUUUAUUUAUGCAGAAUCACGUUAUGGUGAUAUCAUCCUCACUGGGAGCCUUGUAUCAGAUACUGAAUCCUGAUGUACUGUGAAACCUACCCUUUACCUAUCACAGGGAAAGAUGGACAGACAGAUGUAUACAUACAUACAUACAUGGAUCGAUAAAUCAGUGUAUAGAUAUGUGAAUAAAUGUGUAUCCUUGUUAAUCUGAAGCUCUGAGUCUCUCCAGUCUGACCCACUGUCAGCAGGAACUGCACACACACACAAACACACACACCAAAGCUUUCUCUCCAUUUUAAUAAUCGACCGAGGGGAGUUACACUUCCCCUGUCAAUGCUAUCUAUCUCCCUUGCAAAGGCACUGUCAGCAUUUUCUCUGCUUUCUGCCAUCUCAUCAAUACUCUGUGCCCUGACCUCCCCUGGCCUUAAACCGGACCCAGUCAAGACAGAGCCUCGAACAGCAAAGAUACUGUAUUAUUUUCACCAUAUUUAUUUCACAGAACAUAGAUGAACGCGUCUAUUAAAACAGGAAAAAGGAAGUGUUAAUGAGAAGAGACUCAUUAGUGGAUUGAGGGAUCACUUCUGGGUUCAUCAACGCUGACCCUCACCUUGUCCUGCUUAUGGAUUAGAAAAACAGUCUUAAUCAAUGAACCAAGAUGUAGUGAUUUCUCAUAGUUUGUAUCCAGAGCAUCUACAUUUAUCAGCUGCAUCUGGGCUGCAACACCAUGUAAGUACUUUGUCUUACAGUUGUCUUACAAUCGGCUGAAUGGGAUUUUCAUUGCUGGCCCUCAAGAAGCAAAUACCUAAUUGAAAGUAUCAUCCAUUAGACUAUUGAAUUCUGUGCCGAUUCUGAUUGUUCGAGUUGCAGUAGGUGAAAACGGUGGAGAAAAAAACAGCAAAACGCAGGGAUAAAACUAAGGUUGGUUGUCUUAGGACUUCUGUUCUAUAAUUCAGUACUCUUUGAUGCGAAUAAAACCUGAAGUACUUAAAUCAGCAUCCCAUCACAGAAAAGAAAACAAAUUUGAGAAACAAAUAAGGGUGACAAACAAAAUUGAAUGUGAAAACCAAAACCAAAUAAUGUGUGAUAGGAUAGAGUGAUUGUUUUCAGGCUAAACAAAUGAACAAGGAAAAACAGCAGAAAGUGGAGAUAAAUUGAAACAGACCAGGUGUAUAAGUUCAGAUCAGUGGGGAAAUCAGGCAAGUGUGGUAGUCAGUAGGAGAUCUAAUUGCUUUGGUACAUGCGAGUCCACUCUGAUACUGUGGAGAAUCAUUUUCACUUAUUUAUGAAGCAGCUCUUUCUAUAUGAGUUUGAGAUUAACCUUCAGAAUGAAAAUCUUAUUUUGCCCCCUUGCUGAAAAUAUUCAGCUCUAUUUUCACUAAAUGUUUAAGUGCAAAAGAAAUAGUAUAAAUGAAUUAAAUAUUGUACAAUCUUGUAGAUGUGCAUGGGCCUGCAUGUGCUUAGACCCCCAGCCAUGAGGUCGCAUUGAUAAAGCUUGAAUGAAAACCAGCAGGGUCCCUUCUUGUAAUGAGGACUUGAAUCAAGAGCUAUAAUUUUAAAUUACUAUAUAUAUUUCCUAGGCCAAUCCCUGACAGUGUUUCCAGGUUGUGAUUUGCACUUGCUUUGUCUGUUUUUUUUUAUCUAUUUAUAAAUCCCUGUGGCAGAUGAUCAACAUCAGCAGGGGUGUGGAGGAAUGGAUGGAGAGAUCAAAAACAGAGAAAAUGCAAAAAUACAAGAGGAAUAGAUUAAAUCAUGAAAGAGAAGACAAACUCUCAAUGUACAAAAGAGUGAUUUGUUAGGGUUUAAGGAAUGAAAAUGAAAUGUACGAGAAAGGGGGACAGUCGAAACACGUUCAAAAAUGUAGUACACACACCUGACACCGUGUAGCUGCCACCCCGUGUUCUAAUAUCCUCUCAGCAUGUGUCGAGCCUGCUGCAUUGUCCUGCAUUAAUGAGACAUAAUGCAGAAAAUACCCACUGUAUGUCACCUCCUCUCUGUCAUGUAUCCAGUUAGUAGGGAGUUUGGUUGAAAAAGGAGCAUGGUGUUACUAACGUUGCCCCCAGCUACAUGAAUACAUACCCAUUGUCUGUAGUAAAGGGUAUCAGUAAAGGUGCUGAUUAUGAUCUCCUCAGUCACUCCAUAACGGGUGUCUCGGCUCCUGGCUGAGCAUUUCUGUCAUAAUGUGAGGACUGUUAUAACUCCAAGUCUCAGGCAGAUUUCCUCUCUUAUAGGACCAAAUGAAGCUUAAUAGCAAACUACAGCAAAGCAACCCUACGGCAAAUGGCUUAUCUGGCCAUGUCUGUCAACUUUAAGUGAAAUACUAGCUCUUCUUGUUGCUUGAGGGCAUGUUGAUUUCAGGCUCCCCACAAGUACCACUGGACUAGCUCUUAGAUCUUCUUCAGAACUGGAUAAAUGCUUUUCACAUUGACCCCAGAUGGCCUAAGAGGAGGAGGGUCAAAAUGUCCAACUACUGCCUUCAGCUGCAAGAAGGCAUGAAGGAAAUGUAUCACUGAAAGGUUUCCCCUUGGGAGCAAGUGUCUGCCACUGUUUGUUUUUCAAGUUUCUCUCCUUUGUCUCAAUUCUGUCUUUAGAAGCAGCAGCAAAUCCAUCUCCUGGUCCUCUGACCAUUUUCAGACCCCUGAUACCGUCUUUUUCUUCUGCUCCACUCGUCUUCUUAUGUGCAAGACAAAUACUUCACCAGGACAGUGUUAUCUAAGAAAGAGAGAAAGUUUGAUGGAUUUUAAUUACACCACAGUUCAAGCAAACACUAAAAAUAGUGUAGUUAUUCUAAUCUGAGUUUCAUAGAAGUGACAUUUACUUUAAAAAAAGAGUGGUGAGAGAAUAAAAAAAUGAACCCAAAAAUAAGUGUGCUGUUUAAAAUGUCUCAUUAAAAAAUGACUUUUUCAUUAAAAGGGUAAAGGUCGUGGAGGUGCUGAGACAGAAGUCCAAUUAGACAUGCAGAUUAUUCCAAACCUGCACUUAAUUUCAUGAAUUAGACACAAAAAGAUGACCAGGGACAGGAGAAUGAAAAAGGUUGUUGACAAUGAAAACUCAAAAUUUAAAAUUUGUUGCAAAGAUGAUAAAAUCUGGAGUCUCAGUUUAGGUUAUUGGUAUUAGAUCAAUACAAAGAUAAUUUGUGAAAUAGCCCUCUUCCUCUCUCAGUUUUAUUAUUUGUUUUGCUGGCAUAAAUAAAGUGCUUCUGAUACGUACAAUGUUAUUACUUUUACAUUAACUCCAUCAGCCAGCAGGAAGUUUUAAAUUCUCUUUAUUUGCAAUUAGAGGCGACCUCCAAACUUAUCAUCAAACCUGUCAACCAGGCUUUUUUCUCUACACAGUGAGCCUCGAGGCAUUUAAAAGAUAUCCUUAACCCAGCUUUAUCUGGUACAGAUUACCAUUAAAUUUUGACCUCCUUUGUUUUAACAGCCUGAUUAUAAUCUUGUCCAUUUAAAGUCUGCUUUACUGCAAAGCUUUAAAGCUGCUCUGUUGGCUGCACAAAGACGGAUCAAAAGAAAGGGGACAUGUACAAUAACAAAAAAUAGAUGCUUUAAUGAAGAGAUUGGACAGGGACGUUUGUGUUGUUAGAGAAUCUUUAUAUCCCCAAAAAUUCAAACGCAUUUUACAUUUUCAAGAACUGAAGCUGUCACAGUUUUCAUCCGCUCUCUCCUCUGCAUUCAUUUCCCCUCUUUCUGUCUCCAUCUUUCUACCCGCCUCAUCCAUUUUCAGCAAAAGCCCUUCCUGUAACACUGUUUAUCAUUCGGCGGCCUGUCUCUCCAUCCAUUACGGUCUCUCUAUCCUGUGCCUCCCUCCAGUAGAGAUCUACCCAGACAAACAGCCACCCAGCACCUGUUUACACACCGCAUGCUUUCCCACAACAGAGGUGGUGAGAGAGAGGUGCACAGGAGCGUGAUUCUGCAUCCAUUCUGUUUAUUAUGCGCCACCUGGUGCUGCGAGUUUCAUUAUUUGUGUCUACUAGGUGUGUGCGCGCUUGCGUGCAUGUCCGUGUAUGUUUACCUAAAUCAUUACCACACUUUUGCAGAUGUUUUCCCAGAUGCAAACAUUAUGGCACCAAUAACCCAAGAGUCAGCCAUACACGGAUUUGCGCUAAUAUAACACAGAGGCUGCCCACACUCUCAAAUAGGUUUUCAGGUGUAUGUUUGUUCGGUCAGAAAUAGAAACGGCCGAGCAGAGCCUUCAUGAGACCGAAAAUAUCUAAGCCAGGAAUGUCCAUGUGAGAGAAAAAUCAACAGUCAAGCUUCAAAAUAAGUUCAGGGUAACACUCAGAGUUAACAGCCAGAAAUAUCAUUUAUAUUUACACCUGCUCAAAAACCGGCUUCAUGCUAGGUCAACUUUAACUGAGUGUUAGGAGACUUAGGUACAGUUGUUGGUUAAAAAAAAAGGAGAAUGUGACGUGUGUUAACAAUGUACAGACAUGCAUUAAGCCAGUCACCUUAAGAAGAUUUGUCAUACCUUUACUGACCAAAAAUUAUAAUAUUCACUCAAGUACAGGAAUCUACUUUAAAGCAAAAUCGACGGUAGAGAUAUAACUCGAUUUAACCUCCUGUUAGUUACUGAACCCGGCUGCAAAUCAACAAAACCUCAUAAACUCUACAUGCUUAAAAAGUUUCAUGAAGCAAAGAAAAGCAAUUUCACGCAGAAUAUCAGUAUUUCAAUUCUUGCUUUCUUAACAAAGAGCCUCAUCUUUGGGGCGAUGGUGCUGUCAAAGAUGCAGCCUUCGUCCUAGAAAAAAAACACCACAGGUUUUGUCCAAAGGGGCACAACAUAAACAUCACAGCGCCCCAGCAGAUUUUUUUUUUUGAUUGGAUAAUUGGGACAAUUUUGAGAGUCGAUAAAUCAGGCGCUGGUUUUGCUCAGUGUUUGGAUUGUACAGAGGCUGUGAUUCUUGAUGUGGUCGGCCUGGGUUUAUCUUAUUAUCUGCAGUCUUUGUUGCAUGUUAUUCCCCACUCCUUCCUCCCUGUUUUUACUCAACCACUGAGGUACUGAAUUGGUGAUACAUUUAAACUAGUCCAGGUUAAACAGGGAUGUGAAUGUCAAUAGACCGUCAACAGAUCAAUGAAAUGAUAGAAAAUGUUGUAAGCUGUUUUUAAUGCAUUAGGACAGCACAUUUAUAGUUUUCCGGUUAUGUUGCUGUAAUGUGAAGCUACACUUCCAGAUAAUCUGGUAUGUCCGAACGGUGAAAUAAAGGCAGUCAUGAAUUUUUGGCAUCCUACUGAUCUGUGGCCGAUGGAUGCAUCCCUUGAAACAUUAGUCCACAACAUUUUACAGAGUUUGAAAGCAGAUUGAUUGGAAAAGAUGAAUAAAUUAUAAACCAGAUAAUCAAAACUGUACAGAGGGAAUACAUUGUGGAAAACCAGCUCCUCUCGCACUAAUUAGUGCUCUCUCUCUGGCACUCAUCAAUCCUCUGUCUCCUCUCUCUCUCUCUCUCUCUGUCUUUUUCACUUCUUGUCUUAUUUGAUGCUUAUCAGAUGAGAAAGGUGUAAAUUGCCGCUCAGUGCCAGCUCAGCAAAUUCCCCAGCUCUGCUAUCGCUCCUUCAUCUUUCAAUCACUUCCUAUCCCUUGCCUCCCAUCCUCUGUCUGAUUUCUUUCAUCUCUGUGGGGAAAAUAGGACGUAAUCACCAUCUCUCGUCACAGGAAGGACACACCGCAACACUUUGUGUGUGUGUCUCUCUGUGACUGUGUUUUUCACUCUCUGCAUAAACUUGUAGAGGAAUUAUAUUCAGUGACUAUGGGACCAAAAUGAGGAUCGUGCGUGUUUGUAUGUGUGUGUGUGUGCUAUGAGCAAAACUAUGCAAGAGCCAGCACCAGCAUUAAUGAGGCAGUUUCCCUCCUUCCUCUCUCCUUCUCUAGAGGAAAACACACAAUCACACAUUAAUGACCCACCAGAAUGGCGUUAAUAAGAAAAAGAAGGGGAAAAAUGGAAGAUAGGUUCUGAUGGGAGCUGGAGGCAGGGGGGGGGAUGAAGGCUGAAUGCAGGGAGAAAUGAAAUAAUUGUCCAGGGUGAGCCUGACGAGGGGAAAGCCACAAGAGGAUUUAACAACAAACAGGAAGUGAGUUUUUUUAUUAUUAUUAUUUACAAGCAACACACACAGCCGGGCAUGUGUUAACACGGCCAGCGUCAAACCCAGGGGAAGACAGAGGGAGUGGUUAAGAGAGUGGUUAUGUUGUAGGCCACCGAGCAGCAAACUCACAAUCUGAUGAAGUCAGUGCAGAACUGCAGUUCCAAGAGUGGCCACAUGAGGCCGGCUCCAAAAGACUUCUGUAGAUACAAACACAAUUAGUUAAUAUUUAACAAUUUUCUUGUGAGGGGUGCAAAAUAUUGUGAUUUUUUUUUUUUCACUAUCACACACUCUUACUUACUGUUGGGUUUAUUUGACCAGCAUGCCAUGAAAGAAGCAUGUCAUGUGUAGAAUAUUUGUCAGCGCUGUUUUUGCUAAUUGGCAUAUAUCUGCUCUAUGUACGGGGUUAGAUCAUAGAGUGUCUCAUGACUUGGUUAUUUUUCAACAGCUGUAAAUGUGCCUGCUGAGCAUAUUUUGGUCUAAAAGAGGUCUAAUAGACGUCUAAAUGUAGCUUAGAUGGCUUGUCUAAAAUCAGGUUACCACAGGUCUAAAGAUUUUUCAGACGUCUAAAUUUAGACCAAGUUUAGACCAAGUCUAAAUCUAGGCUGUAUCUAUACUACAACGUAUAUUGCUCAACGACUAUCAUAAUUAUUUUGGUUAAGUACUUAGAGAUCGUAUAUGCAACUCACAGUUGCUUUUUGAAAUAAAUAGUUAUCGAAUAAUGGGUAAUAGGUACAUUAUUAUUAUUAAGUACAAUGUCUAAAUUCUGUUUAAAAAUAUACAAAAUCUAGACAGCUGAAAUUAGGUCUAAAAAAACAAAAUGUCUAUUGCUCAGUGAGUAAGUAACUACUUGUGCUAGUUAACACUGUGCAAGGCUAUAAAAGUAAGGAAGGUGGUUCCCCUUCUUCACUAGAAAUAUGGGAUUACAGAGCUUGUGAUGUGCCUGGUCCCUGUCAAAAAACAAAUACACUACGCUAAUCUCAGUUAUUUUGUAGGCCACCAUCAGGACGAGUUUCUUAUUCUUGGCAAAAAUUCAUAGUUAACUAUAACUAACUGCUAGACCACCAAAAGCCUGUUUAACUUUAUUAAGCCACACUCUAGAGCGACUUCUUUUCCAAAAAGAUGCAGCCAAGAUGUUAAACUCAAGGCUUCAAACUCCAAAACAAAACCUAUGGGUCACUUCACGACGGCUCCAUCUGCUAUUAAUACCGUCUGUUUUAAUCAGUCACAUGUUAUACUCCCUGGUAUUCAGGCCUCUGUUUUAUGCCUUGAUUAAAACAAUAUACUCAUUUAAUUUCAUACAGAGAUGUGAGGUGUUAUUUUCAUUCAUGUAUACUAAGCUGAUUGAAAAUAAAUGGGGAGAAAUGUCAUUGGAGGAGAGGAAAUAGAUGGAAUUGGUGCUGUUUUCUAUUAUUCUGGUAAUGAGAAUAGAAAGGGGGCUGGCACGUUGUGAUUACACUUCCUAGCAGGGUGUCUGUGUGUUUGUGUGUGUGUUUGUGUGCACACGCUAUAAUCAUGGGCACACAAUCCUAAGUGGCCGACCAGCGUUGGAAGUGAGCUGAGCCCCCCCUCAAGCGAGGAGUGUUGGCUGUAAGGUAAGUGGCAAAACAUGAGAGCACGGACACACACACACAGGCACUGUCGCUGCCAGGUGUGUGGCGGAGGUAAUUGUCGGUGUGGCCGGCCGGCUGCCAGGGAGAGCUGGAGAGAAAAUGAGGAGCAGCCUCUGGUCAAGUCUGUUUGCCCGAGGGGGGCCGGCUCAAUAUCUGUGCUCGCUGUUUAUCCGGUUCCCCUCUGCCCCCCUGCGCCGCUCCGCAUUCGCCUUUAUAGUUUCUCUCUUUGCCUCAUUUGCCCGCUGUCCUCGUCCUACUUCCUUGUGUUCAUGCUCAUUUUCAAUUCCACCCCAUGUCUCCCUGUCUUCUCUUCUAACUGCUUCCUCUCUCCUCCUCCUCCUCCUCGCUUGGUCCCACUGAGCAUUCACUGAGAGGCCGGUCUGUUCCAAGAGAGAGCAACCGUCACAUGUGCGUUUAUCUUUUCUGUCCCUUGACAGCGUCCAGACAGAGAUGUUGUCUGCAGCUGAUGAAACUCAGACUGUUUAAGAGGCUGUUUAAUGCACAGAUGGAGUGUAAAAACCAUAGAUUGUGCAGGUCAAAUUUAACGAAUUUUAAAUAUGACGUUUUACCUCUGCUUUUAUAUCUUCAGCUAUUUUUUAGGGGUUGAAUUAAUCCAUAGUUUAAGCAACCAACAAUUAAUUGGCUUCUCCUGUGCCAUUUUUGAUCUAACCUUUCAGUCAUUUUCAAACAAAAAAAGGUCUGAAAGUGUUUUUGUUUUUUUUCAGUGUCUGUUUUAUAUCAUUACGACUAAAUAUCCUCAGAAAAAAAACAUGACAUUUGAAACCACAGCGUUGUAAUCUGAGAGACUAAUGGGUGUUUUCUGUUAUUUCCUGACCUUUAAUAGACAAACAGCCUGUUGAAAUAGGUCUGCUGGGUAAACAGAUUUCUUGAUAUCUGCAGCACAAGUUUCAAUUAGAAUAACAGAGUUUUCGGCUUGUGAUCAAACCAGGUUUCUGAAGUUUAACUAUAAAGGUUUUAGUUAAAUCUAGUUGGUGGAAAUGUUCGAUAUUUAGCUAAAGCCAACAGCAGUUUAGUGAACAUUUCACUGAAUAUCCCAUCCGUACCAUAUACAUUCACACUUGAUUGAUUGAUUGAUUGAUUGAAGGCUUUAUUUCGGACAUGAUAAAAAUAAAGAAACAAGCUAAACAAAGAAAACAAAAAACCCCAAAUCAAAAUAGUCAAAACAACAUAACAAUGUUAACAUGUCCGAAAAGGAGUAGGAAGAAGCAAAUGCUUAUUUAAUCCUACCCCUUCUCCUUUCUCAAUAAGUAAUAGUCAGCAGUUCUAUGUAUUUACAUAUACCAAUACCUCAUCAUAUUAACAUAAGUUCAUAUUUACAGACAAUGACAUGACUGCAUUCCCGCACACCUUCUCCACCAUCAGACUCUUGAAAUUGCGAAAAUCCAGUUUGAAACUCUCGUGUGCACACAUGCAGACCUGCGCCGCUCUAUAAAUGUCAUUGCUCUGGUCUGACUGUGACCAGAUGCUUCUGUGUACUGUCGGCGGUGAUGCUGUUGACAUUUCAAGUUGUGAAUAGAAACGUUGUGUAUCUGUUCACUUCUGCUUGCUCUGCACUGAUAAAACUGGCCUGCAGUGUUUUCAUAGCAACACUAGAUUUAUGGUUUUUUACUUUACGGUGCACUAAGAUGAGCUGGAAGUUUAGAAGUUACAUGAAUCAUUAAAGGAAUGGAAAAGAAAAAGGUUUAAUAAAUUUACUGUCCCUGGAUUUCUUUCUUUCUUGGUUCUGUGUUUCCAGAGUUUUCACAGACAUCUUUCUGUCUUUAUUACUGUACUGUCACCUCUGCUUUUUCUUCCCUGAAAGGAAUAAAAGGCAGGAAGAGAUAAGGUUAGAACCAUUACCGUCUCACUUUGUAUUGGAAGGAGCACUCUGGAGCUCAAUGAUCCGGCCCUUGCCAAGCGCUAAACACUGUAAUUUUAAAUCCUGCUCAGAGUUUUGUGCUGUCAAUUUGUUUCCUGGCGCUCUCUCUAGUUUUCAUCACAGGGUGAAUCAGAAGUGCUCCAAAGUAAAACACAGUGUUUAAGAGUAAGGCACAAAUCCCAUUAUUAUUGUUUCACACAACAUUGUCACCACUUCAUGGAUUAAGUGGGUGGAAAUGUCACUGUGCAUUCAUGAUGACCAGUGUGUGGACUCACAGAGCUGUCAGUGAAAUUGAUUUGGCGUUUAUGUUUGACUAUUCAAACGCGAUGUACACGCUUCGUAUAACAACCUUCUGUUUUCUUCACUUAAUGCACAUUUAUGUGUUUCUUUUUUCACAAGAACAGGACAAAAAGCAUUUUAUGUGUAGUUCGCAUGUGUGUGUAAGAACAGAGGUGGGUGUUUAAGGCUUAAAGUGUGUAACCCAGUGUAUGAGAACAAGAGUACGUUUGUGUUACACCCCAUUCCCCCUCCCUCAGAUCACUGCCAGCUCAUGAAAAAUGAAUGAAAUCCUGUGUGCAUGCUCGCAUGUGCUUGUGUGUGUGCCUCGUGUGUGUGUGUGUGUGUGUACAUCUGUCUUACUCCACACGGGUCAAUCGACAGUUUUGUCAGAUAUUCCACUCCAGGACCGAGACUGCACCCCUGCAUCUAAGAUUAUGUGUCAGUGUGUGUGUGUGAGAGAGUGUUUGGGUCAACUAAAGGUGUGAGGAGAUUUGGGUUCUGCCUAGCUGAAUAGAUGUAGGUUGAAAAUGAUGCGUUUGAUGCUGUUAACACAACAAUGCGUCUCCUUCUCGUUCACAUUUUGCUUCAUUUUCAAGUAUUUUCUCGGAUAAUAAAUCAUUAAAAAAACAGCAGUUCUUGUUUGUGAAGACGCCACAUCCCUUAUCUUUCUCCCCUGUCUUUUCUUAUCUUUUAGAAGUACAACCUCUUGUUCAGUGGUGGCCAGAGUUACAGAGGAGCACAUGAGGAGGGGAAACGGUUUGACAGCAACUUCCUGACCGAUAACCUUACUUUCGCCCCCCCCCUCACCAAACGCCCAGCAACUCCAGGAGUGGGCGUCAGAAGGAAGGAAACGUGUGACCACUCCUCCUGCAGGCAUGGUAAUACCCUCUCUGUUUGAAGUUUUUUUUUGUGCGUGUGGUAAAUAUGUGUGAGUGGUUGUGUUGUUGUGCAUUGGGAUGGUGGUGGAUUAUCUACAGCAGAGUUGAGAAAGACUCCUCAGACUAGAGGGCGAAAGAGUCCAAUCUGAUAACAGGCUGAAGACAUGACCACACAGUGUGAGUGUCAGAAAGAGAUACCCGAUAAAAGCGAUAGUGUGGACAGGAGGGGAGAGCUUUUUGGGGAGAGGAAAUGCACAGAGUAUCUGUUAUCUUCGGGUAAAAAGGAGAAGGAGAAGACAGAGGCAUGAAGAAGACGGGAGGUGGAGAGGGGGAUGAAUAAUGACAGGAAGUGGAGAACAGUGAGAAGGAUUAGUGUAAAGAAACAGAGUAGUUAAAACAGAAAACCAGGUUAGUUACUGGAAGUUACUAGUUUUCUGAUGUUUCGUCCUGAAAAGACUGUUGAGUCUCCAACUCCAACAGCUGGAUUAUUUGAUAUGAUGAAUGCUGUAAAAAAGAAAUUGUCAGUUAACAAAAAUUCACCAUUAUUUUCUUUUUUCCUGCUUUUUAAAAUUGAAGGGCGCAUCAAAUAGAGCACUCGCUAUUCCCUUAAUUCAAAACACUUCAUGGUUUUGAUGUGGGAAUAAUUUAAGCAGAGAACAGUUCUUUUGUCGAUAUGAAACAAAGACAUUUUUCCCUUCAUUAAAGCACAACUUGAAAUUCACUUUUAAAUGAUGUAAACAAGUUAUUGGAAAUAGACUCAUAGCACUUCUGACCAACAGACUUUCUUUUCAAAAGCUAUCCUGCUGCACUUUCUCCAGUCUGUUUUAAAGUUCUCUGUAUGCUUCACAUUGUCUCAAUUCAAUGAAAUAUUUUAAGAAAGAACUUCAAGCAAUUCAUAGACAUGGAUAUUUUACCCAUACCAUGUUUUUAUUUUUAUUAUUUUGGACCUCCACCAUUGUUGUUGUGAAGGUCGACAACAGAAGUCCCGCCCCUUCUUGGUUUGAGUGACUAAUGAUGGUGAAGAGGAGGCUGCUAGCACCAAAACAUAAUUAAUGCCAAGAUCACAUUUGCAAAUAGAGCAUCAAAAAAGCUCUGCCAGGGCAAAAAAAUGGACACUUAAUCCUUUGGUUAUUUAAAAAAAAUAAAAAUAAAAUUAUAGGUUCUUCAUCGUACAAGCUGCAUUUUCACAGCCAAAAUUUUUAAAGUACUGCAAUGUACAGAAAAUGCAUGUGUGCCAUUAUAUUAGCAAUGGUAAACACAUGAAUCUUCAUUAUACAAUCCCAUACUGAUGAUAGAGAAUCUCAAUCAUAAAGUGAAGACAAUGUUUGUCAGUUUGGAGGGAAAUCUGAUUCGAUCUGUGAUCAUUCCAGACAACAAUAUUUGUUGCACUACCCCCAAUUAUUCUUAAGUGUUGUAUCUUUCCUGUUUUAUUCUGUUGAUGUCAAACAAAAAUCACCAGUUCAUUGUUAUUAUUUUUUCUUUUAUAUAACUCAAAACACUAUCAUUAAUGAGUUCAGAAAAAAAAUGUUUUUUUCACCACGGCUCAUGGCGAGAGGAGGAAGCUGCAGAAGAGGAAGUGCAGUGUAAAAGAGGAGGAAAUGGGCGUCUCAGAAGAUCAAAGCGCCUACUGGAGGGGGAGAAUGACAAGUGGGGGGCGAUAAAACCAUAAAAACAUAACUGAUGGACAGAAACAUGACAGAUGAAAAGCAUAACGGAUGUGGAAAGCAGGAAGAGAAGUGUAGAGGGGAGAAAUAAGGAAGAGAAGGGAGGUUAAGAGCAGAGCGAGGUGGAGGUAGAGAGAGAGAGAGAGACGAGGGAUUGAUUAAUGGCCUCAGCCCGUGACAGUGGGAGCCUUUUCCCUGAGGAGGGGGAGCAGGGCAGAAGAUGAAUUAUUGAAAACCAGAACAAGAGGAGGAAGAAGGAAAAAUUAGUCCAAAAAGGAGAGGAGUGCUAGAGUGGUUUGGGUGUAGGAAUGGAAAGAGAGAGAGAGAAAGAAAAAGGGGGUGGGGGAGGAGAAAAAUGAAUGACUGAGAGAAAACAAGAUGUUGCUGAAGAUGCUGAGGUUGGACGCUGCGGAAGAGGGCACAGGGUUGAGCUCAUAAAUAACCAAGGGUAAUGAGACCAGUGUGUGUGUGUGUGUGUGUGUGUGUGUGUGUGUGUGUGUGUGUGUGUGUGUGUGUGUGUGUGUGUGUGUGUGUGUGUGUGUGUGUAGCCUGCUGUGAUUAGUCUUGAGUUAUGGUGACGCAGCAAAUACCGUUGGUGACCUUGGUGAGCCUGUCACUGCAUUAAUCCCACAAAACACCAAACAGUUUUUUAUCGACUUUUAACUGAAUUUUUCAUAUUAAUGAACACAUAUACUGUCCACUUUUGUCUGACUCCUCAUUCCUCAUUUUCACACAGUUUGAACGAGUUCAAUAUAUCCACCUGUCAAAGUCGAUUUAUAGCCUGUAGAGUUGUUCUCUUACAGAUACCGGCAUUUAAAAUGGAUCAGACUUAGCCUGACAUACAGGAGCAAAUUCUCUGAGUAUUCUCCAGUCCCUGACUUUAAUCUAUGAAGUUUUCUAAAUCUGAUUUUUUUUUUCCCUGUAAGCAAGUCUUCAUACAGGAAAAGCCAAACAAGACGCAACCAAGAAUUUUAAUCUUUCAGCAAAAUACACUCAACUCUGGAAAUAGGCUCACUUCUGUUGCUGUAUAUCUUUGUCGUUGUCUCAUAACCUUUAACCAUUAGAUAAAAACUAAAAGGCUCUAAAAGCGGUCAUUAGAUUAUUCCCUCAGUCUUUACCAUGACAUCAUUUUAUGUUUUUAUUAUUGCUCUCUGGUAUUCCCCCUCAAUCACAACACUCAGCGCUGUGAUAGUAUGCCCCGAAAUGGUGCAAAGUCAGCUUGCUUGCUUUUAGUGGUUAUAGCACUUUAUGGGGAGGCAAUAAACCUUUUAAACAAUGCAGACACUUUUAAGGGGGCAAAGAGCAUAGAUUGAAAAAAAACAUGACUUAAGUGUGAAGCAGACAGUUGAUGUUGUAGUUUGGAAAAGAAGAUCAUAAAGUUGUUUGAUUUCAGCGAACUUCAGAUGAGUUUAUACGCUGAUGAUGUGCUUUUUUUUAUAUCAGGUUUCUAAAUACUUUUUAAAAUAUAUCAUGUCAGGACACUUGAGUCGAACUAUUUGUUUUUUAAGGGGUAUCAUAUUUUCAUAAAUGUGAUGUUCCGUUAAAAUUCUGAUGUAUGUGCCCCCUUUAAUCUCAUGUAUGUGUGUGUGACUGCACAAUAAAGCAGGAUAGUGGAGUGUGGAGGGCAGGCUUGCCGAGCAGAGUGCAGAUAAAUCACUGAAUGAAUUUUUAAUGCAAUCUCCCUCAGGCUGCUGGAUGUUACGGAGACAGCACUAAGGGGUUUUUAUUUUAUUUUAUUUUUGUGAGUGUGUGUGUUGCUUGUUCCCCUCACUCCUAGACUAUUUUGCGACGGGUAUUUGAAGUUUUUGAAUUUUCUGUUCUGCUACAGCUUUGCUUGGUUUGUGUUGGACUAAAAAGGCGUGACAUCCUCUCAGACACCACUUCUGAAAUUGUUUUGCUUGGUAUUUAUGGGUGCUUUUUUUUUUUUUUCAGGAGGUGUUUAGACUGUGUCGUCAACUUCAUUACAAACAGAUAUUGUUUACGCACCUGAGGGAAAUAUUAAAACCAGUUCGUCUUUAUGUCCCUGUAUCCCUAUCAAUCAAGCCCUCAGCUUUCUCCGACCUUGUUUGUUUACUUUUUGAGGCUUUUUCCGUCAUCCCCCUCUCUCUGUCAUCUCCAAUUCUCUUUUCACAAUACCUCAAAGUAUGUGCUGUCAUCUCAACUUCGAUUGCAUGCAGUUUAGGCGAAAUAAAAGCACACCCGCUUUAUGCCCACACACAUAUAUAGACAUGUCCUAUUAUGGUGAUAUAUAAAUAACAGGCAAUAGGAUGAUAUUUGUAAAGAAACAAUAAGACAUGAACAGAGUGUUCCUGCAAUCACAGCUGAUAUUGUUCCAGUGAGUCUUGUCCUUGGCAUUGGGUCAUGUAAUUUAUAGCAGAUGGUCGCAGAGAGACAAGAUGAGACAGGAAGAGACAGGCAGCGAUGGAGAGGAAAGUCGUUGGAUUCUGCUGCAGCCUCUAAAGUGAAAUAGCCUCUGCUGACAGGGUGCGUGUCUAACCACAACACCUUGGACUGAAAUGGCUUUACUGCAGGGCAUUAGAGCAGAAUGGGAGGUGAUGGAUGAAAGCGAUAGAAGUAAUCUGUGUGUGUAUGCGAGGCAGAUAUUCUUUGUGAUACAUAUAAUGUGAAUAUGACACAUGAGAAUUGUGUUAAAUAACUGAUUUAUUGCAUUUAUUCUGUGAUGUGUACAAAGUUGUCUUGUGUUGGUGUGUGGACAAAUGAGUUCUGUACACACUGAGUUGUAAAUGCUGUGUAAUGUGGUUAUGUAACAUAGGCCUGCCAGCCGGUCGGCCUCACUGGAGCGUGAAAUGGAGGGUAAUUGGUAAGUGUGCUGUCUAAAAGCACUAUGCAACAAUGCUAUAUGAAGGUAUGUGUACACUUACACAGACACACACAGUACAGGGUGUGUGCUGGUGGCUCACAGUUAGCUGGGAUUAAACAGUUUUAUCUGUGUGUGUCUGUUUGGGAUUCCUUAGUUGACAGGCAACAGACUGUAGCUGUCCUCAUGCUCUUUUAGCCGUGCCCUCAUAAAGUUGUAAGUUUUUUUUAUUUUUGGUAAACGUUCUGCUUUAUUUUUUAACAUGUUUAAGCUCUAGAAACACAGUUUGCUUGUAUCCAGGUUUUUAAUCUAAAUUAAUGAUCGCUUCCAUCCUGUCACUGAUUAAAUAACGAUGUGAAAACUCUAUGAUGUAUUUUGACUGCUAAAGAAUAUUUUACAAUAAUAUAAAAACAAGAUUUGUAUGGUGCGAAUUUAAGAAAAAAAGGUAAAAAUGCUGGAAUUAUAACCAGCAAGGCAAACGGGUUGAGACAUUUUGGUACAUUUGGAUAUCAGGAGAUGUUAGGGGUUACUGAAGGGGUGGUCAGGGGGUACUAUGUGCUUCCUUUAAAAUUUGUUUGGAUGCCCCAGAGGCCACCUCCAAAAUCCUGAAUCCUAAACUAUGACUUAAUAUUGCCUUUUUAGAUGCACGACUUAUGAAAAUUCACCUUUUGUGGUUUGUUGCACUGGGCUGCCAAUGGCUUUGUUGAAUUUGUUAGUACUCUUGACUAUGAAACUGAAAAUAUAUCUGUUCUUUUAUAUCCUUAAAAUGUGUAACCUCCUUCUUAUCACUUUAAAAAAGAUCCAAAAUAAAUGAAACGUCAUGAAACAUAUAGUAAAAAUAGAUAUAAUGAUAUAAGAGAUAGAGAGGGUAAUAAAUGUUAAUAUAUUUAAAAUUCAAAAUCAUUGCCCCGGUUGGCCGUCCCGUCACAAGAGUCUGGCUCUACCCUUGCUCCCGUGUAAUAACAUUGAACCUUGGAGGUUAAUCUCUGAUAUUAGAACAGAGCAGUGAGGCGAUCAGGUAGGUUUAAAACAAAUCCCUGGAUUAGCCAAUUAAGAAGAGUAUUUUUGACAUGUUGUGCGAGCUCACUUUCAGUUUUAGCUCUAAUCAAAGCGAUUUAGAUAAUAUGGAUAAACUGUGACCUUAUUAACAACCCGUCUGGUUGGCUCGACUGCGUCUGUGUCCUUCCUAAGCCAGCACACUUGGUCAAAGAUUUGUUGUCCGUUUUAUUUUUGCUGCAUCAAAUGAAAAUGUAAUAUCCAAAUCUACCCCGAUCUUUGAUAUUCAAUAUAUUGAAUAUGUUCCCUAAUAAACAACCUUGGCCCUUGACAGCUUAACUGAAUAAUCACAGCCCAGGAUCAUCUGUAGGUCAACGCGCUGAGAUUGGACACAGUCUAAAUUUGUGUAAGUGCCAGUGGGGGUUGAUACAGGCAUCUGGAUAGAGGUCCUUUGUGACUGAACCAUCAUUUAUGAUUUAUUUUGCUCUUACACAUGCAUCCUCGGACAGCAGGACAUAUUGUGCAAUUGACCUCAAGGUUACAAGGGGUUCAGGGUGGAUUCAAGGACGAGCAAGGUGUUGCCUCCAGCAGAUUGAGUGUGCAUCUUUUUUAGGGUCCAUCUGUCAUCAGUGUGAGCAGAGCUUUACGGCAGGUUAAAAUAUAUCAACACUGAAUAAUCCCUGCAUCAACUGGUUAUAUCUUAUAGCCAGAUAUCAGAGCUACAAAAUUUAUCACAGUUUAAUUUUUAGCGCAAUAAGAGCAUUUGGGUGAACACAUCACAAGAGUCUGAAUUUAUCAUACAGAAUAAAUAAAAAGCUUUAAUGUAGAUAAAAAAAAAGUUGCUGCAUCCUAGUUACCUCGGAAGUCGGAUAUCGGAGCUGGGAAUGACAUUACAUCCGAGUUGAUGGUGUUCCAGUUAAUAAGUCAGAAUUUGGAAAACCAAGAUGGACACCUGCAGUUACCUGUUGUCAGCUGUUGUUUACAAUUGUCAACUGUUGUUUGCCAUUGUCAGUUGUAGUUAGCCGCUGUCAGUUGUUGUUAGCAGUUGUCGGCUGUUGUUAGUGGUUGUCAGCUGUUGUUAGCUAUACAAGUUGUAAACAACGCAUAACACAGUAUUUUACUCUAACAAACACUAUAGCACUGUGUUCACAGUCAGACGUUGGGCAGUACAACUUUACCACUCAUUUAAUUUCACAAAAACAAAACAGAAGUGCUAAUAAACAAUACAUUACAAGAGCUUUCACUGUUACUCUUUACAGUUGAUGCACUGCGCUGCCAUCUUGAAAUGUGACGUUGUCGUCAAGUCGGGUUUGGUGAGGAUUGUCCGACUUUCUGAGUCAGAAAUCUGACUUCUGGGGUGCGUACCAGAUUAAUUUCCGACCUGGAGCUCAGACAUCUCGACAUCCGUGUACAACUGGGCUGCAGCAUUAUUUUCAGUAUGUAGAACGGCCCUACCACAUAUAGUGAGCUGGUUUUAAUAAAAAAUGCUUCCUUUUCAUUUAUCACUUGAAAUAUUGCACCAGUAAAAGGUGCAGUAAUUUCAAAAGAUAUAAAUUGUAUCAACUAAACAUGUACGAGAUAAUGAAAAACACAGAGUCAAACAUAAAGUUUCACCUCAGCCUUCCUCUCAAAUAAGCAUGUCACUGCAAAAUCCUGCAAUCCAUCCUCCUCUUGGCAACAUUAGCUGACUUAUAGCGUCACUUGUCUAAAUGUCUGCAACAUUAUCUGGGCACUCGCUGAUCUGGGAGGUCGAUUCCUGUCAGUGAGUCCUCCUUAACUGCUCUGAUUUACAUGGCGAUCGGAGUGGCUGGGCAACAACUCCCACGGUCAAGUAGUACCUCCUCACACAAACUCGCACACACACACACAAAAACAUAGAACUCUCUUGGCCGUGUGGUUUAUGGCUGCAGGAGCUCCCAUUAGCGACGGCUCAUAAAAUCUCCGACCGUCGGUCUGUUAAACACUGCUCUGACAAGGCACACAAGUAGAAAGGCACAUACAGAUUUAAACACACACAGUCACACAGCUAUCACUUUUUUAGUGAUGGUCUUUGUGCUCAGGCCAAAAUAUUUAGAGAAGAUUAACUUGUUGAAAUUACUUAUAGCUUAUUAAACACCUCUGUUCUGACUAAGAGGUCUAAUUGGACUACAGGGACUCCAUGUUUGUCAAAAUAAGGUGUUUUUGGACCAAACAGUUCUGGGACUCUUUGAAUAAGGGUCCUCCGAGAGCUGCACCCCACAGGGACUUAUGUUUGUCUGCACCGGCACCAUCACAGUGACGGCUGAUAUGAACCUGAAAGUAACACAAGUUUGCUGCGGCUCAAAACCGAACACUCAUUGAACUGUUGUAUAAAAGCAAUAUUUCACCUGAGACUGUGGUGCUCUCCUGGAUACCAGCAGGCUAUGAUUGUAGCAGUACGGUUUAUUGCCUAAUCUAAUGAUUGUUGUUUUAUCCUGUAUUAAUAUGACCGUUGUUUUAUUGUUUAGAGCCGAUAAAUAAUUCAGAGGAGAAAGAUCUUUCCUAAUAAUCUAAAAUAAAUCAGGUUGUAAGAUCAAAAGCUAUCUGAAGCUUUUUUGUGCAUCAACAAAAUAAGCUGAAUAUUAAUAAAUCAAAUCUUUUGUUGCUUUAUUUUAAGAAGUCAAAGAUAGUUCAAGCUUCAUUUUCUAUUUCAAUUACCUGUGAAGCUCUUGUUGCUUCACUUCCUGUUGUUAAAAAUAGUAAAACUGAUAUUUUUAUUUUUCCUCUUACGUAUUAUGAACCUUCAACACCUUGAACCAAAACAGCUUUCCAAGUUACAUAAAUGAAUGAAUUGCCCUCAAAAUGUCAAACGAAGUGAUGCACGUCAUUUGAUCAAAUUAAGACAUGAUGCAAUGACGCUUCAUACAUACAUUUUUAAUCCCUGCAUCUUCUUACAGGGUGUCUUAAUUCACUUCAUGUCACUCCAGCGUGCCCUGCCAAAGUGUAGAAGAAUCACCGCUGAGUCCCGCCGGGAUUGCAAUGUGUCACCCUUGCCAAAUGUUUCUACCACCCUCUGCAUACUGAGCUUACACAGCCUGUCAGCCUGCAGUCAUUGUGCUGGGCUUGUCCUCUGUUCAGUAAAUGGCUUUAUCUCGCUCAGUCUGGUGAGCGAGAAUGUCACCAGUUCAAUUAGGAGCUGGAUUGAAGUGUGUGUGUGUACUUGUGUUAUUUUCAUGUCUGUGUCUUCAAAUGUGCAAACAUGCAGUGGUUUCAAGUAUUUCAAGUAGGUUGAAAGGGCUCAAACUACACUAUCUUUGCUACUACGAAAAGGUCAUCUCUACUCCAUGUGUGUCCAUAUGUGUGUGACUUAGCCUACCUGGUGUGUGGCUCUCUUUGACUCAGUGUGUGUAGUGAAUAAAAGGAAAUGUGGCUCUUGGAGAUAAGCGGCUUGUUGAGAGCGGCCUCCUUGUGUUGAACUGAGUUAUGCACCUUAAGCUCCCUGAGGCGGUGCGAUAACAUCUAAUGAUAAAAAAUGAACCUUUUUUGCUUUUGGAUUCGGGUCGACAAGUAAUGAUGUAACAACACCGUGUCAUUAGUUUGAAAUGAUAUAUUUAUAUCUCCCAAUUUAACAAAGAGGUCGUGUAAAUGACUGAGAUAUGAGCCCAACCACUAUUACAAGGCUUGUAAAAAGACAAACAAAAAAAACAUAUAAUGAUUAAUAUUGUGUGUUUAAAAGUCAUAGAUGAAUAAGGGAUCAAGUGGUUAUAUAAACUAGAAUUAAUUUUUUGAUUUUGUGAGAUCAGGUUGUCCUUUUUAGUUGCAUUUUCUAUUCAGAGUUAAUCACCAGCGUUGUGGUUAGAGAUGCACCGAUCCAUUUUUUUCCAACCCAAUCCGAGACCGAUACCUGGGCUGAGCAUAGGACUGGGCGAUUUGGCCAAAAAGAUGAUCACGAUAUACUUUGCCAUAUUGUCCGAUCUCGAUUAUUAUCAGGAUUUUUUUUAAACUGUCAGUUUUAAAGCAUCUGUACUUAAAACUAAAAAAAUAAGUAGAUAAAUACUAAACAAGAUGUUAAAAAACUUUUUCUUUUCAACAAUAACAUCUUUGGAGGAUGACUCAAAGUCAUAGCUGACAUCUAUUUUACUGCCCUCAGCUCCACGUUUGGUCACUCUGUUUACUUGUCCAGCAACUUACAGAAGUGAGCAGGAAAAGCUGGACUCUGAUUGGCUGUUGUGAUGCACGUUUUCGCCAAGUUUGAUCGAGUAAAUAAGCUCACAGCUGAUCACUGUGAUGAGCAUAUCGGCUGAUAUCUUAUACCGAUCUGGUAAAUAAAUGAACCUCGCCCUGUGAGUGAAGGCAUCAGGCUUGACUUUAGCCUUGUUAAAAAAAGAUAACAAAUUAACACAGAUGUAAUUUUACUUACUAACAAAUUGCACAUUAGCACACAGCAAAAAGAAGUAAGACUUCCAUGUAUUAAGAGAAAAAUUAAGUAAAAGAAGCAAAAAAAGGCUGGAUCGGAUCAGUGCAUCCCUAGUUGUGUUGUGUUGAGCAAUCAGAAUCAGGUAUCUUUCACAGCGAGGUCAAAAAACAAAUAAGUGUUCGACUAAAAUUGUGCUGAUGUUAAAUAACUCAUCAUGAAAAGAGUUGUAAUGCAUUUAUCAUCACUUAUAGGGGUGUCUCUGUUAUUAAUUAUACAGUAUACCCUCAUAAUUUACAUUAUAUGUAUUAGUGCAACUGUAAUACUUGGAUGAUGCAUUACGAUGCACUUGGAUGUAAUUAAACUUGCAUUAGGAUUAUCCAGUCAUCUGUUUUGUGCAUUAAUACUUACCACAAGCCCCCAUUGGCUCACUUUGUUCAAAUUACAUUAGUGCUAAUUCUUACCGGUCAGAUAUGUAAAUUAUAUCAAAGUGCUUUCAAUUAAACAUUUAGCAACAUUAACAGCCACCCACUGCAGAGCUGUGACACUUGAAAAAAAAGCAGCUGAAGCAGAAAUCAUAAAGGGUUUGUUUAUGAGUGUGUAUUAGCAAAGGGACCCAUCUGGGUGGUAUUAAUUGCAGAGCGUGAGUCACAAAAGCUUCAGUUACACCUGGUGCUUUCUAUCGAUGCUUCGCCUCACAUUUAUCUUUGAAGUCAGCUGAGUCUCCCAUAAACGUUUCCCCCCUUUUUUUGCCUUUUUAAAGAUUCAUCAGUGGGGCCCAUCUCUGCUGUCUUUCUCUUCAUUUUCUCCUCGGCAUCUGUGGCGUCCUUCUACUUCUCUGUCAGAUGUCUGAUGCCUCCCACACGAUUUCAAUCCUCUAAAGUUUGAUUCUUCUUCAUACCCCAAAGAAAGUUACUGAGAGCAACGGCGGGCUGAAGAGCCGAAAGAAGAUCUAAUGGAGUUUGAACAGGUGGAGAAAAAAAUAGUGAACAAAGAAAUUUCUAGGAUAUUCAAGUAUAACAGGGUCACUGAGUUGAGAACUGAUUUCUCCGUGUCCAGUGUGCAUAAAAGCAGACGCACACAAAAAUCCAUUUGUACCCACACAUGAUGUGUUUGUCUUUAAUUAGCUUUCUGCUGUUGGUUUGCGAUAUACCCGUCUGUGCAAACGUUUGUCUUGAUGUGUUUUUUUAUAUUUUGGUUGUGUGGUUGGGCGCUGUAAGUCUCCAAUGGGGGAACCGAAGCUUAAUUUGAUGGAUUAAAACCCAAUCUGCUGUUGAAAGCCCGUCUCCAGCAUUCCUCUUGCUGAAAAUAUAAAAAAUAAUAAUUUAAAAGGUUUUUCAAACACUCUUACUAUUUUAUUUUUCUUUUCUUUUUUCAGAGGUCCUUCCGUUCCUUCAGUAACGAUGACCGCCACGUCAUGGCGAAACACUCCACCAUCUACCCCUCCACGCAGGAGCUGGAGGCCGUGCAGACGCUAGUGUCUACUGUGGAGUGCGCCCUUAAACACGUCUCUGAUUGGCUGGAUCAGAGCAGCAGCGACGCCUGCAGCCAGGUCGACGGCCAACCCGCAGAAAGCACAGAGGAGGACGAUCCUGGAGAUGAGCCUGGAGAAAAAACGGAGGACUCCACCGACAGCUACAGGUGACACUAUAGAGGAGCAGAGUUUAAAACACUGUUAUUUCCUGGUUAUUCCAUCGAAAAAGUUCAACAACUUGACAUCAUGUAGGAGGAAGGUUGAGGUGCUUUUUGUGUUUGUUUAAGUCUGACUCUUUUCAGGAAUUUCCUCAGGGAGCUUUAAAAACAUUUUUUGAGGAAAAACUUGUCUGCUUUUAUAAAACAUGCUAGUGGGAAUUGCGUGGACAUAUUUGGCACUAGAGUUAACAAACUUAACCUCUUUACAAGCUCAGGGCACACUCUCCGUGGUUGGCUAUGCUCAUGAAUCCUUUUAUCAGGGUUCACCUCUUUCCAUUUAAGUCUGAAAUUGCCUUGUCAGGUCUUAUUUUGCUGUCUUGACAGGCACCUUGUAUUUGAAUCUGUUACGCUCACAGCUAUUUCCAAAAGGCUACAUUAAAUAUUGAUACACAUCCAGGAAAAAAAAGAAAAAGAGUUUGACAGAAGAUGAGAAAAUUUUAUUUAAAAAAGGGAGGUAACAUUUUAAUCUAUUAGCUAUGAUCUGAAAUGUAUUGGCCCUAGCAGUCAAAGAAACGUACCUGUGGUUGAUUUUUCUCUUCAACACAGAGAGCCGAGCUGUGGUGGCGUGCUGUGUGGCGUGAUGAGGAUCGGCCUGGUGGCCAAAGGCCUGCUGAUCAAAGGCGACAUGGACCUGGAGCUUGUGCUGAUGUGCAGAGACAAACCAACGCAGACACUGCUGGACACUGUCUGUCACAAUUUGCCCACACAGAUAGAGGUAAGAUGUGAAGUUUGGAGACACACACAUUGUUGUUUCUUUGUCUCCUUUCACUGUUUGUUUGUUUUUUAACUUACUGACAAACACAAUAGUACUGGAGUCUUAAAUUACCACACCAGUGACGAAAAUGUUUGCUAAAUUUAACCAAAAAUUGAAGUUUUUUAUCGCAAGAUCCACUUUGAUGUCAAAAAUCAAACCUUUUAGAAAUGAUUGCAAAUUUCAUGAGUGUUCGUGCUCGACUCUGCUGGCUCUCGCUGAUAUGAGUGUUUGUUGAAGUUGUGUGUAGGUGUGCAGAGAAGCACAGUGAGUGUUGGCAACAAGUCGGCAAAUGACAGCAAUAUCAAGUGAGAAGUUGAGAGGUGUUGUAGUCAUGUGUGAUAAAUAGUCUCAUCACUUCCUCGGUGUCAUGUUUCCUCAUUAACAAGUCAUGAAUCAGAAAUUAAGCUCUCGACGUGAACACACAUAUUGGACACCAAAUACUCAGAUAUCUGCAGUGCACACAAAAUGAAGACAAAAUGUAGAGAUUAAUGUGCAAAUAUUUUAUCUUUUAAACAUGACUUAAAUAGUAUUUUUUUCCCUUCUAAUGAUACAUAAUCAAAAGCAUUUUUUUUUAUCUUUAAACGUCUUUUUUAUUUCACAAUAAUAUGACAACCAAAGAAAAAUGUCCCCUUUUUUAUUAUUUAUUUAUUUUUUUUUUUAGCCACAUAAUUUCCCACUCUCCCUGUUAUUCCCUAGAGAUACAGAACGGAAAGAAAGGAAAAAAAUAUAUAUAUAAAUAUAUAUAUAUAUGUAUAGAAAUAAAUAAAUAAAGGGUACAGAAUUAGACAAGUACAUUAAAGAGGAACAAAAUUAGUAAGUAAAUAAAUAAUUUAUUUAUUUAUAUAUUUAUCGAAAGCAUUUCUGGUAAAUCCCUUACAUAAAAAGUUUGACAUGUACUCCGGUAGCUCACAGAAUUUUUCCUUUGCCUAAAAGUCUGUUGGACAAGUUGUGGAAAUAUUUAACAUUACCCACUAACGUGACAAAAUCUCCCCAUCCUGGCCUGUUAGAGCUGAAAUUAUUCAAUGAAUAAAUUCUGCUUCUGUGCCUCCACUCGGCUCAUUCUCUUUAGCAGUUAAGUGGUGUGAGAGGGAGAACGGCAGGGGAGGGAAAAGUGUGUGUGUGCAUCUGUUUUUGUGUGUGGGCAGGGAGGUAAUCUCAUGUCUCGGCCCAUUGACCAAAGAUUCUGAUUUUCUCAUCAGAGCCAAUUGGGAUGUAGAUAGCCUAGUGUGACAUCCUGCACAGUUAAGCUGUGUCAGACAAAAACAUGGAAACACACCUGCGCAUGUGUUUGUUACUUAGGAGAAAAUGUACUGAAUUACAUUUUGUUCAUUUCCUUCCCAAAGUUAAACCUGGCUGAAACCAAAUCAAGCAUAGAGUUUAUAAUGAUAGUUAUACAAGUUUUAAGCAACUUAUAAUCAUAUCAUAAAUAUAUGUAUAACGCAUUAUCUAUCUGGGCAUUGUUAGUGAGUUGUUAACAGUUAUAACACAUUAUAAUACCUGACCUUCUAAGUCUUGAUAAAAUGCUUUAUAAUGUGUUAUGAUUAUUUCUAUAAAGCAUUAUGAUCAUUUAUGAGUGUUUAUAACUAUAGUUAUUCGGUGCUACAACGUGAUUAUAAUGUAUUAUACAUAUAUUAUAGAGAUAGGCGUCAAGUAAAGUGUUACCGAUAACUGCCUACCAACAUAAAUAAUACAGGUACAAACUUGUGUUCAAAAGCAGGAGCCAGUUGCAGACACAGGAACAUGAGUAUUUGCUUGUUAAAACAAGUCCAACACACACACACACACACACACUGCAGAUGCAAUUGGAAAACAUCAUACAAACAUUUCCUGUAAGGGUCACCACUUGACUUAUGGCAUUUUAACUCAUCCCUCUGUUUAUUUAGUAUUUAUUCCUGUCUGUGACUUUAGAGGCUUUAAGAGUAAGUGCCUACCUGUGCUUGCCUGUCGUGUUUGCUUAUUUAAGUGUCUCAGUGGGCGAUGCUGCGAGCCGUUGUUGUGAAACCUGUCUGCUGCUGUAGUACUUGUUCCCCCAUUUAUUUUUGUUAGUAAGCACACAAGUGCUCGGAUGUAUAUGUGUAUCAAGUUACAAAUGUGGCUGCACUAUGCGCUGACAUGAAUUCAUUAUCAUCAGUAAUCAUUAGUCCUGACUGCAGAGGUCAGCAGUAAUUGAUUCCUUCAGAAUGGGGGCUGAAUGAAGAAGCACAGUACACAUACAGAGGGGCAGUUUCAGGCAUGAACGACUAACGCUGAGAAACAGCAGAUAAACAAACAGAGAGUUUCUUAAAAAUGGAUGAAAGAAACUGCAUCUGUGAGAGAGAGAGAAAGACUCGAGAUGUGGUACCCGGUGAUGCUGUUGCAGCUGCUGGUUCUGAUGUAUUUUGCUCUGGUGUCGUGUUGUGACCUUGGCCCCUGACCACCCAGUUAUGUCCGUCUGACACAUGACAGAAGCUGACAGAAGAGAAAUACGAGGUCACAAGCUCCUUGCCCGAGGCGGCCAUCUUGGUACAAACUACAACAGAGCCCAAACUCACGCUGAAAAUUACCCUCACCUCACCUGCCAUGAGGGAAGACGGGGAAGAGGAGGAGGAGGAGGAGGAAGAGGAAGAAGAAGAGGAGGAGGAGCAGGAGCAGUUGGAGAAUGGGGAGGGGGUGGAGGAGGAGGAGGAAGAGGAGGAGGAGGAGGUGGUGGAAGAAGAGGAGGAGCAGGACAAGAAGAACGGGCAAGGUAGGAGCCCCAUGAUGGGAUUUUUUUCAAUUCUCAGGCCACAUAGAAACACACACACAAGCACACACUCAAACACACACACACAGACACGCUCUAUGCUAUCUAAGAGGGAACUCCUGUCACUAUUUAGCAGCCAACAGGGAACUUCUGUUAUUCUAAUCAGUAAAAUUCCCUUUUUUUUGUAAUGUGCAUUUAAAAAGUCCUAUUUGAACAAAAUUAUAUAUCUAACAUUGUCAUUUUACUUUUUAAUUGUACUUAUUUUUUCUUUUUUUUAUCCAUGGCGGAGUGGGAAGUCGCAGCGUACUAUCUAAGUGGGAACUUUUGUCACUAUUUACCAACCAACAGAGAACCUUUGUCAUUCCAAAAAGUGGAAGUCGCUUUUUUCUGUAAUGUGCAUGUUAAAAAAAAAUGCAUCUUCAGAAGUGUAGACUGAUCCUUGACAGAAUAGAAAACAUCUUUAAAGAGACAUGUUCUGCACCCAGUAACCUGUUAAACAGCCGCUCUGCAAUCUGAAAGGCUGCCUUCAGUACAAACCAUUCACACCUUAAGGGAGUGUGUGUAAAACGAUGUGUGCUAAAGGGUCGUUGUAAUUCCGGCCCCAGCCUACAGGGGGAUAGCCUCGCAUGGACUUAAACACACACACAUCUUCAGGUCCCCACUUGGCUAAAAUUUAAAAAAAAAUCACCAGAGUGUGUUACACAUGAUUUUAGCAUGACUAAGAGGGGACCUAAAAAAAUGUCCCCUGUUGGCUAUGCGGUCCCCUCUUGGUGAAUGUGUUACGACGCCAAGUUCCCCUCUUGGAUAGGUAGGAAAGUGCACACACACACACACACACACAAACACACACAUUUAUAUGGGAAUAGUAUCAUUUUGUGUUUUAUUGUCACAUUUCAAACUCACCUUCCUUAAACAGAAGGUAUAACAUUAUUAACCAGUGAAAAAAAGAAACAAAUAUCAGAGCUGAAACACUAAACUGAAGUUCAGUCAAAUAACAAUCUUCCCCUCCCAUCCCCCACUUUUCAUUGGUAGCAGGAACUGGUUAUAAUUGGUUGUGGGAGGCGGGAUGAGAGAGCAAGGCCAGCAGGGCAGUGAAAUCAAUAACCAAGCUGUAGUGAGCUGCCCAUCCAUCCUGUGGCUCCCGUCCAACUAGGCACUCAGGUCUCAGAGAGGGAUGAGAGAUAGCAUGAAGGUUAGCCGUCCAUCACGCCAGACUGCUCUGGUUUUCUCUAUCAUACACCAUGAGGGCCACGCUGUCACGCGCGCAGAGUCGUAUAUUUAUUCCCCUAAGGAUAAAGAUACCUGUCAUUUUGGUGUGUCUAAUUGCUCUGAUUUUAUCCGGCAGCCACAGAGGUUGAGAGAUGUGGGCCAGCCGGUCUAAUAGGGUCACAUCUUAAAAGGUGGGGUCUGGCAGUUUUAAACGUUAUCAGCAGGCAUAAAUAGCGGCGGUGACAUCCUAUAUCAGCACCUCCUCUGGGCUCUUUAAAACCAUUGACUACAUCCACACGGUUCCCUUUGAUAAAAUGGUCAGGUAAUGGUAAUAAUCUGUUGUGUUGGCAUGCCAUGUCUCCAGUUUAAAACCCCUGUUUAUAAAUCUCAGCUCAAUCGAUAGCUAGCUAGCUUAUACUACUACUAAAAGGGUUGAAUUUUAGCCUGUUUACUCGAGUGAAAAGUCACAUUUGCUUGAGUGAGCUCUGCCUAUCGGUUAUUUUCCCACACAUAUAUUUCAUAGCUGGGAUUCAGCUCACUGCUCUACGCUAGAGGAAGGGAGUAUGCCGCGACAGGAAAUUAGAAAAAUAGGAUGGCUUUUAAUUUCAGACUGAUAGAGAAGAUGGCAUCAGGAACAGAGAAGGAAAUAAUUAUUAAAACGAGUGCUAAGAGAGGGAGGCAGCAGCCAGCAGAGACAAAAAAAAGAGACUAAGAUCGAGGAAGUCCAGCUGGGAUCACUCCGACUAACUUUAGAUGCACCAAACAGGAGUACACACCCCUGCAUGCAUCAGUCACAGGGGGAGCAGCCAGAUGAUCAGGGGUGGUCUGCUACCUAUUUGACAUUUCAGCUUAAUACCUCUCGAGAAGGAUUUUCUAUUGACAGCAGAGCGAUAAGGAAAAUAGUUACCUCGUAGUGUUAUUACAGGAACCUCAGGGACUCCCCGUGGGUUUUAUUUCACACUCACACAGCGAACCCUCCUUAGCAACCCCCUGUAGCUGCACUCAUUCACAUACAGCCGUGUUUGAUUCAGCUCGCCCUCCAUACCGUGUACUUUGAAUCCGCACAGGAAAGAGUAAAGUAACUCCACCCCGCCGGAUAUGUUGGGCAGCAUGAAUCAAACGCUCACUCAGAAAAAGCUGAAGAAUGCUCCUCUUUUACCACCACGAUGCUCUGACUAAACCCUGCCUUGAUCCCUCUUGUGUUGUGUUCGUCCAAGACUGGGCCAAAACUAUCUUAGAUUCCUUUUUUCUUAUCUUUUUUUUUUUUUAGUUCCACUUUAGGAGCGCUUGAUUCUGUGUUCACCCCAGACAGGAAUUGCUUCCUCUGCACCCCUCUCUCAAUACGUCUGUGAAAUCAAGUGCACCUUAAGUAAAUCAGGAAGACAUGCAGAUGAUCGCCUAUUUUGACUCCUGCCUGGUGCAGACUGAAUCAAAAUAUAUAAAAUCCUCUUCAAAUACAUGAAGGAGAGAUUGAUUUACCUUGCUGGGCGCAGGGAAACGUGUGUGUCCCAAUAACGCCCACACAUUAAAUCAAACACUCCUUAAGUAUUUGUUUGGUGUAUGUUUGUGGGAGGCUUUCCAUCCCAAAAAGUUGUUUCUUCCUUUGUAAACUUGAAUGCUCUUCCUUUCACUGUUUACUCGGUGAAUGGAUGAAUGUACGCUACCUCAUCACUGUUGAAAAGUUUGUCCAGCUUUCAACACGUGUGAAUAUACGACACGGGACAGAUAUCCGGGGCAUUACUGAAAAAUGCCAAGGAUGCAGACAUGUGAUGCAUUUAACACAUGUUUGUUUGAUCACAGUGUUGAAAAUCUAAAAAAAAAAAUGUGGAAAGAUUGAAGAGGAUUUUAUGAGCAUUCAUCAAAGGAGAGGAACAAGUUUCUGGCAUGAAAAGCGCCUUGUAUGUAACCAAAAUAUCCAUGCAUGUGUGUGUGUAUGUGUGCAUUCACUCACGGUUUUAAGUGUGUGUCUGCGUACAUUCACACACGCAAAAAAUGAAAGAAAAGUUCCUGAACACACACACUCAGGUUUGACGUGUGUGCGUUUCACGUUUUCUAUAUUGGGUUGUUAUUGUUUUGUGGCAGUGUUGGGUGCUGCUGCGCACAGAGUGGAGGCUGAGGAGGAGGAGGAGGAGGAGGAGGGAGAGGUGCUGGAUAGACACAGAUGUCUGUUGGCCCUGGCAGCGCUGCGACACGCCAAGUGGUUCCAGGUCGGCACCCACUCACUUCCUGUCUUCCUGCCUGAUGCUUUUUGUAGCCUGACGAUUUUCACCCCAGAGCGGAGACACUCACCGUCAGCUAAUGCUGCAGUGCUUAGUACGCCCACUCGGUUUACACCAACCAGGACUGGGUAUAAAAAUAGAACAUGUAUUUUAAUUCAGAGCGAGAUUUAUCUCAAAUUAUCCGAGCAUGAAAGACAAAUUGGCUGAUGUUCAUACUGUAUAUUUGUGUGGUUUUAAAUCUCAGAUUCAGACUUUGAGAUGUUUUUGACAACAUCAUAGAAAAAAAGUUGAAUAAAAUCCUAAAUCUUCCACCUGAGCUUAAACACACAUAUCUUAAAAACUGUAUGAAAAAGUGAUUUUUUUUUAUGUAUGAAUGUUUGACUGAACUAGAAACCGUGGGCUUAAGAAGCAUCGUGAGGCUACAAAAGCAAUGUUUUAUACUUGUUUUUAUUUUUGCUAUUAUGUGAACCUGCCUGCUCUGUACAUUAUGUCAAUGCUUCCCUUUGAUUCCCCUCCCAUACCCUUUCCCAUCUAUUCCCCCCACUCACCCACCCUACUGACAAAAAAAAAAUUAAGCCUUACAAAAAAAAACUGUAGAUAUUUUCUAGAGACAGAAAAGUUUAGCCAAAUGUUUUUAGUCGAGUUAGUUGUGUAAACUUUAUUAGAAAUGUUUUAUUCAUCCUCUGUGGGGAGCUCAUGAAGAGUUGUAGUCAAAUACAGUCACCUUAUUAUGUGUCUUUGUGGUGAAACUCAAAUUUUUAUCUGCAUAUGUUUUCACAAAAACCACUCCACCUGUGCUCAAUUUGUCCCCCUCCUCUCUCUUUCUUUCCAAUCUUCCCUCUUGCAUCCAUCCUUCUCUGCCCUCUCUUCCCAUCCCUGUACAUCUCCCAGGCUCGGGUGAAUGGCCUCAAAUCCUGCGUUAUCGUUCUCAGGAUACUGAGAGACAUGUGUAAUAGACAUCCUGUUUGGGAACCUCUCAAGGGAUGGGUGAGUCCUGUGCCGUGAUAAAUCCAAUGUUCAGCCCCCUUGAACUUGAUCACAUUGUUAUGCUGUUUUGUGCAUCAUUACAAAAUACCCUUCGUCUCCUCUGCUAUAAUGAGAGCUUCAUUUUUAUGUGAGGAUUUAAAAGUUGUGCUCAGAUGUCACAUAUAAAUGAACUGUUUUGCAUAAAAGGUGUGUGCUAAAGAAUUUGAUGUACUACAAAAAGCAUAUAGAGCCUCAUUAAAAUCUGAUCUGGUCUCCUUGUUAGCCAGAGUUUUCUUUUACAUUAGUAUGUUCAUCUUUGUGUGUAUGUGUGUGUGUUCUCUCAGCCUCUAGAGCUCAUCUGUGAGAAGGCGAUUGCCACCUGUAACAGACCAUUGGGAGCUGGAGAGGCCCUGCGCCGAGUCAUGGAGUGUCUGGCCUCAGGCAUACUGCUACCAGGUACACAAUUUUGUUGAAUGAAUGCAUGAAUAUUUAAAUAGGUCUCAGGACUGCUGGUGAAUGGCACAAGGGAGCAUGCUAAAUUUGGGCAGAUGAGCAGAAACAUCAGAGGUCAGGGCAUUAUAAAUGACCCAGCAGAGCACAGCUGUCUGAGGGAAGACGUCGUUGGCAGAAUCUUAAUAAGGAGCUGCUGAAAAGCUGUGAAUCUCUGAAAAAAAAACAACACCCCAAAGUGUGAAAACUGAGCAUCAUUUGACUUUUUCAGAGAUGCGGUUUGAAUGCAAAACUCCACCAGCGACUAUAACACCAGGGACCAACCAUACUGACUGAGGAAAAAGAGGAAAUUUACUUGAAUUUUGUUCAAAGUUUAUUUUAAAAGUGCUCAAGUAACACGGAAAGAGAUCUGAUCAUGUAACAGUGUAUCUGUAACAUGACAGAAUAUUUUCAAUUUUUAAAUUGAAGUCGAGAAAUUCUCCUCAUUAAAUCAAUCAGUCAAUCAAUCAGACUCUUUUAUACAUCUGUAUCGCUAAUAAAAAUUACACAGAAAAUUGAUGAAAACAAUAUAAUCCCCCCACCACACAACCCAUGCACAAAAUUGUUAUUACAAGUGUUAUUAAGGAUACUGGAAAAGUGUUUUUACAACACUGCUGCUUCACAACACUGCUCCGCUCACCCUUUAGGGAUUCUAAUUUGCAUUUUCACCCUUUCAUCAAACUGUAUCCCACAUAUUUCCCAGCCACAUUUGAAGAUACAAACAUUUGGCACACACAUGAAUUCAAACUUUUAUUAAAAUAAUAAGUAACACUUUACUUGACGCCUAUCUGUAUAACACAUUAUAAAUAUAUGUAUAAUGCAUUAUAAUCAUGUUACAGCACUGUAUAACUAUAGUUAUAAACAUUCAUAACAGUCAUUAUAAGCAUUUUAUUGACUUAAUAGGUCAGGUAUUAUAAUGUGUUAUGCAUAUUGUAAUAAAGCCUUAUGAUAGUUAAUAAGUGUUUAUAAUGAUAGUUAUACAAGUUAAUAAUCAAAUCAUAAAACAUCAUAAAUAUAUGUAUAAUGCAUUAUCUAUGUGGGCAUUGUCAGUGAGUUGUUAACAGUUAUAACACAUUAAAAAACUUUGUACUACCUUGUAAGUCAUGAUAAAAUGCUUUAUCACGUGUUGUGAUUAUUGCUAUAAAGCAUUAUGAUCACUUAUGAGUGUUUAUAACUAUAGUUAUACAGUGCUAUAAUGUGAUUGUAAUGCAUAAUAAAUAUAUUAAUAAUGCGUUAUAGAGAUACGCGUCAAGUAAAGUGUUACCAAAUAAUUUAUUUGUUAUGAUGUGAUUUUGUGGUCUCUGAUGUCACCUCCGCUAUUAAUAGUUAAUCACUGUUGUUUUAAGGUUUUGACUGAUCAAAGAAUAAAUUAUGAAUAGAAAAUGUCAUUAAAACAAAAACUUACGAACUGAGGGAAUACUUUUAUGAAUGUGUAAUUGGAAAAACAGAAACUAUAAUAAAAAGUCAAAAUACCAUUUGAAAACUAUAAUUAAAUGGAGGAAAUAAAACAAACAGAACACCUAAAAUUACCUCGGAAAAUAAAUUUCAUUUAAAAUCGGUAAACAAAUGACAUGAUUUACGAUCAAAUCUGCGGUUAAAUGUCAGAGUGGGAGGAUAGCUCUUGAGUUUUUUCUCAAAUUUGACAAAUAUAAUUAGGUUAGCGGUUUCAUCAUUUUUCUAUUGCUGCUCUUUUCACUCAGGGAUUAUUUAUGGGCAGUAUGUCCGCUGCUUAUUCCACGUCAGGGAAGCCUAAUUAGAUGUCGCCGAGCAGAAUUGUCAGCACUCAAGUGACAACGUCUGACUUUCUGUAUGUUUGCAUGUGUGUCAUCGUCUUCCUCCUCCAGGUGGUCCAGGUUUACACGACCCAUGUGAGAAGGAGCCAACAAACACACUAUCAAACAUGACCGACCAGCAGGCGGAGGCCAUUACUUACAGCGCACAGGUAUACACACAGUCGCACACACAUAUACACACAUGCACACACGUCAACUUAAGGACACAGUUGUUACCGCCCAGCUGUAGCCGCCCUGAGCUGUCAGUGUGUUGAAAUCGGCAACAGCACGCCUAUUACCAGACAGAAAGGCCUCAUCACCACCCCAACCACACACUCUCUUUACACAGACACAGACACACACACGGGUGCAAGUGUGUAUCUCCUGACAUAGACGUGUGCUGCUGAAUUUUAAUGAUCAGUGUGGGAAACUAUUGCCACUGUGAGCCAUAAAUCCAUCCUUGACACCCCUGAGGACAGUAUGUGUGUGUAUGCGCCAUGUGUGCGUACGUGCCGUCAUGUCCUCCUCACGCACACACUCGGCUGAGCAGGGGCAGCCUCUGAGCCACACGGCUUAGUGAAUUCUGCCGACCAUUUCCUUUGAAGGCAGCCUGGACGAGGCUUGAAUGUCAAUGGGGAUAAUUGUAUUGGAGGAGAUACAAGAGCAGAUAGGAGAGAGGGAGCUGUUCUGUCAAUGAGCUACUCGCAGCCUCAUGAAUAUCUGAGACACUCCACUUCCCUAAUGGGUUUAUAUUAGCAGAGGAGCUCCCUGUGUGCGAUCCGGGUUAUCUCAUCAGUUGUUUGCAUGGUUGCAGGGUAUGUACAGAAGAUGGCGAACGGUAAAUUAUCACUCCAUAUACCGGUCAGCCUUGUGUUAUCCAUAUUACGGAGGAAACACGAAACGCAUGUUUACGUUUAUAAUCUUUGAGUCCCAAGAGUUGAGCUGCAAAAUGUGUGCAAACAUUCAUGCAUACAUGCAGCCAAGCCUCUGCCCUUUUGCACCAGAUUUUGCACCAGCAUAUAUUAUGGUAAUUCAAACAUGUGCUUUUAUGUUAAUGAGUAGUCUCCUAACAUUUAUAAAGAUAGGUAUCAUUUUUCAACUCUCUCCCAGUUUUCAACCUUAACACCAAAGUUUGUUUUUCAAUGCGCUCCUUCAAAUUCAUUCAACUCUUAGCUGUCAGCUGUAAAUGAAUUCUCCUUUGCAAAAUUGUUUUUAGCUUCGACUCAAACGUGGUCAGUGUGGGCCCAGUCUCUCAUCAUCUUGGAGAUUAUUCCGGGGGCUGUGCUGCAUGGUAACAAAACACUGCACCAGAGUGGCUUGUUAGCUGCUCUUGCAUGCAGUUAUGUGUUUCAUUGAAAUUAAUCAAAACUGAAUCCUCAUUAGAUGACUGCUGAUGGUUGCUGUAUGGUAGAUUAUGCUCUUCUUCUUUUGCAUUGCACACAGGCUGUUUUUUAUAAACAGAAAUCAGAGAACAUCCGGUGUCAAAACUGUUCCAGUGCAGUUUAAAUUCUGCUUUUUAAUAACACGGAUUAUUUAAAAUGAGGAGAAAACUUGUGGUUUUGAGGAGUCUGUCUUCAUAAAGAAUAUUAUUGCCAUACGUCUAUAUAAAACUAUGAUAGAUAUUGAGUGCACACUGCAGGGCAUUUCACUAGAGCUCCUUAUCAAAGUCUAAAGAUUGUGUUUGCCCCUUUUUUGACUUUAAUUUAUGAGUGAGUCAGCUUGUGAGUGAAGUGCUUCAGGACAAUGUUGGAAAUUAAUUUCCAGAGUUGUGACUUGAGGUUUAAUUUUCAGAGAGAUUUGGGGAAACAGAGAGUUUAAGUGUUGAAAAGGAGCACGCAUUAGGGAGGCACUAAAGGUCGCAGAAAUGCAAUCAAGAAAUGAAAGAUCCUACUGCACUUCGAUCGGAUAUUUAAUUACUGGAGUAUGAAUAAAGCAAAUCAACUUCCUCUGUUUAUGUUUAUACACUCGGCACAGUUGAAUUAAUCUUCUCAAAUUUUCUUUCUCUCCUUUGUGUUCAUUUGACAGCACUCCCUCAGACUCAUGGCAUUCGGACAGAUGUACAAGGUGUUGGAGAUGGAUCCUCUCCCCUCAAAUAAACCCUCACAGAAAUACCCUUGGUCAGAUAAAGAAGGUGUGUGGACUCUACACUUCUAUCUCUCUCCUCUAUCCUGUAUAUUCCUCACAUGUCUGACUUGUCCAUCAGAGUUUCUGUCUGGAUGCAACAAUUUCUCACACCGAUUAAAGAUCUGUCUGUGAGGCUGUUUUUGUUGGUCCGUCUGCCCUUUUCUCUAAUGAAACCUCCUGUACAGCCUUCUCUGUGGUCAGGCAGGCGGCUUUUACACAUGUUGUGACCUUUCUGCACGCUCGUGGUGGUUUUCCUUCACAACUUUAUUGAAAGCUCUGUCAGUGUUUCUAACAUGCGGCGUAUGACGUUGUUCAGAAUAUUAAAUGUUGAUGCUAUAGAAGUAUUACACAACUUCACGCCACCCCGAGAACAGCACCCUCUGGUGACGAGCUGUAGUAUAGGUCAUAAACCCCGCCCCCUCCAGCAAUCCUUAUGGAGCUGUGGACAAACUUUACAAGUUAAUGACACAGAUGUUGUGAUGUUGAUAUGUAGUAUUUGUAAGACUGGUUUGUGUUCAAGUCCUCUUUUUUCUGUUUUAAAAGUUAUCAGAGGGUUCAUGUUUUCUAUGAUUGACACUUGAUACAGCCUAUGGGUGUACAAGGAUUGCGUAGCUCACCCGGGGGAUACGCUGUUUGAGCCGAGCGUCAUCUCGGCGACUCUUCCGCCAAAUGCAUACAAUGCUACUGCAUAAGUGGUGGAGAGCGUGCAACGCUUCUGCGCAGUGUUGGUUUCAGGAAAUACAGAAAAAACGCGGCAUUACCGAGAGCUUUUUGGCCUCAAAUCCGUAUACAGGCGAGAGGUGGAACCAAGUUGUCCAAGUAUAUACAGUCUAUGGCCCAGCCCUAGUUGCAGUUAUCAAAUUUAAACAAAUUUAGAUCCUCAUAAAACAAUAACAGUCAACAUUUUACUCCAAGUCUACUCUUAUGAAACUGGGCUUGAACAUCAGAGUUUAAGAUCCGGUGCUCCACCAAAAACGCGGCCCGGGUAAAAAGGUCAAACCUGUGGAGAGCUUUAUGCAGGAAUACUUCUGCUGUUGUUCACAAGAGGGUUGGCAAGUUUUCAAAGCGACUUUCGUGGAAAACCGACUCAGGCCUUUUCAUGCCUCAUGAUGCCGAGGUGGAAAGUUGCCAGAGCAUUUGCAGAUUAAGGUGCAUGUUGAAAAGCAGCUUAUACAGUAUGUCUUCCUCGUGGUUUGACUGUUUGCUCAUCUGCCUGUCUGCUCUGCUGAUCUCAUUUGUGAGGCUACUUCUUAACGCUUGCAUCCACAAAUCGUUUCUUUUGUUCUUUGCCUUUUUUUUCUCUCUCUCUUUGCUUUUCUACAUCUUUUGUAAUACCUAAAUGAUCAGCAGUUUUGUUAAUGGUCUUGUUUUUUGUUUUGUUCCCCAGGCUUGGGUUUGAAGAGGCCGUACGAGGAUGGAAUGAUGGAUGACAAAGACCUCAUCAAGAAGAUGAAGAGGAAUCUGAGGAAAGGUAUGGGAACUGCUCGUACAAUCCUAAAUAUAUUAAAGAAAAAUACAUUUUUUGACAAUUUUUAAAUCAUUUAAACAUAGCAACAGACAUCAGAGAUCCAUUAGGCUUGCUUUUCUCCCAUUUGUCUCUAUUUCUUUCCAUCUUUCCCCGUGUCCCUUUCCCCUCCACCUUCCUUCUAUCCUGGGGUGGAUCAAUAGUAUUGAUUGCUAACGUUUUAGUAGGCCACCCAACCAUCCCCAGCUCUUUCUUCAUACAAACAGAAGAUGAACCACUUCUAAUGGAGACAGAGAGGCGUCUUUUAGGAGUUUAGGAAAGAGAAGAAAAUGAAAACACAGAGGGAGUGUACCAAAAAGUUUGAGAAAUUAGGAUUUAUGUCUUACAGUCUCUCUAAAUCGGCUAAAUCUGUCCAAUUUUGUCUGAGUAAUUGUUAAUCUCGCCACAGUCCGUUAUUAAACCUGUCCUAAUCUGCUCUGAUCUGUACCUAUUUGUUUGCAUUAGUUCUAGAUAGUAAAGCCAUAGACUCCAACCAGCCAAUGAACGCCCUGAUGCGGUUGAACCAGAUCCGGCCGGGGCUGCAGUACCGCCUGCUGUCCCAGUCGGGCCCGGUUCACGCGCCGGUCUUUACCAUGUCCGUGGACUUAGAUGGAACGGUUUAUGAGGCAUCUGGAUCCUCCAAGAAGACCGCCAAGCUUCACGUCGCCGUCAAGGUAAGAAAAGAAAAUGACCUGUUGAUUUAAAAGGUUAAAAAAAGAGAUGAUUUGUUGUUGUUGUUGUUUUGAGAACUUUAUUGGCUUCAUCUGCUGUGACACCUGUGUGUUUCUAUAAAUAUGUUUGUACCUGUGUUUGCCGAUUGGUUUGUGUGUGCGUGUGUGUAAGUGUGUAAGGAGGGAUGGAUGGAGGUGGGCAAAUCCAUGUAAUCCCAAAGUGGUUGUGAACAAAGAGGCUCUCCAGAGCACAGAGCCGGGAUAAUCCGCCAUCGGCUCUAUUCCCAUAAAAGGCUCUUUCUCCUCAUCUCUCCCCCUUUUUUUUUAAUUCUCCUCAUUGCUCACUUUCUUUCUCUCACCUUUUGAUCUUUCCUUCCUUCCCUCUUUCUCUCUUCCUGUCCAGUCCUCUCAUCCUUCAUGCCCCUCACUCACUCACUGUGGCGGGUUCAGUGGCUGUAACACAAUCAUACAAUGCCGUUUGAUGCAUGCAUGAUGUCCUGCAUGACUUUCUCGUUUUGUGUAUUGUUGAAGCAUUACAGUGGACUCGUGACUCUGUGCAGCUUCACACCGUAAAGGCUUCAUUGUAAUUGUUAGGAUAAACCGGGUCAUGUUACUACAUGCUGCGGUAUCGCUGUUAUUCAUUGAGCCUGAACGGGUUAUCAAUGUUGUUUAGCAUUGUGAAUAUUUCCAUGCAACUUAAUGAUUGUGUCCUGUAUCCUUGACUCACCUUUCCAGGUUCUCCAGGCAAUGGGCUACCCGACAGGUUUCGACUCAGACCUGGACCCCAUGAGCUCGGACGAGAAGUCUGACGGCGAGGGGAAGAGCGAGACGUCAUCACACCACAGCAAUAACCCGACACACUCCACGGACAGUUCCAAUACACUGGAGGUAUAUCGACGCUCAGUAUGAGUAUUUAAGCGUAAAGUUCGAGAUAUUUUGAUUGGAGCUGAUUGAAAUGUUGGGGUUAGGGGGUGCUGGUAUGGCCAAAAAAAGCCCCAAAAUAAACUUUAAAUCUGGCAGUUACUCAUCUUACCUAGAUAGCUAAGAUGCAGGCGGCAGUAGCUCAGGAGGUAGAGCGGUCGUCCAAUAACUGGAAGGUUGGCGGUUCGAUUCCCCUUAUCCCGAGUCUGUCCAUUGUGUCCUUGGGCAUGACACAUAACCCACCUUCCUCCCAGUGUGUGUUCUCCACUGGUGUAUGAUUGUGAGUGUUGUCUGGUGGUGGUCGGAGAGGUUGUAGGUGCAAACUGGCAUCCACGUUUCCAUCAGUCUGGUUUACCACUACCAAUCGUGACUGUGUGAGCGAGUAAAUGAUGUUUCCAAUGUAAAGCGCUUUGAGGGUCUCUGAUGAAGCGCUAUAUGAAAUCUAAUGCAUUAUUAAUAUGUGUCAUUAGAUAUUCACUACCAUGUCUUUUUCUGUAUUUAAUCUAACUUCCUGCUUAUUUCUUUUUGAUGUCCAAAGGUACGAACUCAGGGCCCCAUACUUACAGCGAGUGGAAAAAAUCCCGUCAUGGAGCUAAAUGAAAAGAGAAGAGGCCUCAAAUACGAACUCAUCUCUGAAAGUGGAGGCAGCCACGACAAACGCUUUGUCAUGGAGGUGAGAACUGUAGAAGUUAUAAAGUAUGUUUAGAUCUGACAGACGAGGACAUAAUCAGAAAAAUAUAGAGCAAAGCAUCCGAGCGUACACGCACAUACGGAGGGAGAUGCAUAUACUUAAAAAAAAAAAAGUCCCACAACCACACAUUUGAAAACAGGCUGAUCUGUGGUACAGUCAAUCAGUCAACCCGGUUCCUGGAGCAGGCCGGUUCUCUGUGGGGUGUGUUGUUUUCCGACAUGCCUGGCUGCUCCAUCGCUCUGCUGAUUGAUUAGCAGGCCUGCUUGACAGCAGGGCCUCACUAAACAAGCCGCCCUGUUCAGUCAGACUCGCCAGCUGAGUUACUGAUGACUGAUAAAUGUAUUUGUAUGUGUGUGUGCGUGUGUGUGUGUGUGCAUGUCAGGUGGAGGUCGACGGGCAGAAGUUUCGUGGGGCAGGCCCCAACAAAAAAGUAGCAAAGGCCAGCGCCGCUCUGGCAGCUCUGGAAAAACUCUUCUCUGGUCCCAACGCAGCUGCGAACAAGAAAAAGAAGAUAUUGCCUCAGGUAAGGAGACGCACACAUGAAGCACGUAUAUUUACACACAGAUGAAGAAUCUACAACAUGUAAUCGAAGCAUUUUAUCUGUAUUCUCUAUAAGAGCCACUCUCUAAAGGUAGUGCGUUUGCAUGGCUGUCCUCACCAUUGCAGAGCUGGGGGACAAUUAGUGCACUUUGUUCAACUUACAUCAAUCAAUAGCACAUCCUUUAACAAGUGUCUGAGCAGAUCAAUACCUGACACUUGUGAGGUUGCCACUCUUCUGAAUGAAUGCCACUCACUGUUUCUGCACACACAUAUUUCUAUUAACAUGUCCGUCUAAAUUCUGCAUCAAUCUUGGCAGCGCGUUCAUGUAAUCUGCCUGACUGUGUUUAGACUAAAGGAGCCCUGGCGGCAGCUGCAGCAGCUUCAGCAGUGGCAGCUCAGGUAGCCAGAGGAAGAGGAAGAGCCGCCCUGGCAAGAGGAGCCUUCGUCAGUGCAGCUGCUCCAGGAUACGUCACACCAGGUAGAGAGAGGACCGCUGUUUUUUGUUCGUUUGUUUUCUGUAUGUUUAUUAGGGGUGGGAAUCACUCGUGGCCCCAUGAUACAAUAUUAUCACGAUACUUGGGCCACGAUACCAUAUUUGCGAUUUUUAACAUUUAGCAACACAGUGAGGAUUGUAAUACCAUAUAUUGUGAUUCAUACAAUUUUGUCAACUUUUAAGGUCCUUUCACACCGGGACCAUUUUUAUCGUGCGAUUAUUUCAGACGUCAAUAUUUUUUUUCAAACCCGUAUCCUGUCAAUACAAGCGUUCACAUCAGCGAUGUUUUCCCGUCCUGCGAUAUUGCAGCAUUUAUUUUUUCAGAUCAUGGUUGAUUUUUCUUAAGUUUCGCAUACUGUGUGUCCACUUCUGACUAAUCAGAUUGCUUGUUGUUGCGACAUCUGAUUCACUGGUAUAUCCAACAUGGCCGACUGGCUGAUUGUUUACGUGUCGGAGAACAGAGUGAUUUUUGAUAAAAGACACAUAUAUUACAAAGAUAACGACCUGAAGGACAACUUGUGGAGAGUCAUAGCAUCAGGUUUCUGAUAUGACGAUGGUUUGUGUGCUUUAGCAAUUUGCUGAACGUCUUUGUUUUAACUUUCAUCUGUGCUAAAUAACUUUAGCUCGUAAGCUAACCUGUUCAGAUACAACAUACCAUAUGUAUUUUCACUGUCUCAAACUCAGUCGCGUUGCUGUCACAGCACCAUUAGGUCUCGGUUGUUACCUUACAUUUAUGGAUUAUAGUUUAGUUUGCUUAUCUGGUACUGGCCCCGACUCAGUUCAUGCUAUCAUGACAGACAGACAUCUCAACACUAGUGUCUAAUCUGAACUGAAAAACAGUCAGUCUGGUGUUGUGACAGUCUUCUUGCUUCCACCCAGGAUGCAUCUUUUUUCCCCCCAGAAAGUCGCAAAAUUGCAUCGGGCUUGAUGUGUAUAGUCAGGCGCGUCAAAAUUCGCCUACAAAUAUUUCGUAAUUUCUAAUGCUAAAGCUAAUUUAGUAUUUGUCUUUCCUUUAUGUUUGUCUUAUUUAAGCUGUAUUUUAUUUUCAUGUAGCACAUCUUGCAAACUUUUUAUAUAUUUGUUGUACUAACUUUCUCCUGCCCUAUUAUGUCACCUCUGCCAACCUCACUGGACAAACAGUUGAUUUUAUUUUUCCAUUAUCACAGAUUUGACUUCAUAUUAGCAAUUAAUUUGAAAAAAAUCGAUACCUGGUCAAUGAGACGAUGCGAUAUAUCACCAGGCAAAAUAUUGCAAUACUAUGCUGUAUCAAUUCUUUCUCCUGCCCCCAACGUUUUUUUUAUUUUUUUUUAUGUAUUUAUUUAAUUUCCGUUUUUGUCAGAGUUGACUUUUUUUGGCUGUCGGCUCUGUUAUCUUCUGCUUUUGGCUGCUUGCUUUUAUCGUUUGUUUGUUUUUGUUGUUGUUGUUGUUUUUUCCAAUAGCUAUCCAUUUCUAACCCCCUGCAGUUGUGUUUCAAAUAUCACCAGCACUGAAAAGUACCCACACAGUACUUUACAUUUCAGUGGGCGUUUGUUACAUCAAUGCAUGAAUGCUCACUGAUAAACUGUGCCAUCAGGGAAUCAUGCUAAAUCAUGCUAAUCAUGCUAUUAAUCUAAAUGAGUCUGCAGUUUUUGAUGACUGUGUUUCUCUGUUGAUCUGUGUGAAAGUGUAGUUCCCACUCUACUCUGCUGAACCCACAGAUCUCCACUCAUUCGUUUAAACUUUCUCAAGUUUUUUUCAAAAGUGCAGCCAGGAAUUAAAACAAGCGCUCAAUUGAAUCUGACUCUAACCUCUCCCCUGACAGGCUUCGGGACACCGUAUGGCUACAGCCCCGCUGCAGCAGCUGCUCCUGCAUACGGUACGUGCUCCGUGUUUGUUUUGCUCCUGACCCUCUUCCACCUUCUCUCUUUACCACACUUCCCUUCCUAAACAUAACAUAACUGCUAACCAUCCGAGGGUAGAUGAAUGUUUCUUCAGUAGGUUUAUGUUACAACAUGACUCUUCCUGUCCACUUCCCCUUUUAUUCCCUCAGUUCCUCGACUAUUUCAAACCUACUUCAACCUGUCCUGGGACUUUUUCUCUGCUUUGGCUAACUAUCUCCUCAUUACUUAUGAAUUAAUCUGCUUAUUGCUGCCCACUCCCUCAUCUCUUAUGUCCAUAAAAAGCUCCCUUAAGUCUCACCUUGGGAUCUGUAAAAUCUCUAAAAACACACUCCUAAAGUCCUGCAGUCCUGGAUCGACCACCUCUAACUGACAAAUUAUGCUUUGCUGGACUUUGAUCAACUCUGACGUGCUAUCUCUGCAGCCUUCAUUUUCGCUUCUGUUCAGAUUAGCAGGGUACAUAGUGUGAGUUCCUCCCUUUACUGGUUGUUACUUAAGACACGGUAGCAGAGCUGCGGCCCCUGUCAUGUUACUGCUGCUCGGGGUUCCUAUAUCCUCACUGCUGGGAGCGCUCUGUCCCUUAGCUCUCUCAUACACAAACAAACACACAUACAGGAAUAACACACAUUUAUAGGCUAAAAUCUACACCAGUCAUGAAAUUUAACUGCCUAUGCACCUAUACGCCUCUCUCACACCUCAACAGGCUCAGCCUUGUGCUCACAUAUAGUAUUGGGAGGCCUCUCCGUCCAUCCCUACGGCUCUGGGUUUGAAUAGGUCUUGUGUGCUUGAAGGAAACUGGUCUGGGGCCCAUGCAGACGAUUAGUGCUCCUCUGGGUUCCCAGCAGCUCUGCAUAUGAAGCACCCCUUAGUUUUUCUGUUUAUAGUAGGGCUGAAUCUCUGUGUCCACAUGGGGGUCUUUCAUUUCAGUCUCCCACAUCCACUCACGAUACUAAAACACUCCGAAGUCGACGGUUGUUUCUGUUUCGUGAAAACCAGUGAGCUUCAUUGACUUAUAUUUUCAUUUUUACCUCUUUUAUUAAAUUUCAUCGGCCAUGACGUGUUGCAUCAGUCGUUCACUUUCAUGCCCAGCCAAUGGAGCUAAUUAAAUGGGUGAUAAAACACGUUCUUUCUUAAGGAGGGAGCAUAAAUUAUGUGCAAACCUGUCCUGGAACAUAUCCAUACAUAUUGCACAUUGAGGUACGAGAUCAUUUUCAUCCGAACAAUAACCUCAAUGAGGAACUUACUGACUUAUUUUACUAUUGCUAAUUUAGAGUUACAACAAAAUUUGCAUGUUUCUGCGUUGAGUUUUGUCUCUGUUCAAUUUUUCCUUGAGGACAACCAAAACAAUUAGUUUUACAGCGUAAACCUGCUGCUGGAUCUAAAACCUGUAUUUUCUUUUUACUCCUCUGUGGACCCUUGAUGCAGAGCUCCAGCAGAGAGAAGCGACAAAUAAGAGAAAGUACUGUAAAUAACAAAAAGCUGUCUAAACUGGUCAGAAAAAUAUGAGGUUCCCUCCCUCUUUAUCUCAGGAAAUAAGGCUUUAUCCUCGCUUUUUCACUUUGCUCUGGCACUGUCUGCUGCUGCUUUUGGCUUUAAACUCAUUCUCAUCUGCUGCUGCUGGGCUCACCACAUCGCUGAGACUCUGAAAACUACUUAAUAAAACACAAAAGAAAUAGUCGUAAAACAAGAACAUAGCGCCAUAGAACAUAAAAAACUCAGAUCCCCAAACAAAGAACAGUAUAUCAUAGAAUAUUGGACACCAUGUCAUAAAACACAGACUCCUAUAUACCUGAAAGCACAGAAAAUUAUACCACACUAUAAAACCAUAGAAUCAGAAUGCACAGAGCAUAUUCCUGUCAGAUACUUAAAGACGUAGAAUUAUUAGAGGUGAUGGAUAGUAACCCAGUUGUUCUGUGAAAUAGAAUCAGUUUUUCCCACUCUGAGAGGAUUUACAGUUUAUUACCUGGACAACAACGAGGGUAGUCUACCAGCACACUUACAGGUCAACAUCAAAUUUGAUAUUUUUGUUUUAGGAUUAAAUCUCAGCAUCUUUCCACUUCGAUGUUAAAUAUUUUAUAACAUUUAGGUUCUAUAUCCACUAACCAGUCUCAGAACUCCGCUUAAGUCCAGUUUUCUUCCAUCCACAUAUCUUUGACUCAGCUCUUUUUGAGUUUUGACAUCCCAUGCUAAUUUUUGUGCCGUCUCGCCUCUUCAUCUUUUAUUUUUCUGCUGCUAACUAGUCACCCAUUAACCACCAAUCUAGAGCUCUCUGUGUGGUUUACUAGUAUGAUCAGAUAGCAGCGCUUUUGUCACACUGUCAACAGGAAACAGUAAUUUCAUAAAUAGUGACCCGAAUACGCCAAACUUUUAACCUCAAACUGAUUUGAUGUGUGGCAUUUGCGAUUAAGCGGCCCAUAGUGUGGCUGUUGCUAAGCAUUGCCAAGAGAGUUUUGACCAAUCAGAAUCAAGUAUUUCACAAGGUCGGGUUACUAGUAAGAAAGCUGGGUAAUAAGAAAACACAUCUCAUACACGCACAAGACAAGAUCAUCAGUAGAUUAAGAGAUAUAACUUUGUCCUUUGGGGGCGCCAAAGUCAACCCAGACCAAAAGUUCCUCACAGGAGCUUUAAUCCAGAACACUAAUCGGACAAACUGUGAGAUACAGAACAUCAUAUCCUAAAAGUCGUUAAUCAAAAAACGCUGAAGCAUAACAUUCCCACUUAACUUGAGCAGGUGCAAACACCCUCUUCUGCUCACUUAUCCCAAUUUAAUCCUGUAAUUAAAACCUGGGUGUUAAAUCUGUGUUUUUCUCCAUGAUUGGAAACUUUAAUGAGGCUAUUCUCUGAGAUCUACCAAUGUCUUAAUCACCAGUUAAUAAAAAGUUGAACGUCUCACUGUUGUCUGCUUAGAGGGGCUGCACAAAAACACAGUUUCAGGCAAAGGUGCUGACAGGUGAGUCUGUGGAAAGUUUCCACAUUCACGGAUCUCAGCGAACAGCUCGCUCAGUUUCAUGAAUAAGGCUUUAAGGCGAUUUGUCUUCUUCUCUUUGGCUCUGAAUCUCUACCAUUCUCCUUCCUGUAACCGCUGAUGAACAUCACACUCACGUUGCUCUCACACUCCUUCGUCUGUGUCGUGUAGGGUCAUUUGUUGGAUUUAGAUGUAGCGUAGUGUGUAGCCCGAGACUAGACAAACAUUUAAUCAUUUGUUGCCCUGGUCUCACGCAGAGCUGUGCUCUUCUCAUGUCUCCCUCUAGGUUUGCCCAAGAGAAUGCUACUGUUGCCUGUCAUGAAAGUGCCCGCCUACCCCGUCCCCCACUACCACUUCUUUUAGCACAGGAGACACACGCACCAAAUUUAUUUUUUUAAACAUACCAAACGCUUUUUUCCAAACUGUACAAUUCAUUUUCUAUGAGGGAAACCCUGUCUGUUUUUUUUUUUUUACAAUUUCAGUGAUGGGGAGAGGUCUAAGGACUCGGUCUGAGGACUCUUUAAGGCGCUUUUUGUUUGUAUUUUAUGAACCCGUAUGUCUUUGAAACAAUGCUGCAGGUUAAAGUUCUUAAGAGAUAAGCGUAAACUUGAAGGAUCUGUACUGUGAAUUGUGACCUCGUACUUUGAGUGUAUAUCAGUCUUUUGUUUCUGUGCAGGGAGAGAGUAGCUUUUGCAAUAUGCGACACACAACAGACAUUCUCUGUACAAAGUAAAUAAUAAGACAAGCUGUGUGAAGGAUUGAUAGAUAAAUAUUAUUGUUAAGGAGAAAUAAAGUUUAUCUGUACUUAAAGCCUCAGCGCUGCUCGUGUGUAUCUGACUCAAAGGCUGUAGCUCAGUAGUUUGGAUAAUUUGCACUUUUUAGGUCGGAGUUUGACUUGAAAAGGAUUCACACUUUUAUUUAGCAUUCAACCUGCACAGAGAGCUCUGACCCAGACUUACAUUUAGCUGACAUAUUCCACAUCCACGCACGCACACACAAUGAAUUCCAAUCUCUCAGAGUAUCUCAGUGCGUUUUGUUACAUCCUUUUGACCCUUUAGCUUAUAGGAAUUCAGAGAGACAAGGAGGAGGCAAAGGAUGAAUUUUAGAGAGCUCCACUCAGAUCCUGCAUCUUGUAUUCAGCUGCACGAUCUCAUUACCUCACAUAGAUUAAUAUCUGGCAGGUAUCCCGCAGCUAUCAAAGGGAAUUACCUACAGUAUAGAGAUCUUUCAUAUGUGUUCAUGUAGGCCAACUGCAGCCUUUUUGCUGCAACAUAUUGGAGCUUAGUGCAGGGAUGUACUUGAAUUCAUUUGGUCCUGAUUCACUCCAAAGUGACCUCAAGGCAAUACAUGUUCCUCAUGCAGAGAUUACACCUUGAUUUGCAUAUCUGAAGGAGCAUUAAAGGACCCGUGUUAAUUUGAUUUUUAUGUUUUUGUUCCAUUUCAUUCUUUCAUUUCAUUGUAUCUGUAAUGUGAACAUGUUUGAUCCCCUUAUAAAAAGAGUAGCCUCCAGUAUGUCGCUCAAAUAAGGACUCAAAACCAUCCCUCCAGUCUUUGUUCCUAAGAUGAAACAAUCUUCUGUAAGAUGGUCUGAUAUCAGAGGAAUGAGAGCAGAAAAUGAAAAUACAGAAGAAAGAAUAAAAAGGUUUAAAAAGAAGAAAAGAAGAAUUUUACUCAAAGGUCAAAGCAAGUCCAGACUGAGUCAUGUUUGCUCCUCGCAACGUCCUGGUCAUCCCACCAGCGAGAGAUUACCCCCCCCUGAUGACGUCUCCAUGGUUACAGCUGUGAGGCGCAGCCAUUGGAUGAGAGGAUCCACUAUCUUGUCCAAUGGUUGGUUGAUGUUCAUCAAGACUUUGUCAAAUCUUUUACAGCUGAAAUGAUUUUCUUCAAUCUCACAGGAUUGAAAGUCGACUUUACCGUUUGUUGCAUUCUGUUGAUCUUUUCUGUUUUCUCAUCUUUGCAGUAUUUUUUUUUUAGUAUAGUAUAACCGAGUAUAAUCUGUGUUUUUAGAGAGUAGAGUUUUUGUUGUUUUUCCCUCCUUUGAGUUUUUUAAGGUUGAGCUCUGCCGACUGUCUCGUGGCUCCAACUUCAUGUUUACAUCAGUUUAUGAUACAAAACCGGAAUCAAGAUAAAUGAGCAAGGAAGCAAAGAUGUCCGUCUCUGGAAGCUUUUUCAGCCCCUCCUGGAGUAUCCCGGGCUGUCUGAGACAUUCACACCUGUCCACUCUGCCCUUAGUCUGGUUUAUUUUAAAUUGAACCUCACUGGGAUGUUGAAACACCCUUUAAUCCUUAACCAUGAAUGACACAAUCUCAGGUUAGACCUAUUUGAAAAAAAUGAAAGUGUUUAAUUUUAUACUUACCUAUUAUCAUAUAUGAGAGAAAAUGAAAACAGUGCUUACAGAUGUGUUUCUAAAUCUCUCUAAAAAGACUUGUGAUAACCUAAAAAAAAGUAGUCAGUAGAAUUACUCUGGUUUACUUUAUUAAUCCUUGUCAAACUCAUCCAGUCAAAGAGGCAAAAACCGUUUUAGUUGACAGUUUUGUUUGUCAGAUUUCUGGAUGCAGUGUUUUUGUAAUCAGUCGUGCUUUCUUUGUCUCUGUGUUUCGUCUCUCUUCAGGCGGCCUUUUCAUUGACAAUCCCUUCUACCAGCCACGGACCAUCGCUCCUUUUAUCAUCCACCUGGGUCCACAGGAUCUCUUCUCUGACUUCUAGAAGCAGCAGGUUGUUGGGUACUUUCUCAAACCCUUCUUUACCUGUCUGUUAACACGGGGACACCUGAUUUCGCCGUCCGUCUGAGCGGGCUGCCUUUCCUCUCCAGGUGACGGACUCUCAGAUCUACAUCUGUUUCAGUUUGAUCAGUCCGCUGGAAAUCAUCCAGCCAGGCAGAAAACUGUCUGACCUGCUGACCGGGAGGCUCCCAGCUCCUCCUCUGUCUGUUUUCUUCUCUCUACUUUCACCCAGAUUUUCACUUCAGAGAGAAACUUUAACACGAAGCAAUACUCGGAUUUUACGAGAAACAUUCAGCUGUGACUGCUGGCGAGGCUGGGCUGAUUUUUUCUUAUAGCAAUACACGUGAACUCCUCUCUUCAAGCGUACUUACUUGAGAAGAUGUGAAUGUCAGACAGAGUUUUACCCCACACAGCAUUGCAAUAGCUCAUUUUGAUUGUAUAUUCACUGUAUGUGUGUGUACGUGUGGCUAUAACAAGAAUAUAUACACAUAUAUGUAUGGUGUAUGUUUCUAUAACGAUGUGUUGACAAUAAUAUUACUAUAUGACCAUGUAUUUAUGUAAAUAUUCUAUAAAAUAUAACUAUUGUUGGUAUAAAUUAUUUUAGAAUUAUAAAGUGAAAUGUAACUGUUAUAUCACAGUAUAGCUUUCUUCCAAUUUUAUAUACACUGAGCAAUUGAAGCUAGACCUAGGAGAUGCAAUAUUAUUAUUAUCUUUGGUAUUCUUAUUAACCUGUGCUGUUAGAAUAAUAUGCUUCCUUUCCUUUCCUUUCCUUUCCUUUCCUUCUAUCCUCUGAACUUCCCCUCUCUCCUUCUUUGAUGUCUUUCUGAGCCUUUCUGAGCACGCUCUCUGCUGCCCGAGGUUUGUCUACAUAGCCCGGACCAGAGGUGCUCACACUCUUAUAACCUAAUCUCACACACACACACACACACACACUCGCUCCAACUUUUUUCCUGUCAGAAAGCACAUUUUCUAUAGUCUCACUGCUGUCAGGGAAUACUGUUGUUACAAAUACAGUACUGUAAAUGUAUGAUACGAUGUACGCACUCCUCCCCGCGACCAUCAUCAAACGUAACAUCAGUCUGUGAAUGACUCUCAACUCUGUCCCGCUCGCCUUUGGGACCAAAAGCACAGCUCUUACUCUCCCAUUUCUGUUCCUUCUUUCUGCAAAAACACACACACACACACACACACACACACACCCUUCCCUCCAGUCUUAAAGGGCAAUUAUGGAUGUGAUGUGACUGGAGACAGAUUCAGCGUUGUUGAAUGGCCUUGAAACGGCACAAACUGCAGGUAAAGCCCAGCGAAAGGAGCGUGAAAGUAGGACUCUGAAUUGGGUUUUUAUGUUUGCGCAUGUGUGUCACAUUAUCGUGCAGGUAAUGCUCGCUUUCGUGUUUGAGGGUUUACUCAGAGGAAAUCUUUCGGCUCUUGGAGUGAUAUUUUAAAGCCUUGGUCGGGUCCUAAAGGGAGCUGAUGUGAUGAGGUUUCUGCAGAGGAUGCGACGGUCAAUCAUGCCUGAUCACGGCAGAAAGACACAACCAGAAGAUUUUCAGACCGCUCCCUACCAGGAGGUUUACAGGCCGAGAUUUUAGAAAGAGACGGCCUGGAUAGUGUCUGUAUUUGUGGAUCAAAAGUUUCAGCCAUCACAGCUGCUUGUUGAGUGACUAUUUCGGGGGCAGAAAUGAAGAGAAGGUUCAUCGUUGGGUUUGAAUUCGGCCUUCACGAGUGGUGGUCUGAGUUUAAUUCUGCUAUGAUACAUUUUCAACAGGUGAUUGAUCUUUUGAUAUAUUGUCAGCCAAACUAAAGUCGGCUUUUGUUUGAGUUUGAUGAUACCUUUGGGGCUUUUAAGCGGCCACUGACACACUUUUCUCACCCAUGAAUUUCUGCUGUGCUUUUUUAUUUAUUUAUUUUUUUUGGCCUUUGAUAGAGAUGAGAUGUCAGACAGCGGAGGCAGAAUCAAACAGAAUGUGCAUCAAAAGGCUUUGAUUCUCCUCACGCCUGCCUUGAUCUGGGCACCAGCUUGAUCUCUGGUGUUUGUGCCAGCUUCGAUUCAACAAAAAACCACAUCUGAGAAAGAGAGUGAAGACUCACCGUCGACCCGGAGCCAAUUUUACAAAACAAUAAGUCAAAUUUGGGAUGGACUGACGGACACUAGUAAACCUGUGAUUAGCUGUGAUUGUAGGAUUCAGGUUUGGAUGCCUUUUUUUCAUUUUUCUGAGGAGGAACUGGUCAAGCUGACCCAUUUUUGGUCAAAUUUAGCCAAUAAAGAUUGUCUAUUUCUCCUCUAACAACUGGACAUAUUCCCAUAUCUAGUCUGGUACACCCACAUCCUUGUCUGAAGUAACCUCAGGCUCUCAUCAGGGCAGAUUUGUGGAUAUAAUCUAUAACGCCCAGCCGUAAAAGUAUCACAAAGUUUAAGUUUUACUGGUCUAUCUAAACCCGUAAUGACACCCAUGCUGCCACUUCAGUGUCCCUUAUCAAUAUUUUAUUUGGUAAUCUUUGUUUACAUGCAGGAACCGUAUGAGGCUGGUGUUUACAGGAGUGUAUUAAGUGCCCGGGUCAUCUUUCUCCUCUGAUACUCAGCAGUGAUAAGAAAUCAAAACAUCCUUUAGAGACUAGAUCCUUCUUUUACUACAGAUCAUGGCGGUGCAGAUUUGUUGUUGUGCAUCCUCAAGGAUAUCCCCUCAGAUUCUUGGCAUUUUUGCCCCAACUUCUCAUCCUCCUGUGGAAUUUACAUGGAGGUGAAUAACUGGAGGCUUGACCAUGUGGAAACAGAGCGUCUCUAUCCAGGAGGAAUUUCUCCUAAUUUCCCCUCUGCCCUCUCUCUCUCUCUCUCUCUCUCUCUCUCUACUCUCCACUCCUCUCGGUCCAGAUGGCCCACAUUAAUAAGGCAGACAGUCAUACCUCAAUGAGCAACCUUUUCAUUUCCCCUCCGACUACACAGACAUGUAGGAGAAGUCACCCCGACCGCUGACCCUGUCCUCCUCUCGCUCUGUUGGCUGGACAGCCUCAUGUAGAGCGCGGGGAAACACAGCCGGUCUCAAACACACCCUCACAGCCUGGUGGAUGUGUUUAUGCAGGGGGUUUGAUGCUUCCUGGUUAGGGAGUGGCCUGAUCAUUGUUAUUUAUUAAACAUUAAGAAAGAAACUUACAAAAGAUCUUCUAAAUCUUUCUGUCCUGCAGCAAAGAGAGAGCAGCUGUCCUAAAAUCAGGUUUUAUUUUAAAAAGAUGCUUCAAGUUGUUUUUUUGUCUUGUAGCAUUGGCUCAACUAGAUUGGCUGCCAGGGGUGGCUUAGGCCCCAAAAUAUGACUGGCCACCCUUGGUGCUAACCCCCAAAUCACUGACUGUAAUUGGCUCUUUGCCUUGUCUUAGAUGGAACUCAUGUAAAUCAAACUAAAGGGGCAAUUACAGAAAUAUAUUAUCUGUAUACUGCUUCAGAAUUGGUAGAGUAGAUAUGAUUGGUGUAAAUAAAGGCUAUUCAUUUUUGGAAGUUUGUGCGCACUCUCUUUAUAAAACCCCUAAAGAGAUUUUUACAGAUAAAAGUAAGGUAAUUCCUAUUUUCUUGCUCUAAGAAAGUUUGUGAGGAUGGGAAUAAUAAAAGAAUAAGAAAGUACACAUCAGUAUAUCCUGAAAGAUUUUGUUUUUUUUUAUUUAGUGCCUGGCUCAGGUCAAAAAGAGAGGAGCCAUCCAAAAAUCAGAUUUUAUCUAAAAAAGAAGCUUCAAGUUGUUUUUUGUCUUGUAGCAUGGGCUCAACUAGAGUGGCUGCCAGGGGUGGCUUAGGCCCAAAAUAUGACUGGCCACCCUUGGUGCCAACCCCCAAAUCACUGACUGUAAUUGGCUCUUUGCCUUGUCUUAGUUGGAACUCAUGUAAAUUGAACUUAAGGAGCAGUUAUAGAAAUAUAUAGUCUGUAUACUGCUUCCAAAUCUUGCUCUAAGAAAGUUCGUGAGGAUAAGAAUAAGAAAAGAAUAAAAAAGUGCUUAUUAGUAAAUCCUGAAAGAUUUCAUUGUUUUUUUGAUUUAGUGCCCGGCUCAGGUCAAAUCAAGUUUCCUGAUGGAUUUUCCUCCUGCUACCCCAGAACUGUUGCUCAAAUAUCACCAAAAAAGAAACGGGAAAACAGCAGCAGUCGUUGUAUUCUCAACCCCCCCACCCCCACUCCCGCGCACAAACGAUGUUUGUCUGCGGCGAUCAACAAUUACACCUGUACAUCUAAGAAGCACAAUACACCCACAUUGUUCUCAGGGCCACCUGACACACUCACACGUAUGCAAAUAGACAAACACACACACACACAGACGCAAGCAAAUAUGUAAUUAUUUAUGUAAAUAUUCCAACAGUAUGAUCCGAGUACAUAGAGACAGCAUGACGUUCAUUUCUCUGUGGUUUGAAUAUUACACAUAUGACUAUACUGUAUGUAGAGAGAGUCACACAAGAGGUUCAAGCUCGUUUGAACUUCAAGGAACUGAGCCAUGACGAGAAAAAAGAAAAUCUACUGUCAUCUCCGUCGUAUGUUAUCCUGGGUGCUUUAUAAGAAGCUGUCUGUAGCACUGCAUAUAAUGGGUUUAGCUUAUGAGUCUGUAUAUGGGAGAGGCCGCAGUUAUCUGCAGAGUAUAAGCUUUGCUGUCAGGGGAAAAGAAGGACGAGCGCGCUCAUCAAAAACAAUAUUUUGGCACCAAAUGCAGGAGCUUUGCACGUUUGAGAUGCUGCAAUAUGUUCACAAGUUGGAGUGUUGUGAGUGCUUUUGUUGCCAUGUGAAGUAGGUCUUUAUGGAUUUUAAUUUGGAGAUGAUUUGGGUACAGUUUCUCCCAAGGUACCUCUUCAUCCCCCCUGCCAGGUCGAAGGUCAAAAAAAAAAAGGAAAGCAGUUGAUGCAGGGAUGAUUUUGGAUUCUGGUUUGUUUUGUAUGAUGGGAUUUAUUCAGACACCAAAGACUCUGAAGCCUUUGUUGCACAAAUCUGAUGAUCCCAACAGUCUCAGAUGUGAGAAACCAUGCAGCACGCCACCUGAUAUCCAACAUCCAGACAGGUGCAACACCAGGUUACUAAGGAACUGUCUCUCUCAGUCUUGCUUUAGUAAAGAAAGUCGGGUUUAACAUCUGGGACUGCGUUUAUCUCCGCGCAGAGGGAGAAGAGUUGCAGGAUAAGCUGGCGAGCCCAUCCAUGAGUCGCUCUGAACUCUGCAGAGCUGCAGAAAUAGAUCCAGGAUCAUGUUUCGACUGCUGAGACUAAGUCAUACCGCUGCUUAACAGAUCAUUUUCUCCCUGGUGUGUGUGCAUGUGUGUCGAAGGGGAAAAUGUGUGUUUGUCUGUCAAACACAUAAACAGGAGGGAAUGGGAAGCUACCACACACACACACACACGCACACACAAACACAAACAAGUCAAGACACAAUACUGCAGUCACACAGAGCAUGUUGUUGCAUACUUUGCGAUCUUGGUCCACUGAUUGUUGAAGUCCAAUAUCCUCCUGAUAAACGAUCAAAGCAUUUUGGUUGGGAAUGUACACUGUCGUUUUAGUGAUUGUAGAGUAGAAUGUAUUUACUCAUAGAGAGAGUAAACUUGCUUUUUUUGUAGAGAAGCAUAUAUACAGAAUAUAUAUGGAAACAUACAUAUAUAUACAUCUAUAUAUCUUUUGAACUACUUGUGUGUGAGAGUUGUUUUGGGCGCAUCUACGUUGUUCAGAUUCAUAUUUUUCCCCUUUUUUCAAAUCUUCUUUCUGAUGUUUUUGGCAAAAGUAGCGUCUUAUGAGUGGCGAAUGUUUACGUUUUCUUGUAAAUAUGAUUUUUUUAAUUUUAUUUUUGACAAAAAGGGGAUUAAAAGAAACUGUUUUAGGAUGCCGCCUAUGAAUUUUAUGAAGUGAUAUCAGUCCACAGAGUCUGUUUGAACCAUGAAAUUAUCAAAGUUUAAUGAAAUGUACUAUGAAGACAGGGCGGGAGGCUGAACACAGAGGCCGACAUCGACGGAUGAAGGUCAUUUGAAGUGGCUGUAGUAGCAACAUCCACAGCAGUGAUGAUCUGUGGUCGUCACUGUUUUUGACAUAAUCUAUGCUUGAUGAAUAAAUCAGAGAAAGUGCUGAAUCUAAACAUGUGAGUUUG